GGACCAAACCCAGUUAUUUAAUGUUUCUCACCCUCGCAGUCUGCCUGCCUGCCUGCUGCUCAUCUCAGCUUUCCUCCUCAAAACGAAGGACUAUGUUUGGAUAGAGCUUACAAAAGCACCACAGUCCCUGAAAUAUAACUUUCCCAUGUCUUUAAAAACCUUCUGUAGGCUGUUUUAAUAACUGCUUUGCCUUCACUUAAGCAUGACUCUGAUGCUUGGCACUUGGUGUCGUACACAAACAUCCCAAAAUAAAAAUGCUACAAGAUAUCCCAGGAACUCCUCAGGAGCUUUAAAAAGAGAUUUGCGCUUGGGGACCAGAUGUCUUUUCUUCAAUGAAGACAAAUGGUGCGACUAGGCUGAAAAGGAACCACCAUCAGCACAUAAUGAGAUUUCUUAAAUAGGUGCAAGGAAACUUUCCUGUCAAUGUAGUGCCUGCAAAACUUUGUCAGAUGUCCAGUUCCUGAUUGGAAGAUUUUUUUUUAAUGUUUUAAUUGCUGGAAGUUGGAAUAGUUAAACCAUCUGUUUGGGCAGCGUUGUGAAAUGUUUAUGUCCUGAACUGCUGAUAAAAGUGGUCUGCUUGCAAACAGCGAGUGCAAUAAAUUAAAUUGUCCCUGCCUGUCUUUCCAAGUCUUGGUCAGAGAAGAAACUCAAGGCUGCAUUUUAUGUGGUUCUCCUCCUUACCCCCACCCCAUUUUGGGAAGAGUGAGAGACUUGGAAAUGUGUCCUGACAGUAACAUUACUUAUACGAAAUAAGAGCAAUUGGGGAAAGGGCACCCAUGGAUGGGACUUCUCUGUGAAUGAACAGGAACGAGCCGCAGUAGAAAGAAAAGCAGACCUUCUUUCAGAGAGCUUUGCAAGUCCAACGUGAUGGAAGGCGAGGCAGCAGGGGGUUCGAUGCCAGCCGGCAAGAAAGCAGCCAGCAAACCGAUGCGGAUAGCCCUUGGCGUGUUCGUGACCAGCACGGUCGCGCUUGGCACUGCGCUUUUCCUGGGUAAGUGUCAAAAAAAUGUGGCAGCAUAAAAUGAAACUUUUGCAAGGCUCUUUAAAAACAACUCUAGCUACAACAGCAUUGCCACUUGUAUUCGGUUUGCUUAACUAUGCUAAUCACAUUUUAAUGUUCCUUCACUCCCACUGCUAUUCAGUUGAAACGAUGAAUGAGCUUUUUGUUGGUGGAGGGUCUUGGCUCUAUGUGAAGGACUACCUAAGAGGAUUCAAAGGUCCUGAAGUUACUAUCCUGCUGUUCUAGGAUUCUGCAGAAAUUGCAAAUUAAGUUAACACUUUCCAUUUUUAGUAUUUGGAGAUUCACUAGAAGCACGUUUCAUGCACCCCCCCCCCCGAACUCACCAGCUGACUGGGAAAUAUCAAAGGUGGCUGUGAAAACAUGUUAAAAAGCAAUGUAAAAUCAGAAACCUGCAGAUUAAACACACACACACACAAAAUUCUAAGUUGGUAUCAAAAACUGGCUGGAUCCAAAAGACAGCCACUAAGUCACGAUAUCUCUCAAGUUGUGAUGAUUAACAUACGGCUUCUGAAUAAAUACUGCUAAUAGCUUAUGUGUCUUCAAAGAUUGAAUUUCAUGCAUGUACUUUAGGGAGUCCUUCCAUUUGAUUUUCAAUGCAACGAUGGCUAAGUCUGCUGUCCUAUAGCCACUUUCCUAGAAGUAAGCCUCAUUGGAUUCAGUGAAGCUUCCAAGUAGAGAUUGCAUGGUAAACGUUCUACCAAUGUUUUGGACAGUCCACAAAGAUACCAUUAAAAGAUUAAUAGAUGAAUUGUGGAGUCUUUAAAGAGGUGAGGAAAUAAUCUCUUCAUCAGAUGCUUUAACUAAAUCUGAAAGAGCUGAAAGACAAAUAUUUCCUACCCAAUAUCUUGUUGCUUUGAUGAGGAACUUGUACUGAAUUAUUGCAUGAUAGUCAUUGCCAAGAUCCAUUUACUGAGUGAUUUAUUCAAAAUAUUGUGGUCAAAGGGGUUGCAAAGAGUAAGGUAAUGCAGUGGCCAUGUCUACAUAUUCAAAAUUAAUCUCUAUAGGGAUUCUUGGAACUGUAAGACUAUGAGGGGAGGAGGGGAAGAUAUCCAACAGAGAAUUCGAAGUACCUUUAUUAUGAUUUCCAUGGUCAUGACAGUUAAACUAGCACAGGACCUGAUACAAGGUUGUAGCAUAGAUGUACCAUCUAUGCCUAAUGAAAAGAUACUGUUCUUUGUAUCUAUUGUAUAAUCCCAGUGGACUGAAAAAGACUACAGCGCCCACUUAGGCAUUUCCUCAGUAGUAAAUCCUGCUGAAUUCAAUGGGGGCUUACUCUCAGGUAAGUAUGGACAGGAUUGUAAGCCACUGAACAGAAAAGGAUUUUCCUUACUGAGCGCCUUUAACAGAAUAUUCCAGAUUAUUGUCAGGGUAUAUAUAUUCUACACACAGGAGAUAAAAAUUAAAACUUAAUUUUGCGAAUGAAUUGUGCAUUCUUUUUUAAAGCUUUGCAUGCUUUAAUCUGCCUUCCAAAGAGACUCUAUUACAUGUUUUUUUUUUCAAACCUGAUGGAGAGGACAAAAAAACAAAGCGAAGUUCUAUGGUUUAGUGUCAGCCUCUAGGGCCACAGAAACAGGAGACAGGCAGCCAGCUACCUGUAGUAACCCCCUCCCCACAAGAACACACUAUGCAGAACCAUUUUCCUUUAUGACUUUUUUCAGCCACACUGUGCAAGGUUUCUCCAGAACAUUCUUUAAACAUCAUUACUAUGAAAAUCUCAGAUUGACUCUUGGAUGCACUCAGUACACACAGUCCCCAACUUCUGUAUGACUUUCAGAGCCCAGUACUGCAAAUAUAUACAAACAAGCUUCUUCAAAUGCACAGCAAUUUACUUGAAGGCAUUUUUUUCCAUGCAUGCAUUUUUAAUAAUUGUUUAUAGGGCUCAUGGAUAACACAAUCUCUAACAACAGCUAAAGAGCAACGUAAUGGGAUGGAAUGAAUAUGGUGCAAACUCUAUAUUGUAUGCAUGUUGUAAUAACGAAAACGUUUUUUGAAAAACGGAAAUUUGUUUUGGGAGGCUGAGUGACAAAGAAAGGGAACUUUAAUAGGACUGUGCUUGUCCCUCUCCUGAUACAAUUUGGGACCCGAUUCUGCACUUUAGAGCAGCCCUGAUCCAACCUGGGAUGAUCUAAGCCUGAUGCAACACAGGUCCAGAGAAUUGUGGGCCUCACAAUGUUUAAUCAGGAUUUUAAACAUUAAGGGUGGGAUGAAUGCCACACUAGGGUGAAUGACUGGUCGAUGCAAACAUUGCAGCUGGAACUAUCCCACCUUCCCUUCCCUUCUGCACUGUUCUCGGUUAUUCCCAGACAGCCCACCAGCCGCCAGUUAUGGGGGGGGCACAAGGGGAGGAGAGGGGAGAAAGCCCCAUUGUGCAGGCAGUUGUCCUUGGACAGGACUUCCACUCAGGGGGCUUGUGUUAGGUCAGGCAUGGCCAAACUACAACUCCCACCAUCCCUAGCUAACAGAACCAGUGGUCAGGGAUGAUGGGAAUUGUAGUCCCAAAACAGCUGGAGGGCCAAGUUUGGCCAUGCCUGUGUUAGGUGAAUCCCACCCUAAUUAAGCAUGUGGGGAGGAGCGUAAGGGAGGAGGAGAUGAACCCUUUCUCUCUUCACUGUCUAACCAUCCUCCCUUUUGACAGUGCCAGAUCACUCCAGGUGGACCCAAUCUGACCUGAGCCUGCUCAAAUCCACCCUGGCUGAAUCACGGUCCAUCCCAAAUUGACUAGGUUUGGUUUGGGUUCAAGGAUUCAGUCGUUCUGGUUGCACAUCCCUAAUGCUUCACCCUUUCCCCACCAGAUGUUUUCCCAUCCCAAAUCACUCUGUUCAAACUGCUUUUUUCUUUGCAGAAUUCCAACAAUCUUCUGGAAUUACCUAACCACCAUCUUUGCCCUUUGUUUUUCUCAAAAUCGUAGCACCCUAAGGCAGCUUUCAAUUUUUAAAAAAAACUGUUGUGCUUGGUUACCAUUUAUAUUAUGUUUUUAAAUCACUGCAAGCUCAGAGCAGAGAGCUUCUCUUUGAGGAGCAAAAUUUGUCAGUAAUAAAACAUUUGAAUAUAUGCAAUUUUUAAAUAGCCAUAAAAAUCAAGUCCUGUUCAUCCUCGGCAGCUAGAUACAGUGGUACCUCAGUUUACGAACUUAAUCAGUUCUGGAAGUCCGUUCUUAAACCAAAGUCAUUCUUAAACCGAGGCACACUUUCCCUAAUGAGGCCUCCCACCGCCGGUGCCUUUCCACCGUUCGGCUUCUGUUCUUAGACUGAGGUCAAGUUCACAAACCGGGACAAUACUUUCGGUUUUGCAGAGUUUGUAAACCGACUAGUUAGUAAACAGGGCUGUUCUUAAACUGAAGUACCACUGUAGUUGGUAAAGCAGAAGGAUCUUUCAGAACUUAGAGAAGUCAGAAAGUGCAUUCUCAGGAACCAUUCUCAUGGCUGUGAUAUUUAGCAGUUACAUCAUUUGUAUACAAAUAGCUAUGUGCAGCCCAUAAAGUGUUUGGGCAAUAAAACAGAUUGUGUGCAUUCCAUUAAGUGGAUAAAGGACUAAUCUCUGUUCCCUGUGUGACAGUGUUGGAUCCAGAUUAGUCACGCUUAGCGGAGUCUCAUGGGAAUGAAUGGUUCUCAUGUUAUUCAUAGUGAACUUGUCUCACUUAUUUCAGCAGGUCCAAUCUAAGGGAACUGUAGUUUGUUAAGGGUGCUGAAAGUUGUUAGGAGACUCUUCUUCUCCUUCCAGAGUUCCUUGGGAAGAGGAAUUGAUUGUUAAGCCAACUGUCAAGACCCUCAACAAUCUACAGUUCCUAGAAUUAUUUGAGGGAAGCUAUGACUGCUUAAAGUGGCAUGAUACUGCUUUAAUUGUAUAGUGCAGCUGGGGCUUAAGCCUGGGGCCAACACAUAAUGUUUACAUAGUAAAGGAAUGAAUAUAUUUUAGUUCUCUCACUCAUUGUUCUUCAUAAUUUAUGAACCAUCCCUAAUAGUGAAAGAAUUAGCACGUUUGAAACAAAAUCUUUCCAAGCAUACUAAUCAUUUUUCUCAAACUAACAUUGCUUCAGAUCUCAAACAGCUUGAUUUAGAGUAACCUUCUUGAGAUCAUUUUUGCUCUUCCUGUUAGCAACUGGGGUCCAAAUUCAUCAUUGUGGAGCUAUAUUGGUUCAUCUACCAGUGUGGUGAGACGCACAGGAGACAACUCCAUCUCUCUCCAUUUCCUUCCUCCUUUGCUAGACUGGCCUUAGAGAGUCCUCAGGAAGGCUGUCUGUGAAUGGCUUUAGCCACACUGCUGCAACCUUUUCUUCCCAGUUCUUGAUAUUUGGCAUGCUGGCUAGCAAUCUGAUUCAGGACUGAGUCCUAUAUUACGUUGGUGGUGUGUUGUUGUGGCUGAAAAGAUGAACAGUGGGAGUGCUGCUCCCUGCGCUGUUUGACAAACGGCACCCGUUUGUUUUCUUUCUGGCAACCAUUGAUGCUGCCAGUGUAACCUGAGCAUUGUCUAAUACUUUUUGACAUACUAUUGCAUGCGUUGACCAAGGAUGCUGGAAUUUUUCUUAUACACUAGCAUGGUUUCCUUUGCUUUUUGCAUUAGUGUUUGUUCCUUGGGAUCUCAGCCGCUUCCUGCAUGCUUCCUCCUUUGGCCUUUCCAGCACCAGAGCUCCAAUGUCGGUUGGGUCAGAGCUUCAGAGGAACCAGGGGCUUUGGAGAGGUAGGCUGUGACACUGGAGCUCCCUCUCUGGCACUGAAGCUUUAUUUCCAGCUUCGGAGAGGAUGAGCUAAUUGAUCCUCCGGUCCCUAGGACACCCUCCCAGGGGCCAUCGGAUUGAACCCUGAGUCAAUAUAUUUGCCCAACAACAAUUGUUAAUCCAUGUACUAUUUUCCUUUUGCAGUUAGCCAAGAUCUUAUAAAAUUUCAUCCUAAGCAACAAUACUGCUUGACUUCCGAAUGCAUCGAAGCUGGUAAGUGGCGUAUGUUCUUUUUUUGUAUUAUAGUCAAAGCACAUUGGUAUGGAGAAACAUUGAAUGCUUAUGUGCUCCAGUAGCUUUAAUAAACUGUCUUGUGCUUUGAAAAUCAACAUCUAGUAAGCCAUUUAUGUUAAAUCAGCAAUGCAGUUGCCUCCCUGAGACCAUUAGCAGAGUUCUGAUGGAUCAGACCAAAGGUUUCUCUAAUUCAGAAUUGUGUUUCCCACAGGGGUUCCAAGCCACAUUCUUUUGGGAAGACCACAAGGCUGUAGCUCUAGCUAUGGAGUUAGAGAUAUUGCCUGGUGGGCAAAGGCCUAAUGAAGAUGCCCCAAUGAAGUGCUUCAGGCCUAACUAGAUGAAAUCUCUGAUAGGAUCUUCUGGAGUCUUAUUUCUUUGGUUAAAAGCAGCCAAGGGGCCCCAGUUUGGAUUGGGGCAUAGCUGUGGGAGAGAGUAGGGUUUUAUGAACUUAGGAAGCUGCACUGAGUCAGACCACUGGCCCAUCUAACCCAGUAUUGCCAGAGUUGCAGUAGGUCUCCAGGAUUUCAGACAGGAGUCUCUCCCAGCUAUACCUGGAGAUGCCAGGGGCUGAACCUGGGACAAUUCUGCUUGCAAGCCAGAUGCUGACCCACUGAGCUGUGGCCCUUUCUCCCCAGGCUAUUUACCAUACUUAAAUCUUCCACUGAAGCUGGUGGAAGAGAGAAGCAACAUGGAGGAGGCAAAAGUAUAUGAGUAUUUGCCUUCUGCUCCUCCAAGGCUUACAAGAGCUUCAGAAAGUGGGGGUGAUUUCCAUUGUGGAAAUAGCACAGGAAUAACAGAUUAACCCUGGAGCCCUGAUCAAAAAUAGGAGGCCUCUGGGCUGCUUUUUAAUUAAAGAAAAAAAGCUAUGGUCACAGCCAGACAUUUAAAGCACUCUUAUGUGACUUUAACAGUCAUGGGUUCCCCCAAAGAAUCCUGGCAACUGAAGUUUUUUAAUGGUGCUGGGAAUGGGAGCUGUGUGAGGUGUCUUCUAAUAAUUGUCAGCACCCUUAAUAAACUAUAGUUCUCACCCAGGAGACUUUGGGGUGGUCAUGGCUGUUAAAGUGGUAAAAGAGAGCUUUAAAGCUAUGGUGCGGAGGUGACCAGAUCUCCCCCAACUCUAAUACAGCUUUCAGAAUUUCUGCCUCAGAUUGCCUACUUGAGAGAAAAUUAACAGCAUGUUCAUGGAGUCUGCAGGCAACGGGAAUUAGUGAGGCUGUUUGGGAUUUAGAUGGUGAUGUGGUCAAGGGAAGGAUUUUUUCAGAAUGGAGGAGACGGUGGUAUGUUUGAACACAGCAGGGAAGGAGCCAGAGGAACCAGGUAGGUAGAAGGAUGGGGAGAAAUCAAAGCAGGGAGGUGGUAACUAGGAGGGAAACCACAGGGUUUUCCCCUCUCUUUAGUACAGUAAUGAGUAACACCUUUGUAGUGCUGAAGAAGUUUCUGUUAAAUUAUGUGACUCUUUUCAGCUGCUGCAAUCAGAAGCAAAUUAAAUACAUCUGUGGAUCCCUGUGAUGAUUUCUUUCGGUUUGCCUGUGAAGGGUGGAUACAGAAUAACCCAAUUCCUGAAGAUUCAUCAAAUUAUGGAAUCUAUCCAUGGCUGAGGCAUAAUGUGGACCUCAAGUUGAAAGGUAGGUGACUCCUUUCUUGAAAGCUUCCUGCACUUCCUCAUCCUUGUUGUUGUUGUUGCUUACCUUCAGUGUGUAUAGUGUGUUCCUUGAUAAAAAUGCACUCGGGUGAAAAUAAGAGGAUAUCAGAGCUGGUCAUUGUAUAAAAUAGAAAAAAACCACACAAAUAAGACUAGGCAUGGCCAAUAAUCUGCCUGAAAACUCAAAUGCUAUUUCGAGGCAUGGGGAAUGCAGUGCUCCCCCCCCACCUAAAAAAAUGUUUAGGAGUACUCUUAUUUUGACUCAAGAAAAUCACCACUUUAUAGUUCAAAUCAGGAAAAAUAAAUACAGUAAACGGACAAAAGUACAAAGAUUCACAAAAUGUUUAGGGGUAUGUGUACCCCUGCAUACCCCCAGAAAAAAAUCACUGGAAUUAUGCAUGCAAGCUUCACUCCCAAUGUCCCCAUAGGUAUUGCCCUACAUGCUUAGUUUCUGAUCUUCUCCAUGUUGAGCUGGGAUGGUCUUUAGGAGACUUUUACUUGCAUUCACAAAUGAAAGUUGGAAUACUCUGAAUGAUCUGAGACCAUUUUUUAUCAGGGUUUCAAAUUGUGUGGAAAUGUCUAGUCAUGUUCAAGCAAAUACAAGAAACAGUCCACUGCAGGCCUAGCCAGCACGACAAGGGGAAGUUCAAGGACUGCAAUGUGUAUGAUGAUCCUGGGUUAUCCACACUUUGAGCAUUCACAUGUUCAGGUGCUUGAAAACACCUACUGUAUUUUUCGCUCUAUAAAAUGCACCAGACCACAAGACGCACCUGGUUUUUGGAGGGGGAAAACAAGAAAAAAAAUAUUCUGAAUCUCAGAAGCCAGAACAGCAAGAGGGAUCGCUGUGCAGUGAAAGCAGCAAUCCCUCUUGCUGUUCUGGCUUCUGGGAUAGCUGCGCAGCCUGCAUUUGCUCCAUAAGACGCACACACAUUUCCCCUUACUUUUUGGGAGGGAAAAAGUGAGUCUUAUAGAGCAAAAAAUACGGUAUUUAAUCCUCCUUCCUGUAUGACACAAAAUGACAAAAUGAAUGGCUAUGGUCCAUCAACCUAUGUGUUACAUUCAACCACUAUACCAUUCUGGCUUUCGAAUAGGUGAAUGAUUAUCUUGUGGGAGCAGGGCAAGUGCCCCUACCCUGACUUUUGGAGGGAAACAAUAUUUAUUUAAUUUGUUUAUGAAAAUCACUUGUAUGCCAUCUUUUGCUUCAUGAAACACCAAGGCGGUUUGCAUAACAAUAAAAGCAAACAGCGUAUAACAAAGUAUAAGAAUUUCCUAAGUACGCAGCAACAAAAGAGCACCUGGAAAUCCCAGGAAUUAGCAUUAACAGAGAAAGGGGUGGUGGUAAAGAGAUAUGUUUGUAAUUGUAAUGGGAAACACCCAGCAAUCAGUGCCCACCUGAUCUCUACAGGAAAAUCCACAUGGUAGCCCUUCUCCAGGUCAUUGUACAGUAUAAAAUAUACAUCUGAAGAAAAUACAACAGGCAUAGGCAUACUUGGCUCUCCAGAUGUUUUGGGACUACAACUCCCAUCAUCCCUAGCUAACAGGACCAGUGGUCAGGGAAUUGUAGUCGCAAAACAUCUGGAGGGCCAAGUUUGCCUAUGCCUGAAAUACAACCAUUUUUCAGGGAACAGCUUCAUGUAGUGAUUUUCAGAAUCGCCACCAGCUACACUUGUUAUUAUUAGCAGUUCUAUACAUAUAUGGACAAUUUGUACACCGUGUAACACGUUCACAACCUUUUUUUUGACGUCCGCAGGCCAUGGUACAGUUUGCAGGCUUUCCUCUACUGUUGGUAGUGACUGUUUUGGUCUAUAAGUUGUAUAAAAAAUAAUUGUGCAAACUACACAUUUGUAAUUUAUGCAGUUCAUACAAGUGGGGGAAUCCAGCUCUUCUGGGUGCAUAGCAUGCUCACAAUCCACAUCCCUGCAGCGGAUACCUGCUAGCCACUCAGGUGCCCAGGACGGUGCAUGUGUCCUGCAGCUGGGGACAGAGCAAGUCGCCCAUGGGGCGGGCCAGCCAAGGCAGGGUGCACUGUGUGGAGCCUCUCUGCAGCCUCCCCCUCGGCUGAGGCAGUGGGCAGAUGCAAGCCCCAUGCUGCUCGAAAAAGCAGAACAGAGCUUGCAGGCAGUCCGCCCACCGCCUCCUGCUCAGGAGAGACGCGUGGCUCAGGCAUGCUGUAAGCCCCGUGGUGUGACACCCAGUGCCCCCCGCCUCACCUAGCUACGCCUCUGGAUUAGGCAGAUUCAUGGAGGAGAGGGCUGUCAAAGGCUACUAGCCAUAAAGGCUGUGCAGCCUACAAAGUUGGAGGCAGCAAUGCUUCUGGUUUCUGGAAAUCACUCGAGGGGAGAGUGUUCCUGCAGUGCUGUAGGAAGAGGUGUGUGGUGGGUGCGGGAGUUAUUCUCCCCCAAAACUCAUAUUUUUGCCAUUUAGUCACCCACCCCUCAGUGAUAACACCCGGGGCAGACCGCACCCACUGCACCUCCCUUCCUACACCACUGCAUCCCUGGUCUCAGUAUUCUGAAAGAAUCACAACAUUUAACUGAGAGAGUGGUGCAAGUUUUGAGAACUGUGUGGUGUCUGUCCUUUCAUAAUUUUUCUAAAGCUUGUUUAUUUGAAAUGUGAGUAUUUUAGCAGACAGGUCAAAUCUAGGUGCUUAGGUGUUCAAUUAUCUGUCACCAAGAGAACUGUUUUGAGGAAUGUCUGCAUGUUUGGAGGAAAAAAUAGCCUGGGGUGGAAGUGUGUAGGAAGCAAGAUAUUUUCAUUUGAAUGUUCUUUUCUUUAUGUUGGAUUUUACUGCAAAACCAUCUCAGUGGGCAGCCACACAGAACCGCAGAGGAAAGGGGAAAAAAAUUACUCUUAUUUUUAAGCAGCAGUGUCAGGCUUCUAUGAUGAGAACGACAUUUAACAACAGAACAAAAAAAAUGGGCAAUUAUUAAUGACAAUAUACUAGAUGGCAUUUACCAUAGGGCAUUGCCUAUGCAGAGCCAUUCCCACUCUGAGGACAUAUCAUAUCAGUAUAUAUUGCAAAUGGGGGCCAAACUAGACCAGGCUGGCACCAGGGGAUGGAAUCAUUGGGCUCAGCAGGUCCCCACUUCUGGAUGCUUGGGCCCUGCUCCUGGCUGCCACUGCCUGUUCCCUCUCUGUGCGAGGGAGUAGUGAGAGGAGAACAAACAAGGAGAAGGACUCUGCUUACCUUGUUGUCUCUGUCUGGGUGCCUUUGUGGAAUGGGCCCACACAGAAAACACAAAUGGGUAGCACAAAGAAGGUGGGCCUGCGCUAGGAAGGAGCAUCUUGUACAAGGACUCCCUAGAAUUCUGGAGCUGGAACUAAUGUGAGACCUAAUGGGGCAGACUUCUACAUUGCUACUAUUGAUCAAUGCUUUGCAUACCAAAGGUCCCGGGGCAGUUUCAGCCUAUGUGAACAAGUAAUUUGACCCAGCACAAGGCCACAUCCUGUAUUCCCAUGAAAAGCAGCGGCAAGGGUUCCACUGGAGAGGAGGUGAAACACUUUCCUGCUUUAAGUUACCUCUCAACCUUGUACUGAGGCUGGAUCUGAGUUGGGGUGGGAGAAAUUUGCAUAAAGUAAUGGGUCCCAGCAAGACUAGGCAGUGACUCAUCAUGAACACUCCCCUUGCUCUCUAAUAAUAAUAAUAAUAAUAAUAAUAAUUUUUAUUUAUACCCCGCCCUCCCCAGCCAAGGCCGGGCUCAGGACAGCUAACAACCAAUAAUAAAAACAAGUUGAAUGAAUACAACUUAUUCAAUGAUGGCAUUCAAUAAUUCAAUUCAAUAAUGGCAAUGGCACCCACCUGAGAGGUGUCAGAAUAGAGUUCCGGCUGGAAAAAAACCCCGGAACACACUUGGUUCCUGUCCCCUGAUUUCUAGCUUGGCCCUGUGGUGUGGGUCUGUAAUGAUUCUAGUAGUUGCACUGUGCCCACUUGUGGGGUUGGGGUCAGCUUCAGAGGUUCAUUGUAUCCACCUGUGAGAGUCAUUAGGCUGGUGGGCAUGUGAGAUGGGCAGACAACUGGUUCACCUGCACUGGGUGCCGAGCCGAGAGGGUGCUUCAGAGGCUGUUACAACAAUGACAAACAACGGAAGACAAGAGGCAGUGGGGGUGUGGAGGUGGGACAUGCUGAAUUUUAGCAUUGCACAGGUUGUCACUGAAAUUUUAAAGCCUGAACUCCACCACUGGGAUAGGGCCUCCUUAGCAUUGCCUCCCCACAUGUGGAACUCUCUUCCAGUUGAGAUAAGGAAGGCCCAAUCUGGAUUUCUUGAUAUUGUCUUAUCAAAAAACCCCACAACCCAAGCACACCUUCAAGCAUGCAUAUGAGCUUGGAGAAUUGGAGAUAUGUGGAAGAAGUUUCUAUUUUAGCUUUAGUCUCCAGAUCAGUUCAUGUAUUGCCAAUAAGCUAAGGGAAGGAAAAAGACACGGGCAUCACCCUUUUCCCGUGAGUCCCAGACCAGGAGCUCAAGUCUCACUUCACAGAUUGAAGUGGAAUUAGAGGAAUAAAGGGGGUUUGCGCCCCCUUGCCUCUCGGUAACUUAUGAACCUGCCCCUGUAGGAAUGCAAUAACAGGAGCAUUCCAAUAGUAAAAAUAAUUGGGGGGCUUCUGCCCUCUUGGAACCCUUUAUAUCGCAGUCCUGCAAAUGGUUCAGCGGCUGGCCUGCAUUUUCAUUAGUUGCUUUAUUGUGAAAUCUUUCUCGCAUGAAAGAAAACCGCCCAUCUUUUAAACGGUGACACCGUUUGGCAUUAAAAGCCAUUUUAAAAGUUGUUUAUAAUUCUUUUAGAAUCACAGCCAUAAAAAGUUAAGUAUAGCAAUACGAGAAAGAAGGACUGCCACGGUUUUUCCACAUGUAAUUGUUCUGCAGCUGCAGUCAGAUGUUUAUGAAACUUUUUACCCAGCCUAACCCUAUUUUUUUCAUGAGGCUCCAAUCCUAUGCAUUUUUACGUUGUAAGCCCAACUGAAUGCAAUGAUAUUUUUGAUAUUUGAUAUGCGCUGGAUGAAGGAUAAGAAACUAUUCUCAGGAUGAGGGAGAAAUUUGAUGCCCUUUGCAUAUAAAGAUGAAUCUACCUAAUUUGCAAUUUCCAAAACUAUACACAAAAUGAAACACAGCUGUCCUCAUUUGUACUUAUUUUGCAAGACAGUUCUAUAGCUAAGUAAUGUACACAAAAAUGUACACAAAAAUGCAUAGACUAGAGUACAGUGUGUGUAAAAAUGCAUAUAUUAGUGAUAAUAACAAAAAUGUGUGCUAUUAGGGAAAAUGGCUUUGUAAAAAUAUGUAUAUUGGGCAAAAUUGCAUAAAAAUGUGUAUUUUAGGAGAAAUUCACACUAACAUGCUGAUGAAUUUUCAUGUUUUAAAAGCUUCACUGGUUUUAUCUGUUUUAAUUAUGAUGUUAAAUAUGUGUGUGUUUAAAUUGUUUUGUGGCUUUUAGCUGCGCUUUAUCUACAAAAUUAUUUAUAUAAUAAAUAUAUUAUUUAUACCCCACCCAUCUGGCUGGGUUUCCCCAGCCACUCUGGGCGGCUGACAGCAAAUAGUAAAACAUCAAGCACUGAAAACUUCUUGAUACAGGGCUGCAUUUAGAUGUCUUCUAAAAGUUAUGUAGUUUUUUAUCUCCUUGGCAACUGAAGGGAGGGUGUUCCACAGUGAGAGAACCAGCAGAAGACCCUCAGAGGAGGACCUCAGUGCUGAGCGAUGGGGGUGAAGAUACUCCUUCAUGUAUACUGGGCCAAGACCAUUUAGGGCUUUAAAGGUCAGCACCAACACUUUGAAUUGUGGUCAGAAACAUACUGGGAGCUAGUGAAGAUCCCUUAGGACCAGUGUUAUAUGGUCCCGGCAGCUACUCCCAGUCACCAAUCUAGCUGCCACAUUCUGGAUUAGUUGUAGCUUCUGAGUCAGCUUCAAAGGUACCCCCAAGUAGAGCUCAUUGCAGUAGUCUAAGUGGGAGAUAAACAGAACAUGCACCACUCUGGUGAGACAGUCUGCAGGCAGGUAGGGUCUCAGCCGGCGUACCAGAUGAAGCUGGUAGACAGCUGCCUGGACAAAGAAUUGACCUGUGCCUUCAUGGACAGAUGUGAGUCCAAAAUGACUUACAGGCUGUGCACCUGGUCCCCCCCCGCCUGCCUCCCUGUGCCCCCCCCAAAACAGUACUUCUGUCUUGUCAGGAUUCCACCUCAAUCUGUUAGCAACCAUCCAUCCUUCAACCGCCUCCAGACACUCACACAGGACCUUCAAUUUGAAGGAGAGGUAGAGCUCAGUAUCAUCUGCAUACUGACGAAAACCCAGCCCAAACCCCUGCUUGGGGUUGGAUACUUCUUUGAUUAAGUGGUUUAUAAAUAUUCUAAACAAAAUCAAUAGAUACCUACUUCAUAAUUUACAAAUAGUUUAGAAAAAUUAUCCAGAGCAACAGUUUCGUUCUGUUACACUGAAGAAAUACUUGCUUUCUGAAAUGUCCAUGGGAUGUCUCUAGGGCUAGCAAACUGGAGGUGUUUGCUGCUGUUUUGAUGUAUGCAUGUGUCAAGGGUGAUUACUAUAGACAGACUUCAUUUAAGGUCAGGGAUCAAUUUUGCAGUGUAUUUUUGCAAGGUGCCAUGUACUUUAAAGAUCUAGAAUUGGACUGACAAAAAAUGAGCUGCAUUUGAAACUAUAGACUGGUUUGCAUGACGUGCUAAGCCAAACUACGACUUGUGUAGGCUCAUGGAGAAGAGCUCACUGACACUUUGUUCCUCCUCGGUCUUUUUUACUCCCAAACUACACUGAGGUAAAUCAUGGUUUGGCUUAACGCAUCAUCUGAACCUGGACUUGUGGUUAGGCUUUCUCCUCACUAGCCAGAAGCAAACCUUGGUUACUGCUCGUGGUUAGUGAGAACAGACCUUAACUAUAAGCUCAAGUUCAGACUCCAUGCUGAAUCCAACUUGGAUCAGGAGAAGCAAAAUGUCAGUGAACUUCUCUCUGAGAGACUGCAGGUUUGUGUGGUCCCAUAGUUUGGUUUACCGUGUUGUGUGAACCAAGCCAAUAUAAGAAAAUUGGAACAGGACUGGUCUUGCACACUUAUUUUUUAUACAUAGCAACUGCUUGGAACCUUGACAAUUGUUGGCAUUUUCCCACUGAAAUUACCUCAGGUAUUUCCCCCCCCCCCACUUCAGAAUUAGGGAAGGUUUAAUUUAAGGAUAAAAAAUAUCACCAAACAAUGACCUAAACAUGAUUCAAAUAAGAGCAAGGAAAAUAAAAAUUACCAGCAACAAUUUACAAACAAUAACAAGGUCCCCAAAUGCUGUUAAAAUCAGAUUCGGAACGAGGCAUAAAACAAUUGAGUCAAUCCUAAAACAAUAUUUAUGCAGUCUCUUGGUCUGAAAUGUAUUUUUGGAAUCCGAUGGUGGGAAAGAAGUGUCCGAGGGAGUAGUGGAAUCUGGUAACACCCUUGGAAUGGUAAAUGGACAUGUCAGUUCGACCUCUUACAUCACUAAAGACAAAGAGCAAGACAAUAUUUUGACUGUUGUUUGUUUGAAUUCUGUAGCAGAGGAAACCAACACUCUCUGGCAAACAGGAUUAUCUAUAAAUCUGAGCUUUGUGUCAGAAUGUAUAUAUUAGGGAAUAUUUUAUGGAGUUUUGCUCUUUGCUUUUUAAAAGGUUAAGCAAUCCUAAUGGCAUUGCAUGCAGGUCUUUGCUGGCGUGGAGAGAAAUGGCUGUGCCAAAUAUUGCUAACAGACCAAUGCAGCAAAUGUACAAUUGUUAGUUACUGGUCUUAGUGCAAAAAAACAACAAAACAACAACAACACCAUAUGCUUAAACUAUUACCAGUCCCAAUGUUAGUUACUGGUCUUAGUGCAAAAAAACAAAAACACCACCACCAUAUGCUUAACCUAUUACCAGUCCUAAUGUUCUGGUAUCUGUCCCUAGCAAAACACCAUCUUUGUUUUAUUCCUACUUUCUUUGGUGGAAGAAAUUGAGGGGAUGCCUUGAAAAAUGUUAGUAUAAUAUACACAUACACAGUUAAGGUUUUAGUUGCCAUUUAGGUUCUACUCAGGUCUUCCUCAGCCUUCCUCACAGGGUCUACAGAUGUUGACUGGCCUUGGCUGCCAAGACAAACCUUUUGGUCACCAGAACCCUGCGCCCUCCUCAUCCCUGAUCUUGGAAAGUGCCUUUGCAUGAAGGCAGAGAUGAUCUUAAAUAAAGUAUUAAAAAAAAAUGAAGGCAGAGAUGAUCCUCUGCUUCACUCCCUAACCUCUUUCCCCAGUGCCUUGCUCAGGGUUGCAAUGCAGUAGAGAUGGCACCAUUGUGCAGCACAUUAGCAGAGUGACCUUAGUGGAUUUGCAAUGCCUGGGGGCUUCAGGGAGAGUGGGAAAGUUCACCACUCUCUUCCAUGGAUGGAGGUGUCUGCCAGAUCAAAAGCUUUUCCAUGAGCUGAAGGCACAUGGUAUUACACACAAUGACUCAUAGUGUACUUUUUCAUAAACACACUAAAUCUAAGCAAUUCCUGGAUUAAUGAACAGCAAUCAUUUUUGAUGGGUUUUCAGAAGUAUUAUUUCUGUUUGUUUAUUUUUAUUAAAUUUCUACCCUGCCCUUCAAAAGAAACCCAGGGUGGUAAACAACAAGAAAUAAAACAAUAAAUAUUUGGAACAUAUUACUAUACCAAUCACUGCACACUGCUCACAACUGUUGAAUGUAAAGAGACCAGAGAGCCACCUUUAUCUGGACCUUGCCAUGUUUGGGAGAGAGAGAGAAUGUGUGUGUGUGUGUGUGUGUGUACCAAACUACAUGAUGUUUGGCAUUAAAGUAUUUCUUUUUUUUUAGAGCGAGCAAGUGAAAUAGUAAAUAUGUUCCUCCUUACUACAUUUCCUGGCUAACAUCCUUGAAUUGGGCUCUGCCCUUUCUGUGGCAUUUGGGAGUACUGCACAUAUUGGCCUGGUAUUUAAAUGAAGGUGGUAUUUCUUUGUGAAUCAUGUAAACAAACUUAGGUAACCAAACAAUUGACUGCACUUUGACCAGAUAGCAAACACUUAAUUUCCUCUCUGGAGCAAAAUAAAAAAUAAAAAAUACACAACUGUUCCCAUAUGGCUCUGUAGGAAGCAAUAAAUAAUCGCUCACAUUCCUAAAUCUCAGCAUUGCAUGAGAGAUCAUUUGGAAUGGUGGGAAUACUUUUGAACGUAAGUAUUUUCAAGGCUUUCCAGUAAACUGCUAACGAUGGGAGACCUUUAACCCUGUAUUGAUCCGUGGCCUAAUUCUCCUUCUAUUUCUGGUGUUCAGUCUGUGUCAUCGCUAAUGUAGCAAAAACUGCACCUCCCCCAUACAUGAGUGGGUGAUACGUACUUUAGACACCCUUUCUUACCCCAUAACGGCAUGGAUAAAAGAUGCAGCCAUCUGCACAAUAAUUGGUUGAUUCCAGUUUACCCAACUGCCAAGAGAUUGCACAACUGACAUUAUGGUAUCUGUUGAGACAAAAAUCCCACUCAGCCAGUGAAAUCAGUUCAUAGUUGAGCCUUCUAAUUUUUUUAAAAAUGGUUUUUUUAAAAAAAUAAAAACUGUAUGGUAGGAAACGAAGAUAAUUGUGUAGGUUAGACAAAUGAGCUGUCUUUGUAAUGGCUAUGUGGGAAACGGGGGAUGAGUAAAGGAGAUCAUUUUGGUUCCUGAGAGAGGUUUUUAUGGCUGCACAUGAUAUAAGCCACAAGUUCUUUUUCCCCACAGACUUCUUUUGGGCGGGAGAGGCUACCAUCUUUGUGUGAAGAGAGUUCAUGCUACUGGAUCAGACAGUUUUAUUUAGCUCUGUGGUUGCAUGUUAUUACAAAAUAUUUAUGGAAGGUUUAUACCGGCCUUGUGAUGCAGCUUCCAUUUCCUUCAGAAUGAUUCAUUUGCCUCUUUCUGGGUUCUGUACACUGUAUGUGGAUUCCACCUUCUGACCCACUUGCAAAAGAGGACACGGAUUUACAUAAUACUUUCAUAUGUUUUGUGCCACAUGCAAAUUUGUAUCCUCUUUGCAGGUGGAGUGGAGGGCCCAAAAAUAAAUUGGUGACCACACACGUAACUAAGUGUCUGACAGAUGGAUUGUGAAGAGGUCAAGCUUUUCUUAAAAUUGUAUUCACAUACUAGAAAAGGCUUAAUGUGUUUAAUUCCUGCCAGUCACACAGCUGUUAAAGCCCUGCUUUCUCCAUACCAACUCUAAACCAAAGCCUAGGCUGCAGUUGUACUUCCCAUUACCUGGGAGUAAGCUCCAUUAAACACAAAGAAACUUACUUCUGGGUAGACAUGUAUACCAUUGGACUGUUUAAAUUAACUAUAAAGCGACUUCUGAAUGAGUGCCUGCUCUUUUGCUCCCGCCCUGCAGGACACAUGCCUAACCUUCUUUGCAGUUUUCAUGUUUUUUAAUUUGCAAUUUGGAGGCGGGGGUGGGUUUCUGGCAAGUCCAGGGCCUAAGGAUUUUAGGGCCAAAUGACAUGCUAUGUUGAAUUUGUUACUCUGAUUGUUCUUAAAACUGUUCACUCCGGGGGCCAUUCAGGAUCAAUACCACAGAAGGCAGGAAAGAGUUUUGGGGUUCAACCCUCUCACCCUGCUGUGACCCUUACAAAAAUCGCCCUCCGUAAGCUGCUACAUGGCACAGGAGGGAGGCUCCUAUCAGCACCAUGCAUUAUUUCAGAACAGAGAUGAAUCAAUCUGUAACAGGUAUGAACACUCAGUGUUGUUGGUUAUGGGCAAUUUUAGAUUUAGAAGGAAUUUCUGUAAUGUUGUGUUGUUUGAGGCUGAGGAGGGACCUUUUUGCCGUGGCAAUACUUUUGGAUUGAGGUUGGCUGAGUGGUGCAGAGAGCCAUUUAGCCAGAGAAGAGGAGUUUGAGGGAAAUGCCUCUGUAAAUUCAAGGAAGUGGAAAUAUGUGUGGGACAGGAAAGAGUGUGUGGCUCUGAGGAGGUGGGUGAUGUGCUCUUUUAAAAUGGGCUAUACAGUGGUGCCCCGCAAGACGAAUGCCUCGCAAGACGGAAAAACCGCUAGACGAAAGGGUUUUCCGUUUUGAAGUUGCUUCGCAGGACAAAUUCCCCUAUGGGCUUGCUUCGCAAGACGAAAAUACCUUGCGAGUCUUGAGAUUUUUUUUCGCUUUCCCCCCCCUUUAUCUAAUCUGCUAAGCCUUUAAUAGCCUUUAAUAGCCUUUUAGCAGCUAAUCCCCUAAGCCUUUAAGCCUUUAAUAGCCGCUAAACCGCUAAUAGCGCUAAUAGCGCUAAUCCGUCAAUGGGCUUGCUUCGCAAGACGAAAAAACCGCUAGACGAAGACUCUCGCGGAACGGAUUAAUUUCGUCUUGCGAGGCACCACUGUAGUCUAGAAAUUUGGCACCUUUUUGCCUACAUUUCAUGUAAGCUUCCAUAUUAUUUUGAAAAUAUUGCACAUCAAAAUGGCUUCUUAUGUGGAAAGGAAAGAAUAUAUGUAAGAAAAUAAGAAUGGUCUGCUGAAUGGCCCAUCUAGUCCAACAUCCUGUUCUCGCAGUGGCCACCCAGAUGCCUGAGAGAAACCAAGGAACAGAACGUGAGCACGAGAGGAAUCUUCCUUCUCUUGGUUUCCAGCAACUGGUUUUUGGAAGCAUUGCUGCCUCCAACUGUGGAGGUAGACAUAGCCAUCUUGGUUAGUAGCCAUUGACACCCCUCUCCUCCAUGAAUUUGUCUAAUCCUCUUUUAAAGCCAUUUAAGUUGGUGGCCAUUCUGGGCUCCUUGGAUGAGCAAGUUCCAUAGUGUGACAGUGUGUUGUGUGAACAAGUAUAUUAUUUUAUCCAUGCUAAAUCUUCCAGCAUUCAGCUACCUUGGAUGUCCACGAGUUCUAGUGUCAUGAGGGAGAAAAACUUUUCUCUAUUCACUUUCCCCGUCCUGUGUAUCGUUUCAUAAACUCUAGAGGUAUCAUCAUUCUUUAUUCAGUUUAAUUCCCGUGAACUGGUGGUUGUUUUCUUGGAUUAUCAUACCAGUUUCAAUUGAUUUAUGGUUAAAUGUUCAUGAAAUCUCCCUGGAAGUACAUAUUAAUUAAAUCCUCAUUAAUUGCACAUUAGAACUCAUUGAUUGAUUGCUGCAAGUGCUAGAUGCAUUCAUAAUAGGGAACCAAGUGUCAAAAGAUUGUUUUGGAUAAAAAGUAUAAAUGUCUACAUAAAUAAAUUGGAGCACAAGGCUUCUAUUCAGUGGAGUGCUGGGUUUGGGCUUGGUAGAUCUGGGGUCCCGUUGUCUGAGAUUACUCAUCUUUGUUGCAUAGAGCUCUGGCAAAGUGGCCUAUGAUUAGAAUAAAAAGGCUGAGCCUAAUUUUAGAGGCUUACGGCUGUUGUAUUUUUAUUUUCAGCUGGGACAGAAUAUACUUAGUAUUUUGGAUGUUCUUAAAUACUCCAAACGUCCAUCUUCUGUGUCUGGUGUGCCAGUUCUUGGAACUUUCAGUGAAGUAGAAAUCUGACACUUGAACUAUAAUCCUCCCUGGAAUGCAGUGGCGUCAAGUUGCGACACUAUACUUAAGGUUUUUGUCUUUGUCAGGUCAUGAUUUCCAGGGGAUAAAAACCACAGCCAUGACUUUGUGGCUCUUUAGAAAUGAAAACUGCCUCUCUGCCAAGCAGUGUUGAAAAGAACAAGAACCUUGUACCAAGUCAGAUUAUUGGUCUCUCUAGCUUAGUAUUGCCUACACAGAUUGGCAGGUGCUCUCUGGGGUUUCAGACAGGGGUCUUUUCAGCCCCUAACUAGAUCUGAAUCUGGGAUCUUCUGAAUGAAAAGGAUUUGCUGUAUCACUGAGCUAUGGUGAUUACCCUGGCGGUAUAGGCAACCUUUCUCUCUCCCCACCUGGCAAGGUGUGUCCAGGAUUUGAACUGAGCCAUCAAAGUAGUUCUCAACGUCCCAUGCGAGUGAGUGGCCAUUACUGGCCUUUGUGCAUCUUCACUUUGAGCAGCCCUCUCUUAAACCAAGGAGAUUUCUUACACAGCUGAGCUGUGCAGGGUAGAUUCUGGGAAACGGUUGGUCAUAAGAGUGGCACUGAGCUCUGGAAGACCUGUGUAUGAUGAUGGAUGGUGCCUUUACACCUGGGCUUAAAUCCUUGCAGCUGUGGGCAUGUGGUAAAAGUCUGUAUCCACAUUCAACUAGAAUAGCAGCUCACAGGAUUGAAACGUAAAGAAACCUGUUUGUCUUGGAAUGAUAAAUUUUCAGUAUGGGCUGGAGAGCAUUUAGAAGAUACUGGUCUGGAUUUGAAGUUUAUGAAGCUGGAAAUGAGUGCUUGAGCUGGACACUUCUAAUCUUGCCCUUCUUCUCCCCACUCUCAUUCCAAGUUCCUGGUUUGGAUGAAGCCAGAGUUCCCUGCUACAUCAGAACCAGGGAACUCUAUAUUGCUGUCUGUUAACAAACUGGGAAAAUAAGGUUGGAAUGAUUGUUCAGACCAGGACUGAACAUCAGAACGUCUAUUUAUCUGAAAAAAACCUACAACAUCUAUUCCUGAUACCUUUUUAUCACUUUUAAGUAUCUUUUUUCUUCCAUUUGAGGGUGUUCAGAAACAAAGUUGUUAUGUCUGAAAUGUAGAAGGGCCAUCUUACCACUUUUUUCCAUAUAUAGGCCUAGUCUGUGGGGUGCAGCAGCCCUCUGCUUCAUUAGGCUUCUAAUGGAGAGAAGUGAAGGACAAAUAAGUGAAUAAACAAAUAUUAUAGAUGAAAAAGACUGAUUUAAUAUCCACCAUAUUUUUGAGAAAAAGUUGCUGGUCUCUCAGAUAGUUCAUGUUGAAUGGAUUCCUCCAACAUAUCUAUCAGUCGUAUCAUCUUCUGUCUCCCAUUCUACACUUAUCAUCUGCCAUCCAAACAACAUGACCAGUCCAACGAAGUUGAUGUUGAAGAAUCAUUGCUUUGACACUGGUGAUCUUUGCUUUUCUAUAGCAACUACUCUAUUCCCACCUCAAGAAUGGAAAGCAAAAUACGGGUGGGCAACAAAAGAGAUUUAAAGACGCUCUCAAGACAAAUCUGAAAAAAUGUAACAUAAGCACUGUUAACUGGGAAACACUGGCCUGCAAGUGCUCCAAUUGAAGAACAGCCUUUACCGAAGGUGUCAUUGACUUUGAAGAAGCACGAACUCAGGGCAAAAAGAAGAAAUGAACUAAGAGGAAGGCAUGUUUGACAAACCCUCACCGUGAUAAACUCCUGCCCAGACACCUAUGUUUCCACUGUGGAAGGACGUGUGGAUCCAGAAUUGGUCUCCACAGUCACUUACGGACUCACUGUUAAGACCGUGUUCAUGGAAGACAAUCUUACUCAGCUAUGAGAAGACACCUGUCAUGGCCUGGGUUCUUGCCAGUGCUGGACUUUGGGCUCUCGAAUUUCAGCGGUGCCCUGUGCAACACUAAAAUUUGCUCCUCCACCUCUUGUGCUCUGUUCAACAUUAUUGUUAUGGUGCCCCCUGUGGUGCUGGUACCCAGUGCAGCCAAACCAGACACGCUACCCUAAAACCGCCUCUGCUCUUGCUAUAAAUGCUUUUUCACCUCAGCUCUCUAUAACAAAAGGUUUUAUUUUUAAUACGCACAUGAUAUGUAAAUAGAUAUGUAAAUUGCUUGGCAAUGUAUGUUGUUUACAUAGUUACUUAACUAUAAUUGCUCCUGUCUUGAAAGGGAUCACAUGGCUUUUCAUUUUUCUGAAGUGAAGUGUUGUUUAUUGACUUUGUAUUAUGUGCAUACAAAUUGUUACUAAAUGCUACAUUCCCAACCGUGUCUACUCAGAAGUAAGCCUGACAGACUUCAGUGGGGCUUACUCUGCUUCCUGCUGUGAAUUUUUAAGACGAGAAGCAUGCCUUGUUGUUCUUCUUUCCACAUGGAAAGAAGUCAUCUCUUUUCUUGCCUGUUGCCUGUAUCAUUGCUCCUCAGUUGAAGCAUGAGGAUUUCAAGCUGUCAAAUACAAAAUGUUUACUGCAAACAUUUAAACCAUGAAUUAGCUUGAAUGUUGUGUUUCAGCAGAUGCACAAAAACAACCAUUUCCUGAUAUGCAUUUAUGAAACAAAAUGUUAUUUUGCAAAAAGGGCUUGUAUAAGUAGCAUUACACUGACAUUCAAGUGGCAUUCCUUGUAAAAUGUUUAACGUAGCCAAAGGCAUAGAAUCCAGGGUACAAAGAGCAAAAUAUCAACCACAUGCCCUCCAUGAGUUGAAACAGGGGGUCAUUUCUACUCCCAUAGGCUCUCCAUGUGUCUAGAAGCCUUGUCUUGCAGCAAAGAGUUCUAAAUCAGGUGAGGAGCUCAUAUCCGUGAACUCAACUCUCCACCCCAGAUGCUUGCCUCUAGCUUAGUGCUAGUCCUGCAGUGAAAAUAGGUGAGGUAUGGCAUUUGGGGAACUCCCAAGUUUUGUAGAAGUACCAAAGAUCUGUGGGGGGGGGACCCUAAGUGGCAGGGAGAACCCCCAAACAGCCCAACAAAAAGCUGAACAUGCUCAGUGACUUCAAAUUGCUGACUGUUUGAGGCAAAACGUAAAACUGGAUGGGUGGGAGAAUGGAACGGAGUAUCCUGAACAGGAGCACUCAAUGCUACAGACAGCAUGUGUAAAGUAGAUUCUUAAUUUGUGGGAGAAACUGAGUGAUAUGAACACCAGAGUGAAAUUGUGCCGGCCUGUAGGCUGGGAAAGUGGCAGGAUCUAGAAAUAGCAAGUAAGAUUAAAGGUAACGCUGAACCACAAGUAUAUAGUUAGUUAGCUUUAAAAUAGAUUUCUUUUUUCAACAGGAAAAAAGAACCCACUAUAGGACGUCUUAGUUUUCAGUGUAGGUUGUAUUUUGUUUGAACAGGAUAUGACUGAUGGUUCCCCUCAGGGUGGGUAAACUGAUGACCCUUUUAGGCCUCAAUCCUUUAUACACUCAGGGUCUAAUGAGGCUUACCAAAAGCUUGUGUAACUGUAAGUGCUGAUGCCCCUUUUAUUUCAGAAAUGGCUUUUUUGGAGAGGGUGAUCUUGAGUAUAGGACGAGGUGCUUAAUCUUUUACCCAAACACUGCAUUAAUGGUCCCUGUAGGGUUCCAAAUGCAGAAGAAAAAGCAAUUUAGAGCAGACUAAAAUGUUAUGUGGGCAAAUUGUUAAAAAUGCCUUGUACUGAAUAGAGUUGCAUUUAAGAUAUGGGUGGUGGUGGUGACCAAAUAAGUUGUCAAGAAGAGAGUGGUGUUCCCUGCAAAAUGUUUAAAGGCAUAUUGUAGGCUUUUCUUACAAUAAGGUCAGGGAACUGUACACAAGAUUUCCCCUUUAUAUCCUCACAGCAACCCAGUGAGGUGGGUUAGACUAUGAAUGAACUUCAUGUCUCACCAGGAAUCUGAACAUGGGUCUCCCCACUCCUAGCCUAACACUACCCACAAUGCUGCACUGACUCUCAGACCGUAAUUCUUGCCUAUGCUCAUCUUGCGAUGUGCUUUCCUUGUAGUUCGAUCUGUACUCGUGUCAGCAUUGAUUUAUGCAGGGUCUCUGUUUUGCACUCUAAUGGAACCUUAGUCUCGCAGUUUCUUUGUCUUGCUAUUUUGUGCACUUGCCAGAGAGUGUCAGAGGAUGAGCAUGAUUUGAUGUGGUUCUUUCUGCUGAGCUAGGUCAAAAUAAAGGCACCGGCUACAUAAGGCUCUUUGCCUCUUUUAACGUUCCUGGCACAAGUAACUGAGUUAUAUGCACUAAAGCAAUUUGCAGAGUUUGGAAGGCUUAAGAAAGAGCGCGAACACCUUGAACCUGCUUUGGAGUGCACAGAUGACACUUGCUUAAUGAGGCAAGUUAUGGCAUUCCACCGCCUUGAAGCACACUUAACAACUGGCUUUGGCACCUGCUGUUUCCAUUUUAUAUUUCAAGCUGGAUGUAAAUCCUCUUCCAAGUCAACCUGGCUGCUAUUCACUGGAGUGUGUUAUAGAUAAUUAGGUCAAGAGAAGGCCAGGGAACCUCCUGGAGGACCAUUUUGAUAUGCUCUGGGGAGCGUAUAUGAUAUGCUUUAUGGUGGUGACUCAAGAAAACUAGCAAUACAAUUGACAUUUACCAUUUUCUUUGUAUUUUACUUGAGCUCAUCUCCUUCAGUUUUUAUUCCUUCCCCACUAUUGUCAUUGAAUUUAUAAUCUUAAGCGAGGUGAGUUUAUUUUCAUUGUUUUGGGCUAUUUCACACACCCACACCCACACACACGCACCCAUAUUGGCCUUAAUAUAAGCCUCACUUUUUUUCCAAAUUCCGACCGUGAAAAGUUAAAGUGUGGUUUAAAUUCACGGCCUUACAAAAAUUGGCUUUUACGAUAUCACUGAUGAAACAGACAUACAGUAAAAUGGAACGGGUGUGAGUGCCUGAGGAAUUUUAAGGGAGUGGCUUAUAUUCAGCUAUCGUCUUUUUCUUCUUCUUUCCCCUUGGAUUUUAAAGGUGCGGCUUAUAUUUGGGCCAAGACGGUAUUUAUAAAUAUAAUGAAUGAUAGAGCUAUAUACAAGCAGUACUAUAUAAUAAUGCUAAAUUACCAAAUUUAAAUAUUGUCUUCUAUCAUUAUGUAUACAACUAUGUAAAUAAAAAUAAUUUUGAUAUCAGAUACUUCCAAAGUAAAUACGAACCUACCUUUAUACAGUUCAAUAGUCAACAUUCAAUAUUUAUUUAUUUGAAAUCCAGGCAACCCCCCAUCCCCACAAAAAAGGAUCCAUUGUGAGAGCUGCUCCAGUAGAGAUGAUCUAACAGAUGUUUUGCAGUGUAGACUUAUGCAUGUUUUAUUAGGAGCACAACUGGAAUCAGAGCACCUUUGAAGAGCCAUAUCCCUACAGGGGUCCCACUGUCACUACCUGGAGGCUGCUGAUCCUUGGCCUUGGUUCACCUUCUCUCUCCAAGCAUGCAAGCAAUGAGUUGGAAGAAACAGUGGUACCUUUCUCUCUCGGGGUGGCUGCAUGGACUGGGGCCCAGAGGGAACGGGCAAGUGAAUCAGGCAGCAGUACUUUGGGAAGGAGGGGGGGCAUUUGCCCAAGGGCCUCCCCAAACCUGGAACCAUCCCUGCUCAGAAGUAAGCCCUACUAGGUUUAAUGGGAUUUCCUCCUAGGUAAUUGUGUCUAGGACGUCAGGCGCAAGAUGUCCAAGGAACCUGGUAGCUGCAUGUUACUGACCUGGUUCACAUUUAAUGCUGAGCCAAUCUAUCUAUGGUUUGGUGUGAAUGUGCAAGUGUGCCAAUACAUAGUAAGAAAAACAUGGAUGCUUCCCUCAGUCCUCUAUCAGUUUUGGUUGAGUGUUAUGUGUGAACCUGGGCUCACAGUUUGGCUCACUCCAAACAAGGCUUGUUGUUGGCUUAGCACUCCAGGUUUGUUUGGGAGAGACAAACCAUGAGCCCAUGUUUGCACCCAACACUAAGCCAAGUGGUGGCUAAAUGCACAAUAGGAUGACAGCAGCAGGAGUUGGGGAUAAGUGGCCACCAUUUUCUUACUGUGCGCCAGCAUAGUUGCUCGUUCAUGCUAAGCCGUAGUUUGGCUUAGGAUUACAGGCAAACCUGACAUUACUGAUUGUCUAAGUAUCCAUGGGGUUUAUCUAUGGGAAGAUGUGUCUUGGGGCUGAUUGCAGGGUCAUAGAACAGGCAAAAUGGAAAGGUAAUGAUGAUUUACAAAUCUGUUGCAUUUAUACUCCACGUUUCCUUUAAGGGUGGUGCAUAUAAUUCUCCCAUUUUGCUGUCACAACGGCAGUAAAACCCCUGUGCUAUAGGCUUUUGUGUUUUCUUUAUUUCUAAGUCUUUCCACUCCUUCCUACACAAAGAUCACUGUCCUGUGUAAACCCUGUAGGGAGUGCAGCCUAGCCUUUCCCCGUUCCCUUUUAAGAAUUCAAAACUGAAACUCUUUGCAGAAGCCUAGGAAGCAGGCAGGCUAUAGUAUUCUAUAAUAAAGACAGAUACAUAAAAUAGCUUGUGAGCUUUGGAAGGAACAGAUACAGCCAGGUAGGCUGUGUACACAUUACUUCUUACUCUGGCUGUAGUGCGCUCUCACUUCUCUUUUUAAUUUGUGUACCUAUGACAAUACCCAAGGGUCUAGAGCAAUCCUGCCGUUUCUGGUGAAAUACUCUGUUUUGAUUUGGUUUUUCCCCAAGCCAGCUUUAAUUGAACUUGAACCCAGUAUCCUUUUUCAAGUAGCAUUGAAUCCCAGGUAUGUGGGAUUUUCCUUUCCUUUUCCUACCCCAUCUCUGGGGCAGUGAUGGGGCAGUGAAACUAACCAGGCAAUUCCAUCAGCUGAAGACGUCAGUGCCCAUUCUCCCACCUUGCCUGUCCGAUGGGCAAAUGCAACUUGAAACGCACUGAGGAAAAACCCCCUCACUGUUUUAAGCCAGUAAUGUGUACACAGAGUAGAAAGAACACUCCAAAUCAGCAUUGCACCAGGUAAAAGAAUGAUCCGAUUCAUUGCAAGUUAGCCUUUGCCUCUGUUAUGGUAUUUGAGGCAGUUCCGGGAGUGGGGAAAUCUCUUGUUCCUCAAGCACAAAUAUAGCUUUGCCAAAUCCAAGCCUUGCAUGUCCACAGAGAGACCAUAUAUUAUGGUUAAUUACAUGAAAUCUGAUAUGCUUCCUUUGGCAUUCUAUGUCUUGGAAGGAAAAAAAUGCAUUUAGUUCUUUCCCUAUCUGUGCUAAUUAUAUAUAAAGAUGACCAAUUUCUGCCUCCUUUUGUUUUGUUAGUGGUGUGCACAUUCUUAGUGUUGUCAUGUGCAUGGCUCUAUCCCUUAUGAACCUCUAUCUAAGAGAAUAUUUACACAAUUAAUGUGUAAUGCAAACUAACGUUCUUGUUCAAGGCAGGAUUUACGUUUGUAUUGCAAACGGGAUUGACUUUGCUCCAUGCAGGACAACUUAGGGCACUUAUGAACGGCUUCCAUUUUGUUUGUGAGAAUCAAUACGGGCAUAUUAAGGCUGCACAAUUAAAAUGGAGGUGGAGUUCUUGAACAAUAAACCUACCUCCAAGAAAAAAGAAAAGCAAUUUUGGGAGGGGUUUUGGUUUUUUAAAGGAGAGUGACUGGAAUUGGGGGAAUAACAAUUCCUCGGCACAAUAUCAUAUUACCUCAUCAUAUUACCUCAUCAUAAACAAAUGAGAAUGAAUGCUCAAUAAACAGGUCAUCUGGAAGGGACCUCUGUUCCAUGAAUGUUUCCCUCAGAUACUGGUUUGUUUUAAUGAUUUAUAGCAAAGCUUUGGUCUUCUUGUAGGCUGAGAUUUAUUUGAAACAUGGUUUAACCCUGGAACCUGUUCACUGUCUGAGCUUGGCUCUGCACCCUCAGUAGGGAUACUCGGUUUUGUGUUCAUAUAAUAGUUCCCCCCUCCCCCAUAGUGCUUCAUUGCUUGACACCAAUGCAGCAUGCACUUCACACAUUACUCGGCAUCUUGUAUGUUCAUCUGACCAUAACACAAACUGCCUGUGUCAUUUUAAUGGCAUAUUGUGUUCAUGGCUAUAUAAGAAGAAAAAGCAUAUGUCAGUUUCUGUAUGUUCAGAUCCCAACCUGUAACCUUGAAAAUAAAAGAGUUACGUACUCUAAUCCAUUUCCAAACAAGGAGCUUGGGGAAACGCCAAGGUUUGAAGAAAUACAACAAGUAAAUAAGAUUCUUAGGGGAAACCCAAGUAAAGCCCAAUGAGGACGAACAGUGCUCAGUGGCAAUGGGAUGCUGACUGAUUAUUGGAAAGGGGGGCGGAAUAGAAAAUGGGGGAGUUGAAUGGAGUGUCCUGGAAAUGGGCACAGUUUGUUGGCUUCCUGAACAGUACCACUCUACACUGCAAGAUUUUGCUGCAGGUCCUACUUGAAUUAGAUAUUAAGGAAGAGAGAGCCAUUUACUAUGUGUCUUUUGCCUAUUACUAAAGCUUCAAAGCCUGCUCCCCUCCUCUAGAGUGAAGGGAAGAAGCUUUCAAAACAGAGGUUCUCUGUUCUUUGGAACCCCCAAACUUUUCAUCUUAACAAUGAAGCACUGUGUAUGGGCCUAACAUUUCCUGAGCCUCUAGAUUCAAGAAUGUCAGUCUUCCUAGACUACCAACAUUAAAUUCUGAAGAAUUCAGGUUCAUUGUCUAGUGAUGUGAUGUUCUGACCUAUUGUUUGAUGUUGGUAAAACUCUAGGAUGGUUAAACUUGAAACUAAUGUUUUCUCCUCAUUUGACUUCACAGCUCUCCUUGAGAAACCUCUUAGCAAAAGGCGAGACAGUGAAGCUGUACAGAAGGCUAAGAUUCUUUAUUCUUCGUGUAUGAAUGAGAGUAAGUAACUUUCAUUUACAGGGUUACAGGUUAGAGUCUGAAUGUACACAAACUGGCAAACACUUUAUUUUACAUCGUUCUAUAAAUAUCAAGCAAUGAGCGGCUCUGAAAUGAAUCUCUGUUUUAUGCAUAUCAAAGCAUGCAAAAUGUUGCAAAAACAGCAUUUUAUGACUAGUGCCAGUUAUUGCUCUUUUCCCAUUAAUUCAGUGCUAAAUAAUUUGUACUUUUAGAAUGCAGUCCUGUACUUAAGCUACACUUACCUAGGAAUAAGUGAGGCUUACUUCUCAGUAAACAUGCCUGAGAUUGAUUGCACAGUAUUCCCUGGUGCAUGGGAUUUUAACUAUCAUAUAUGUUUAAUGGGACAUUUCUUCUGAAUGCAUACCCAUAUGGUGAAAUCUGAUAGUUAUCUAACAUUAUUACUACUUAAAUAAAUUUGUGUAUACACAUCCUGUUGCUCUACACAUAUAACAGUAUUUCUAAUGAGCACUCUUAAAAUGGUAUUACCUGGAAGUUGUCUUCUGAUGGCUUGCUUUUCCCCCCUCCAGAUAAGAUAGAGAAAGCUGAUGCAAAGCCUCUUUUGAGCAUGCUGAAACAUUCUCCGUUCCGCUGGCCUGUCCUGGAAUCAAACAUUGGGCCUGAUGGAUUGUGGUCAGAAAGGAAGUUCAGCAUGCUACAGACCCUGGCUACUCUUCGUGGCCAAUAUAGCAGUUCUGUUUUCAUCCGAAUGUAUGUGGCUUCUGAUGAUAAGAACUCUAAUGAGCACAUCAUAAAGGUAUGGUAGAGGGGGUUGAUGGAGGUAGAUGCGAGUUUUCACCAGCUUACUAAAAAUAUCAAGUGCUCCACAUUUUAGCCAUUAUGUUCAGGAAUUGCCAACUUUUGCAAAUGGGCACAUUUACAAAUUGGAGAAACUGUUGUGGGGACACAUAUGCAUACACACUGCAACCAUGCACAAGCGCAUCCAUGGCAGUUACCCCCACACACUCCACUCGUCAGCAAUGAGACUUAAAAAGAGAGAGAGAGAGAGCGUUUUCGUUUCACAUAAGUGUUAUAGGGGUGUGUGAGUGAGAUAGAGAAAUCUUCCUGGAAGUGCAAGAGUUAACCUUCCCUCUCCAGCUGCAGUCUUUGGGAAGAUCACCCCUGGUAACAACUAAAAAGAAAUCCAGCCCCCUAUAACAACUAGGAUUGACACAGCAGAUUUCUUUGAAGCUUAAUUAUGACAAGAAGUGUUUUUAGUGAGAGCGAUCCCUGAAAAUUGCUCCUCCUCCAAUGUAAUUAGGCUUCAAAUGAGCCUUGUACUGAGGCUAAUAUAAGACUUCUUUGAAGUCUAACUGUGCCAUGGGGUGGUGUGAUUUUGGCGUGCAUGUGUGUCUCGUAUUUGUAAACUCCCCCCUCCAAACUGCCCAACUCAUGCAGAUAGACUUGAAACAAAAACUUUCAAUGAGCUAUAAUAGAAGGCUCCUUUCUAUUUUAGCAUAAGAGAGUGGGGAGGGUUUGUCACAUCAGGACCCUGUGGGUGCCAGAAAGGAUUGCUUACUUGAAUCUGGGGGAGCUGUGUUUGUGGCUGGAUGCAGCCAUGGCAGAUGGGACUCCCUCCUGUGGCAUGAGGGAGUCCGCUGCUAUGGACUUUCCUGCAGGCAGCGGGGCCAGUCAUGGGGGAUUCCAGGGGUGUGGCUUGGGGAGCAGACCAGAGGGCCUCAGUUCUCCUCUGGAUUCCCACCCUCCCUCUCCUUUAGUUGAUAUUUGGUAGCUGGCCAGGCGCAGGCGGACUAGCUUCUGUGUGCCUUGCUUCAGUCACCAUUUUCUGGGCCAGGGAGGGAUUUCCCCUUCAGGCCAAUUGGACCGCCUGGAGGGCUUUUGCCUGCCUCAUAGCAAAUGUCACAAUCAAUCAAUUAAUCAAGUACCUUUAUUGUCAUCACAGUAUAAAAUGUUUCAAAUAACUGGAAAAAUUAAAAAGACAAGGGUGAAGCUUUCAAGGGUUAUAAGGUCACAGUAUGAUCGUGUGCAUUUGGAUAUCCUUCCCGAAAGGAUAGUGAUGUCACAAUUUUACAAUGGAUUAGGCAUUGGGAUGGAGCCCUAGUCUAAGUGAGUGGUGAGAGCUCCCCCCACAACAACUGCAGCAGCAGGGUAUCCCUUGAAGAGAGCCUGGAAGAUGAUGCUCUUGUCUGGUCACCCAGUUUGGGAAUUGAUGGGCCAUAGCGCUCCUGAAUGGUGUUCAAGGCAGUUGCCCACAAUUGAUGCACAUCCCAAGGCAACCCUUAAUCUUAGUCAAUCAGGUCAGUCAUCAACCAGCAAUGGCUAUGCCAGCAUCUGUUAUCCAUAAAGUUGUGGCCUGUUUAAUUCCAUGCUGCUGUCCUGGGCUUCACUGCAUCUGGACCCACAAAAGCAUGUGCUAUAAGGGUGACCCAUGUCCUGAUUUAUAGUUGACUAAUGUGUGUCACAGGGAGUGGGAGUUCAUGGCACACUUGGAAGCGGCAGCUGGAAGCCCAACCUGUGGCCAUCAACACAGGUGCAGGCAUGUGAAGGCCUCUGUGAAGAAAGAAGGCCUUAGGAUGGAUCUAGACACAUCAAAGAAGUGUUUCAGUUAAACACUUAACUGUUUUAAAUGUUGUGUGAGAAAUUAGGUUGUCAAAAAUGGAACUCCACAGUGCCAUCUGGUGUCACAGUGUUAGAAUGCAUAAAGAACGCAUAUAAAGUGCUUUUUCUUUGCCAAUGUAGCUGAGUCCCUAGUUUCUGGACUCAUUAUAUUUUAAUUAUGAAAUCUUCAAACAUGGCAGAAAGAAUGCCUUCUUUCACCAGACAUGUGAGAAAGUAAUUCUAUAAUACCUUUUAAACCUGCAUCAAACUCAUAAUUACACGCCCUCCAGCUAAUUUUGUUGAUAGGAGUUAUCAGCCUUUUGCCACCAUGUUCAACAACAUCUCCACAGAACCUGGCCAUUAGUAUGUAUAUAUGCAAAUGACUAAAAGUCAGGGGAAUAUAUGUAACUGUAUUCCUUAGGGCAUUCUAAGCUCAUCUCUAAUUUGAUUUACAGCAAUCUGAUUUACAAGAAGAACAUGCUUGUAUCCUAAUUAGUUACUGAAGGAUCAAAUGAAUUUCCAGAUUAGAUAUGCCAGGGGACAUUUAUAUCUUGGGGAAAAUGUCUAUUGUAGAAUUCCUAAACUCCCCAAUGUCAUACAGAAGCCAAUGUCCCCAAGAAAGCAGAAUAUAAUAUUUAAAUGUGAACUUAAUUGGAUGCCUGAAUUAUUAUUUUCUUUUUUAAAAAGGUGUUCAUUGCUUAACAUUAGUAAAUCGUUUUUUAAAAGAUUGCUUGUGUGUCUUCCUUUUUCUUAAUGAAACUAUAAAUUUGAGAUUGAGUAGUAUUAUGGAAGUGUAUUUAAUGGGAACUGACGCUGUUGUAUUCUUUACAUAUUUUUAAUAGCUAGACCAAGCAUCUCUGUCCCUGUCAGCACGAGAAGACUACCUGGAAAACACCACAGAAGCUAAAUCCGUGAGCACUGCUUACUUGAGCAUCUAAAUGGAGAACAAUUAAUACAUUGAGGAUUUCUUCUCCUUUGCCACCAUAUUAAUUAAUUAAUUACUUGUUUAAUCCUGUUAACUUCCUGUUCAGAGAUUUAAACCUUCUGCAGUAACUGUUUUAUUUAUUUCCAUUUAUCUGCUACUAUGCCAUUCGGUAAUUGAAGUUAUCUGAGUGGUCCACAACAGCAAAUUAAAACUGUAAAACACAAAGAUUAUAUAUAAAAAAAUCCAAAACAUAACCAAAAUAACACAAUACAAGACUUGAAUAAAUCCAGCAGCGGAGUAUAUCAGUGGUGUCAUAUACAUAAGGAGCACUCAAACAUUUUUUUUUAAAGCCUGGGAAGGUUAAAAAUUUGUUGCCUGCUGGUGGAAGAACCACAGUGUGGGCACCAGGCAAGCUUCUUUGAGAAGAACAUUCCAAAACUGGGCUGCCAUUACUGAAAAUAUUCUCUCUUUAGUAGCCACUAGGGAUGGGUGACUGUGUCAACAUUUGUUUCUCUCAGUUUUGCAUUUAACCCAAUCUUCAAUUUGCAUUUUUUUUUUUUUAGUCUUCAUGAAAUCUCUGGCAUUUUAAUAUACACCUUUUCAUUUGUAAUUUUUCCUAAUAUGCAAAUUUUCCCAAAGCAGUUUCCCCUAAUAUAAUGCAUUUUGUAUGCUGUUUUCAAUAACAUGCAUUUAUGUCACAUUUUAUCCUGGUAUAUGCAAUUUUUUUUGGAGAGAACUUUGCUGGAGAACUGCAUUGCAAAAUUCAGAGAAAUGUGAAUUUCAAAGGAUGCCUCUUUUGGUUCACAUAUUGUUUUGGAAAUUGCGAACUAGUUCACCUUUAAAUUUCUCCCCAAUCCCCAAUGAGUUCCAAACACCUACUACUACAAAAGGGAUGCGGGUGGCGCUCUGGGUUAAACCACAGAGCCUAGGACUUGCCGAUCAGAAGGUCGGCGGUUCGAAUCCCCGCGAUGGGGUGAGCUCCCGUUGCUCGGUUCCAGAUCCUGCCAACCUAGCAGUUCAAAAGCACGUCAAAGUGCAAGUAGAUAAAUAGGUACCGCUCCGGCGGGAAGGUAAACGGCGUUUCCGUGCGCUGCUCUGGUUCGCCAGAAGCGGCUUAGUCAUGCUGGCCACAUGACCCAGAAGCUGUACGCCGGCUCCCUCGGCCAGUAAAGCGAGAUGAGCGUCGCAACCCCAGAGUCGACCACGACUGGACCUAAUGGUCAGGGGUCCCUUUACCUUUACCUUACCUACUACUACGUGGUUGUUUCCAGUUUAACAGUUCUGAUACUACAAGGAGUUUUAGCUGCACAGUAGAACUUCCUCAUGCUCUCCUCUUACCCCAUAAACCUUCAUUUGAGGGAACAGAUUUAGGGGUUGCAGGGGGGGUGCACAGGGAGAGGAGAGAGAACCUGGCAAUCACUGCUGUAGCGGAACCCUUUAGUUGGAUACCACCCACAAUAUUUUUGCGGUUUGGAAAGUAAUGGGGAAAUGCAUUGAAAGGGACAAACAAAUGGCCAGUGAGAAGACAUGUAAACGCCCUGCAAGCAAAUCAGGAUGAAUUCUGGAUGAAUGCUCAUUGUUGCAUAACCACUCCAUACACAAAUCAGAACAAAUGCUCAAUAAACACUGGAUAUAAUCUAACAUCAGUGCAUGUUUCAUGCAAGCAAAUGAGGAUGAAUGCUGAAUAGAUAGAACAUGUUAACUAAUAUAGAGCACAAUAGUAUGAUUAAUAUGCAAAGGAAAUUGAAAAAGGAAGGGAGGAAAACAAUGUACUAUUCUUAUGCUUCAAUAAGGUGGGGGGGCAUACUUUAUUUUGCUGAGGUUAAUUCUCUGUUUAGCUGUAAUGAUAACUGGAUUCUUAUCACAUUAUAGUACAGAGAAGCUCUGUUCCAGUUCAUGGUGGAUACAGCAGUGCUUUUGGGGGCCAAUGCUUCACGUGCAGAGUUGGACAUGAAGUCUGUGUUGAAACUAGAAGUUAAAAUUGCUGAGGUUAGUGCUUUUCUAAAUGUGGGUUUUAGUUGCAUUUGUGGCAACUGGAUGUCCCAAGGGGUAGACAUGGCUUCACUUCUUCAUUCACUUGGUGCUUUCCUGGAGUUCCAAUGCAGUGACAAACUGUAUAUUGUAUUUUUAUGUUGUGAACUGCCCUGUGAUCUUUGGAUGGAGGGCAGUGUAUAAAUACAGCGGUACCUCGAUUUUCGAGCAUCUCGGAAGCCGAAUGCCAAAAACCCAGAAGUAAAUGCUUCCGUUUUUCAAUGCGCCUCGGAAGUCAAACGGCUUCCACUGCCUGUUUUUCAAUUUUCUCCAUUCAACUUGCAGCCAGCCCUUUGCAACUCAGUUUUAGAAUGUUUUGGAAGUCAAACAGAUUACAUUUGAGAACCAAGGUAUAAUAAUAAUAAUAAUAAUAAUAAUAAUGUGAUGAAUUGGCAAGAUAUGUCCACAAGGAGGCAACUGCCAGUAGCACAUCCAGGAAUGAGUUUGAUACUUGAAGGAUUUCAGGGUUGAACAAGAUUAUAAAUGUAAAUGAGUAGGAGCUCUUUACAGCUGCUGCUAAAAAACCUCUAGGUUAGAUUACUAUAAUGAGUUAUAUGUUGCGCUAACACUGAAAACAAUUUGGAAACUUCUGGUGGUGCAAAAUUCAGUGGCCAGCCUGCUCACCAGGACAAGACAGCUUGAACAUAUAAUGCCAUUCUUGACCUGACUGCACUGGCUGGCAAUUAGUUUCCAGGCCUAAUUGCAGUGCUGAAUUUGAAGACAGCAUCAGUAGUUUACAAUACUGGUUAUUUAGUUUUCUAGAUUUUCCUGUCUUUCAGAUACAUUUGACAUAGAGUAGGUAUCCACCUGGGAUUAUGAAACUGAACGUUUCAUACUGGAAGGGCUAGAUAUUAGUAUGGAUAAAGAUGAAUUUCAUUGUGUUACAUGGGAAAAAAUGUAAAAUGUUUAUGGAAAAAGAAGAUUUUUUGCUAGUUAUAAUGGGUUUGCAACUUAUUUUACUGAAAACUGAACAGGUAACAUUGCUAUUCAUACCUUGUCGCACCCAGAUUAUGUGAGUGUUGGCAAAGUCAGAGUGGAUUUGUGGAGGAAAAUAAUAUUUGUUUGCAUUUAUAUUUUGCAGAUAAUGAUUCCACAUGAGAAUCGAACCAGUGAAUCUAUGUACAACAAAAUGAACAUAUCGGAACUCAGCACCCUGAUCCCUCAGGUUGGUUGAAGUUAAUUGGAAAAUGACUAUAUUAAUGCCUGAUUGGACUGUGUAAUUACCUUUCAAACUGAAAGGUUCUUCAGAUGUGCAUAAGAUGGCAAUUUAAAUGAAAUUAGUUGAAACAGGUGUUCACUAUUAUUAUUUUAAAUACAGCUGCAUUUUUAUUUAAGUUUCAAAAUAUUUGUGAUGUUGUGCAGUGAACUUCAACUUUGAAAUUAGGCAAAACUUUUAAGUCGUUUAGCUAAUGGUAGGUAAUUAACUUAAAAGCUUUUGUUGUUGUUGUUGUCUGCAAGAGUCAGGAACUGAACCUUUGCUUCUGUUGCAGUUUGACUGGCUGGGAUAUAUCAAGAAGGUGAUUGACACCAAGCUUUAUCCUGAACUUAAGGACAUAGAUGCUUCAGAAAAUGUCGUUGUUCGUGUGCCCCAGUACUUCAAGGAUUUGUUCAGGAUACUAGAAAGUGAAAGAAAAAAGUAAGGAUUUCUAAUUUGCUUUGUGUAUGUUUUUGCUCAGAAACAAUCCCUGACUUUUCAGUCUAGUGUUUAGGAUCUUGGCAUACUGUGGUUUGUUACCACUUUGUUUUCAAACCACAGGUGGACCCUUUCAAUUAUUUCUGUCUCUGGGGUUGCUAUGAAAACAAAAUCGUGUGAAUGCUGCAGCAAGAUAACUCAUUGCUAGCAAUUCCAGGUGAAUGGACCCCCCUCCCCAAGUGCAAAGCCUUUCUGGGCUUGGGGGAAAAUGUGGAAAUUGAGGCGAUCAUUAUAGGAAUCCUCUUACGACUGGGAAGGCAUAUCAUAUUGACUGAACAAUUUGUUGCUCUUCAGCCAUAAGUCCGGUUUAUUUCGUGAACACUGCAGAUACUAAUGAUAGCAAAGUGAAAAGAUGCUGCUCGGAGCCAUUGAAACAGAGAUGCUCCAAGAGGGUCCUGCUGUUUUCGCAGAAAGGGCCCAUGACUUCUGCAGAAGCCAAGGGUAUUGCAUAAUAAAGGUCCAUUACCACAACGUGGCAAGUUCUACAGAAUUGUGAAAAUAAUGCUAGUGACUAUGGGUUGUCUUCUAUGUUAUUCAGUGGGGAGAAGAGAAGGAAACAGGGAAAUUACUGGCUAUGAGAGAGAGAGUGCAUGCAACCCUGCCACUGACCAAAAAAAGAGUAAAGCAGUACUGCAUGUGACUAUUGUCAUAUGUAUGUUGGUCCUCAGGUGGUCUUCACCUGCUUGUCUCUUGCUUUUUUUAAUUGGUUCAUUGUUGCUAGCACCCAAAAGGAUAUAAAAUGCAUCAGACAGGAUAUAUUCGCCCCCUAAUAACUAAAAUAGUACAGUUCCUCUGUCCUUGGAAUUAGGCCAGUUUGAUAUGGAAUAUCCUGAUUAUGGAUAACUUUCUGAGGCACAGCACAAACACUGGCGGCAGGGUCCAGUUUUGAUUGGCCCACAAUGUUUUUAUCAAUGAAUUGGUUUUAUUAAUCAAGUAACACUGAAACCCUACAUUUUGAAAAGAACGUGAUGGUGUGAGGGUUGUGUCCCAUGCUGCAUAAGAAAGCAAGUACAGUGGUGCCUCGCAAGAUGAAAUUAAUUCGUUCCGUGAAUUUUUUCGUCUAGCGAAUUUUUCGUCUUGCGAAGCACGAAAUCCCAUAGGAAUGCAUUGAAAAUCAAUUAAUGCGUUCCUAUGGUCAAAAAAAGUCCAAACAAAGCCAAAUUUGGUACAACAAGAGUUUAUUAAGUGCUCUUUAAAGUCACACAUACUGUAAAGAGCAUUUCAAAAUUCAAACCCAGAAAUUUUUUAAAAAAACAGCAGAGUUGCCCAAUGGUCACAGAAAAUCAUAAGAAUGCAGGGGGGAAAAACAAGCUUCCAGAUUCUUGCAAACCCCUCCCCAGCUGUUCCCCCAGCCACCCAGCACACAGAAAUUCAAAUCCAGAAUUUUUUUUAAAAAAACAGCAGAGUGGCCCAAUGGUCACAGAAAAUCAUAAAAUGCAGAAAAAAAACACACAAGCUUCCAGAUUCUUGCAAACCCCUCCCCAACUGUUCCCCCAGCCACCCAGCACACAGAAAUUCAAAUCCAGAAUUUUUUUAAAAAAACAGCAGAGUGGCCCAAUGGUCACAGAAAAUCAUAAAAAUGCAGAAAAAAACACACAAGCUUCCAGAUUCUUGCAAACCCCUUCCCAACACCAAGUCCUUGAAUUCCAAACACCCCAACCCAAAAUCCAACCCCCCCCCAAAAAGUUUUAAAAGCUUAACUUACCAAAUGGCUGCAAAAGAAGUUUUGGAAAAGCUUCAAAAAUCACCAAAGUCUUUAAAAACCUCAAAAAGGCUACUAUGUACACUGCGUUCUAUGAGUUGCUCCUCGAAGUCAAGUCACAACUGUAUUAAUGGUGUUAAGAAAAAGGAAACAAACUUGCAAGACGUUUUCGUCUGGCGAAGCAAGCCCAUAGGGAAAUUCGUCUUGUGAAGCUGCUCAAAAAACGGAAACCCCUUUCGUCUAGCGAGUUUUCCGUCUUGCGAGGCAUUCGUCUUGCGGGGCACCACUGUAUUCUGCUUGCACAACAGGACUUAUCCUUCCUAUUCUCUCCCUGUGCCCCACGCCCACAUUUAUUCUGGAGGAUGCCCCAGGUGCAUAGGGCGGCUGCACAGAUGAGGAAAGGAGGGCAGAUUUCAAGGUGCAAGUCUGUUGCACAAGCAAAACAGCAGUGUUAGAUACAACACAUAACCAGUUAUAAUAUUUAUCUCAGCAACAUUCACUUCUGUGUUCUUUUUUGAAUCAAUUAAAAUAGUGUCAGAUUGGUUUUUUUUUUAAAAAAGGGAGCUAUGUUAUUGGCUGUCUUUAAUUAGGUAGAAAAGUCUAGCACUGCCAAAAUGCUCUGAGGUGGUGGCAGUGGGGGUGAAGUGCCCUAUUACUGCUAGCUCUGACUUUGAAAAAUGUGUUUUUAAUGUCUUUGAGCAUUAGUAUUAAGAGAUCCAGCCAUGCAGAAGCCUCAGGUGUAUAACACUGGAUUACAGAAGUAUUAUCACAUUCUAUUUCCGAAAAUGCUGAACAAGGCACAAUGUACCAUGGUGCUUAAUUUCUAAAAGCGGCAGGCGCAGGCCUUAAAACCUUGUCACCUGGAACCUCUGCCCUCUAAUCCUGAAUGAAUGUGGGCUGAUAAGUGGGGUGAAUUUAUAUAGGCUCAAAGACGCCCUUUUUAAAAAAAUAAAUAAAUCAAUUGAUACGUUUUCAGAACUAAAGUUUAAUUUCUGGUCUAACCCCUGCUGUGUUCCGCUCCCAAUUAAGCCAUUAAAUACCAUGUUUACUUCUCUGUAGUAGAAAGCCCAUUCCUUUAGUUUAUAUGGUUGCACUUGCUAUCUGAAUUGCCCUGCAAGUGUUUCAUUAUUACUAUGUGAGUAGGAUGUGUGAGAUACUUGCUGAUGUAUUGUUGAUGGUUUGCUAAGGAUCACCAGAUAUCACGACAUUGAGUUGCGGCCAGCUAACUUGUACUCAGAAUAGACCCGCUGAAAUGAGUGAACAUGACAAACUUAGGGCCAUUUAUUUCAAUGGAUCUACUCUGAUUAAAAGUUGCAAUACAUCCCAUUACAUUUAAUUAAGGCAAACUUUCCUAUAGAUUUUGUAGCUAGAUUGUUUCUGCUUUAUUAGUUCGUGAGUACUUGGUGUGUGUGGGGGAGAACACCCAUUCUUUGCACAGGAGCACUAGUGCCAAAUUCCAUCUCAGGAUGCAAAACUGUUGAAAUGUGCUCCAAAUGGAAGAUCCACCAUCAUUCACGCACCAAAUGGCUGUUAUCAUGCAACCGCUUCUGUCUAACAGGUUUUUGUGAAUUUGGUCAUUGCUCAUUAAUUUUCAAGGUGAAGCUGCUACCAUUGUAGGUAGUGCACUGAUCUGAGGGGGGCGCAGAAUCUAGUCACCUAUUUAUUUAUAGUCUCAGACAGCUGUACAUUACAACACAUGGGUCUAACUGUCUGACAUAAAGAUGUGUCUGCUUUGACAGGACUAUUGCCAACUACCUGGUAUGGAGAAUGGUUUAUUCGAGAAUAUUUAACCUCAGCCGGCGCUUUCAGUAUAGGUGGUUGGAGUUUUCAAGGGUAAGUGUGAGAUUUUGAUAUCAAUAUGCCCUGUGUGCCUAUGAAGCUUAUGAAGACAGCAGUUGAUAGAUGGAUUCUGUGAGUCCCUGUGCUUCCAGCUAGCAAGCUUGAAUUCAAUGCAUUUAAAGAAGUUGGAGAACAUCACUAAUCUCUCUCAGGACAUCAGGACUCUAGUCUGGGCACAGAGCUGAAGGAAAAAUUCACAGGUUAUCUUUUUUUCUACAUCCAAGUCUUUCUCCCUUUUAUUGCAGCAUCAUGUUUCUGUGUUAUGCUGUGAUUUUCAUUCUUUAACGGCUGGAAUAUGAAGCAGAGAGAAAGGAUGACAUCAUUGCUUGGGACUCUGUAAUGAACUGAAUAGAACUGAGAAUUUACAAACUGUAGAGCUAGCAGCACCAUUCCUAACUUAAGAUAUUCUAGGGCUUUCCACAUUUACCAUUUAUAGUGACAUAGUUGUUGUUUGCUCCAGUGAAAUGGUAGCUGAUUGUCUGCACCUUUGUUCACACGUUGCUAUUAUUAGAGAGUGAGUUUUCCUUUCCACACUAAUGGUGAGUGGUACCCAAAUUGAGAAAAAGUUCCACAGCUGUAUCACACCCCUAAUGUAGCCUAGUGUUCCUCCACCCAGUCAAUGUUGGAGUUAUGAGCAUAUGGAUGGGGACAACCCUUUUGUGGCUGUUUAAUGCCUAGAAUUCCAGAAUGCUGCUCUUGUGGGAGUACGGGAGAUUAGAAGAGGAAAUACAUGUCUGCCUGAUUUUUCAGCAAAUCUGGUUAUAGUCAUGGAAUGUUGUUUGGUCAAAACAGGUAAUCCAGGGGACAACCUCCUUACUGCCUCAGUGGGAUAAAUGUGUAAACUUCGUGGAAAGUGCUCUCCCUUAUGUUACUGGAAGAAUGUUUGUAGAUCUGCACUUCCAAGAAGACAAGAGGGAUAUGGUAGGUGCAUUUUGGUGCCUUUGAAAUUGUGCUGCUGCCUUCUACAUUUUCUGCCCUCACCUCCUCCUCCCUCUGUCAGUAUCACCACCUCCUCCUCCAUCCCUCACUUCCUCCUCGUCCUCCACUGCAUCCUCAUAUACCUUCUUUCUCCCCUUAUCAUUGCUGUCACCUGCUCCCCGACGUCCUGGUCACAGCAGGAACACCCUUCCUCAGAGCAAAGCAUUGUGGGUGAUGCGGCCCAGAGAUCACUUGUGCCAUUACCACUUUGAUGUGAUGGUGGCACCGGAAACUGCCUUAAUCUGACCACUGGUGCUUUGUGGCCCCUUCUCCACUGCAACUUUAACCAUUGUGUAGUAUUUCAUAGGUUGUCUUUAGGGCUAUUUGUUACUAUCCUGUUUCCCCCCAGAAUAGCUGGAAAGAUCAAAUGGCAAAUGAGACAUUUUAGCAACUGAGAAAUGCCAUGAUCUUACAUAAGUAUGCACAGAAUUGUAGAAUGCUAUCCUGUGAACAUUUACUUGACUAAAUCUCACUGAUAUCAUUGGGGCGUAUUCUUGAGGAUGGAUGGGGACUGGGUCAUAGACUAGAUGCCAGGUUGAUCUCUCUUUUUAAAAAUAUGGCAUCUUCUAUUUUCUUCAGUCUGCUUUUCCUUUUCCUGUGUUUCAGCUAUCUAGAUGACACCAAACCAUCCCCCCUCUUAGUUUGUAGAAGGUCCAUGCUGAAUAAAUAAUGAAUUAUGGGAAGCGUGGUAUUUUUGUAUUUAGUCACUGAUGAGCUCAUGCCCUGGAUGUUUUCUUGUCUCCCUCCUUUUAUCAAAGAGAUAUUAUUUGUGUCUAAAUAUAGCACUGUUUUUGACCUACAGUCUAGGCAGCAUUUCGUACGGCUACGCCUGAACAAUUUUGAUAACAACUCUGAUGGUAUGAAUAGAUUUCUCCUCCCACCCCUACUGCUACAGCUGGUGCAUAAAAACCAGAAUAUACACCAGGGUCCAAUUGUAGAGCUAGAAUAUGAACUGCCAACCUCCAAGUACAGGGAGUUCACCUCAUUAGUGCACUAAGUUAAUUGAAACAGUGCUCUGCCAUCAAUAUCUCCAAGUUACCUUAUUCCCUGGGAUGCAGUUUACUCCCGACUGUUGAAUGCUUGGUCAUAUUUAAUGCCAGGGCUGUACUGGCUUCCAUAUUGUAUAAAAAUGAUGUGAUAUUUAAAGGCUAGUAAUGAAUCAUGAAAAUGAGAUGCUACAAUCCUCUUUGGUUGUUUAGAUAAGGACAUUAUUUCCCCCCACUUAGGUCAAUCUCCAAACUUUCAAUCAGGGAGGUGAUUCACCUGACAUUACUGGCACUUCCACACAGCAUUUUGUUAUGGAAUUGGGGCCAUUCAUGCCUGGAAGCUUUGCCCAGCUUCCGCAUCAAAAUGCCCUCCCACAAGAUUUUCCCAUUGAAUCUGGAUUUAUCCUUUUUGUGGAAAGUCCAAUAAAAAAUGUGGAAAUGUUAAAUCCAGAAUGGAUGAGGAAAACAAUGGGAUGGCAUUUGCUAUGCUGCCUUGGAACACUGAAGCUCCACUUCAGCCACCCUGGCUAAUUUGACCAAUGGACAGAUUUCUCAUCUUUCCUAAAUUGCUUCUGAAUAUCAGUUUCUGGAAACCACAGGAGGGGAGAGUGCUCCUGUGCUUGAAUCUUGGCUGCUGGUUUCCCUCAGCUACUGUGAGAAUGGGCCUAGUGCGGGCCUAGAUGGGCCAUUGGCCUGUUCCAGCAGACUCACCUUACAUUCUUAUGAUGCUGCAUGUAUGCUGCAGAAAACGUAACCAAGUGCACAGAAAAACGUUGCAUGGAAGCGUCUUAUUACACUGCUGUGUAUUCAUAUUAUAUUUAGGUUACAGUCAACCACUGAUGUUCUUGUACAAUUUCCUUGGGCCUAUAUAUAUAUAUUGUCACAUAUCAGCUCUGCUCUAUCCAGUAAAAGAUUUUUUAUAAUAUUUUCAUAACCAUGUUCUUCCAGUUCUUAAAUACCUGAAGAGUAGUCUUGGAGUUAAAGGGUAUAAAAUAAAUGGAAGGGAAACUUUGCUAUGGAUUCUAAUGUUCAUACUUUCAUAGGCACCAAUCCCACACUAAUUUAGUACAAUUAGUGACAUUUAGCUGGGGACCAGAUGAGCACUGUAGAUGAGCAUUUAGAUUUGCAGAUGUGAACACACAUCCAGAUGUGUACAUCUGUUUUGGCUACAUACACACACACACACACACACACACACACACACACGGCUGCUUCUGCAUGCAGAGCCCCUUCACUGAAUUGGACAGAAAGUCUUCAGAGCAUUUCACAUUUCUUAAGUAAUUAUGGUAAUAUUUGUUGCAGAUGGCAGAACUGACUGAAGGGAUUCGUUGGGCCUUUAUGGACAUGCUGGAGAAUGAAAACAGCUGGAUGGAUUUGGGAACAAAGAAAAAAGCGAUUGAAAAGGUAAAGGCAUUUAAAUACAUUCAAGUUUUGGAUGAAUGGGAUUAUCCAUCAGCAAUCUGUUUGAAAAGAUGUCGUACGUGUGUAUAUUUGCUGUUAAAAUCUGUGUACCCCGUUAACUUUAUCGAGUAUCUUGUUUAAUCUUCGUUGUUACUUGCUUCAGUGGUUUUUAGACUCUUGGUCUUACACAUAAACAAGCUAAUAAACUAUGUGGGAAAGAUGUUAUUGCCAGAAAAUCAGCUAGUUCUCCUACUACAUUAUUCAAGUCCUGGAACUGAGAUUGAAAUCACUAGAUUGCCCCUUUAUGGUGUUUCUGUGAUCCUGAAGGCUUACAAGUUGUUAAUACAUGGGGAAGAUGUAUCUAAAAUGUGCUAAACAUGUUUUGAUGGACUUUUUUUUAAGGGGUUGCACUUCUGAUAUUUCAUUGGGGUUCACAUUUUCAGUACUGAUGCGUUGAAUACAGGUUAUUCAUUAAACAUUCCGGAAUAUAGCUCUAAUGACUGCAUUCAGUUAAAGGAUAAUACAUAGCAUCUUCUAGGUUCUGAUAUUUAGAAGUUGCCCUUAUAUUUAGGAGAUUUGUCUCCACAAGGGGAGAUGCCACCCCAAAGUAGUAUUCAUUAUGAGGCCCACAGUCUAUUUUCAGUCAGAAGUCAUAUUGUGAUGGAAUGUAAAAAUUUGCGGCACAAUCCUGUGUACAUGUCCACUCAGAAAUAAGUCUCAGUGGAUUCAGUUCCCAGUGAUUUCCCAGUGAAUUCAAUGGGACUUAAUAACCAAAUAAACAUGAUAGGAUUGCAUGAAAAUAUAAAAACAGUAUACCUGAUGAGAACUUCUCUUGGCUUUCUCUCUUGUGGUGUUUCAGUCUUUCUUAAAAACAUUGUUACGCUGCCAAACUUUUCACUGGUCAACUUCUGUUUUGUGGGGAUGGGGCGUGCUGAAUGGGAUUGUGACCUUUUUUCCAGUGCAUGACUGGUUCAUUUUGUUAUAUAUGAAGAGAAAAAUAAGAUAUGUGUCUUCUUCUUUUCAUUACUUCUGUUCAAAAGUAAACAAGAGGAUUUGUGGGUCUUACUCAUUCACAUAUUACUGUAGAGGUCGGAAAGCUGAAAGCAGAAAAGGCAAGUGAUUCUGUAAUUCAAGGGCAGGGAAACUUUUCAAACUUAAGGGCAGCAUUUCCUUCUGAGUAACCAUUUGUGGCCACAUGCAAAAGAAGUUGGAGCAAUGUAUGUAAAUUCAACCUUCACACACUAGCCUAGUUUCUGCACACACUCCCACACCCCUCUCAAUCUUGUUUCCAGGCAAGCAAGAGCCAUUAUCUGAUCUCAAGGACACAUUCCAGCCGGUGGUGGGGUGGGGAGGAAAUUGUGAGGAGGGCUUGUGGCAUGACUUGAGGGUGUGGUCUGGAGAGAGUCCCAAGGGCCAGAUGGAGAGAGCUAGAGGGCUGCAUUUGGACCUGCCAUUUCCCACCCCUGCUGUAAUCCUAUAUCUGCUUACCUAGGAAGAAAGCCCCAUGAAUUCCAUGGGAAUUGCUUAUGGAAAGAUGUAUAGACUUUCACUGCAACUCGUGUUUCUCCUUUUGCUUCUUGUAGGAACAAAUGGAGAGCUGGCUUGUCAGGGGUGAAAGGGAUUAGCUUUUAUAUGAGGAAGUGGCAUACGAAAUAUGUGAUUUUCCAGCUGCAACCCAGAAGUAACUCUUACAAUGUGCUAUCUCUCACAUGCUUAAAUUAGCUCUGAGUCACAAUAUUUUCAAAGCUUUGUGUGAUAGUAGAAAACCAAAGGAACAUGGCUUGUUCACAGGUGCUCAAGCAUUCUUGGAACCAUUCUGUUGCAAUCCUCCAUUUUAAACUCUCAGGAGAGAAGCUCAUCCAAAUGCCAAGUGGCACACAGAAUGACACUUUUGAAAAAUACAUGAGUACACAGAGGCAGAGGGGAAGAAAUGGCCUCUUCGCCUUAUUUGUCGAAGUGAUUGGGUAGCAUCUUAUUGGCAAAUGCCCUCUGUAAAGGGGUCUUGUGUGUAAGCUGCAGCUGAGUCAUUUUCCAUGCUGUGCUCAGAUGAAGAGAGUCGGAAUUUGAUUGUCCUCCCUCCCCAUUCAAAAACUAAAGUCCAAAACCUUUAGAUUUAAAUAGUGCGUUGCUUUCAAGAAUCAUUUCAGAAAUGAGAAUUGAAACAUCCUACACAUUCUGGAAAAAAACCCAGUAACAUGGGUAACAGGGUAUGUUUUACAAUUGCAGUUGGUCAUAUUCAUAUUUUAUAUGGCUGCAAAAUAAAAGACUGAAAACCGUGUCAGGGACACCAGCUGGAUGUGAAUUGCAGCCUUGCUUAAAGGAAAUGUCAGGCUUGGACCUCAGAAACAUGGGAAAUGCAUGAAGUUCAAGAUUUGGGUUGGACUGAAGACAAAGGAUGCAGCUCUCAGCUGUCUUACAUGAUCUCUUGUCUUCUUCUUGACAUAUUUGAAUUGUUGCGUAUCCACAAAUCAAGGUGCAUACAAAGCUAUAAAAAGCAGCAGUGCCUGAUUAAUAACUUUUUUGGUGAAAUGUUUGGUGCAAGGAUGGUGACCCAAUGAGAUACCUGUCAGGUGAAAAUUUCAGCAGUGAGGGAUGCCUGUGUCAGAAAUGUUCUUUAAGAGCUGAACUCAAUGCUACAUUUGCCUUUGGAAUGCCACUGAACAUGGGCUCCCUAUGGUGAGUUCUUCUGCUCCUCAGGGUAACAUUUAAAAGUGCUUGCCACAUGACUUGGCUCCCUCAAGUAGCAAGCAACUCUCUCUGCAUAUUUGUUGCUGUAAUGUGGAUUGGGUUGAUAGAUCUUUAUGGAGCUGUCACAUACUGGGAAGUGUUACUGUGAGGAAAGUAGGAAAUGCUGCAGUUUUUAAGGAAAAGGGUGAUCUUAUUAUGAGAGUCAUUUAAAACUUUAUAGAAGGCCUCAUUAUACCUGGCUGCCAGAUGGCCUGUUAAAGGCAAUAACAUUAAAUGAAACUCAAUUUCCUUACUGAUGCCUUAUUGCUGCGCAUGUCAUCUGCCGCCCCGAGUCAGGCUUGUAAACUUCCUCAGCAGGGGUAGCUACAGUUUUAAGAGGGACCCUCAGCAGGAUUGUCACUUGAGGGGCUCUUCUUGCAUUGCGGAUCUCCAGCUGUCACCCUGGCCAUUGGGCUUUAUUGGCAUUUUUUGAGCUUCCUUCUGGGCCAUAGGUGAGGGCCAGCCAAGCCAACUCCUAGCACACCCCUGAAUAUUUUGUAUGUUUUCGUUGGGUAUGUUUGAAUAAUUUGAUCUUCUUUCUGGGGAGAGAAAGGAGCUACAUUCAUAGGAGCAGAAGAAGCUGUCAUAUACUGUGCCAGACCAUUGGUCCAUCUAGCUCAGGGUUUGGCAACCUAAGGCCCGGGGGCCGGAUGCAGCCCAAUCGCCUUCUCAAUCCAGCCCAUGGACGGUCCGAGAAUCAGUGUGUUUUUACACAAGUAGAAUGUGUCUGGGUUAUUUGUGGGGCAUAGGAAUUUGUUAAUUUUUUCUCUCCAAAAUAUAGUCCGGCCCACCACAUGGUCUGGACCGGCCCACAGCUGAAAAAGGUUGCUGACCCCUGAUCUAGCUCAGUAUUGUUUACACUGAAUGGUAAAGAAAGGCAGUGGUACACCUGCAUCAGCCUUCAUCUGCCCCAGCUGCAACAAAACAUGUCUCUCCCGUAUCAGUCUUCACAGCCACAGCAGGUGAUGCAACCUUCCAACAGUCUGACUUCAUCCCCAAAGGCACACCCCUCUAUUGUCUCCCGCGACAGACAGAUACCAACACCAGUAAAAUGGUAGUGGUUCUCUGGGGUUGCUGGCACAGAUUGCAUGGAAUCCAAAAUUGCCUGAGGAGGGCCAUGUGUACAACAGGCUCCUCACUUUUAACUUACUCUCCCAAAGGGUGGGUCUUUAUGGGCAGGACCAGCAUGCAUGUGGUGGCAAGGGUGGAGCCAGUGAUUGAGUUUCCCCCUCAGACGAUAGCCAUUGCACAAAAGGAGAGUGUCUGUAAAGGGCUUUGAUCUUUGGGAAUUCCAUUAUGAAUGGACUUAAUCUGCACUCCCAGGACUAAUGUGAAUGUUGGAACUUACCUAUGUGUUGGUCUUUUCACACCCCAAAUGUUCCUGUUUUGGGUACAAAAAGCAUUCUAAAAAAAAUGUAUGUUGAUAUGAGUGCACUGAGGGAAAACAGAAUAGCAUUUAAAUGCAAAUUUUAUCAUGGGUUUAUUUUUUGAAUCACAGAUUAAUGUGCAAAUGAGAUAAAAUAGACUUAUGCGUGAGGACCAUGAAGAAAUGGCAUGGAUCAUACGAACAGCCUGAUCUGACCCUCCCUAUGUGAAAGCCAAGGUGGUUACUGUGUUCCCCUCUCCUUUGUUGAAAAGAAAGACUAAUGAAAUCUAUAGCAUAGGACUUUGAUUGACUUGGCACUGCUGAAGGUUGCUUAAAAGAAUAACAGAUAUUUAGUACAAAGUUAGCAACACCUAACAAUAUAUUUCUAUGCACAAUUUGAUCCAGUUAAACAGAUUCCAAAUGCUCUUGUAUUCUUUUCUCUUUUUUUGAGUCAGAGUGCAGUUCAUGCACAAUUCUCUGGAUGGAGCUCAAGGUGCUUCCAUAGAGGCUGUAGACAGCUCAAUAACCAGUGGUCACCACUAUGCUCCUCUCCAAUGUGUUUUACAUUAAUUUAAGGCAGAUUUUAAAUUAACAACCCAUAUUACUCCUUUCCAUUUAAGGCUACUUUCCCACGAGGCUUGAAUCAGCCUUGGCUCAAAUCAGUCUGCAACGCAAAUGCAAAAGUUACAUAGCCAAGGAUAUACUUUUAAUUCACUUUCCAUGCUAACAGCAUUAUAAACAUAUGGCAGAAAGAGCAGAGGAGACUUUCCCAGGUAGUUUUAUACACAACAGACUCUCCGCAAAGUAUGUUACCUCAUUAAAAACAGUUUUAACCUUUUAAGAAUGAUUCUUAUUUGCCCCCUAAGUAAGUUGCACACAUUUUAACACCUUUUAUUCUGUGCAAGAUUUUCUCCUCAUUAACAAACCUAGUAUAUUAAUUGAAAUUAACCCUCUUCAUUCAAGAAUAUAUGUCCCUUGUUCCCCCACUCCUCUGCCCUGCCAAUGGGAAUAAAAGUGCUGGCUAGCCUCGGCACCCUCUGUGAGUUGAAGGGUGAUGGUCUGAACCUGGGAAUCUGUUUCUACUUGUGCCACCCCCUUGCAGGAGCCUGAAUCCUAAUGUCACCCUUCAGCCUCCAGAGAGUGAUAGAGACUCUGAAGGGCGGGCGGGCAGAAUGCCUGAAAAGGGCUAUUGAGCAAGAAUAACUCCAAAUACGUCCCUACAAAAUUCUUAUUUUCAGUCCCCUUGACACUGAGCAAGAGAGUACGUACCAGUGGGUGUGUGCUUGUGUCUGCAUGUAAACGAGGAGGUGUCCCUGUUAUCACCAAAGAGCAGCAUAUUAAAUUACUAUUCUGGAGAGCAAAAAUAUGAGGCUGACAACAUGCUCCAAUCUUUCCCCCCUCCUUCCCCAUCAUCACAACUUCUGUUCCUCUUUUGUGUGUGAUGCACUUCACAACUGACUCCCAAGACUUAAAGGGAUAUUUUCCUAUAGAAGCCAAUUAUGUGCAUUUUAUUCUUCCGCUUUCUGUCAGGUCUUGGCACAAACUGUGCAAUGGUAGCUCAAAAGUGUUGUUGUUGUUUUUAAAUGCCAUUGUACCAAAAUAUAUAGACUCCCAUUUUAUCGUGUUUCUUGAUUUACCACUUAAAUGGCAUUACUUUGCUGCCUCCUUGUCCUUUGGGUGUUUAUGCCAUUGUGUGCCUGACAUGCUCUGUAGCUCAUUAUGCUAGCUGGCCGUGGAUGUACUUAAUCAAUAAUUCUCAUCCUGGCCCAGCUCUGAGUCACCCUGUAGCCUCAUAGAAAAGAUGCUGAAUGUGGAAAACACAAUUUUCAGAAAGGGCUUUCCUUUCCCUCACAUGAGACACAUAGAUAACAGGCUGCUCUAUCUGUGAAACUAUCCUGAAUAUUGUGCUCCAUGAUAAGUGUUCUGUAGAGAAAAGAGGUGGAGAUAACUCGGGAUUGAGACUAUGUUAAUGUAGUGCUAACGUGGAUCCUUCUAAAAAUGCUAAUUUACUCUUGUUUCUUCCAAAACGAAAGCAAAAACCCCACAAAAACCAAACAGACAGCCCCCCAUUAUUUGGUGGCAGAUAAUCUUUGCCAGAAGCCAAUGAUUGUGCAUUUCUGCUGCCUAGGCAUGAUAAAUGAAUUUUAUCACUUGAUUCCUCCCCAGUCAUAAAUGUUUCUGAAAAUGUUGGUGGAAAGUGAGCAAUGCAGGAGGGAGAGACUCGCAUGACCUACCCACUAGCUGUGUGCAUGCCAUACCAUUAAAGCAACCCCAAAGAUUCCUGGGAGCUGUAGCUUCAAUUCCCAACACCCUUAGCAAACUAUAGUUCUUAACCAGGCAGAGAAGACAACUGUGCUGUCUUGGAAUGGGAGAGUUCCAUGAAUUUUCCCAGUGUUCAUGCUCUGACUGGACUGAAAGGGGGAAAUCAGAUGUAACAGGGCAGAAGGACCGCUUACCUCGGUGGAAGAGAUGGAGACAGGCUGAAUUAUCACAAAACUGGAUUCAAACUAACUGAAUCUUAAGAUCUCCCUUCACUGCCAUCUCAUCAUCAUAUGGGCAUCCCUGCUUUUUAACUAAAAUGAAAAUCUGGGUUGCUGCCAUUUUUUAAUUCUAUGUCCACGUACAACAGCCAUAUUGUGCAUGCCAGAGUGCAUCUAAAAUUGUGGCAGUAAUUGGAGAGAACUCUGAAGGGGCAUAUUUCCAAAGGUGGAUAUGAGAUGUUGAAGUAGCAGCAGAAGCAGCUGCCUUGAAUCCCAACUUUGGGAGAAAGGUGGGAUAUAAAUGCAUUAAAUAAAUCAGUGAUAGUCCAGUAACAUCUGGAGGAUCACAGGCCCUCCAUGUCUGCCCUAUGAGUAUCCUGGAAGGCUUGCCUGAACAGAGGAAUUCAUCUGAAUGGGAUGGAACAGAUAUAUAGGGAGCUAUGGGUUGAAGAAGUUGCAGACAUGUGAAUCAUAUGAGUGGUCUGAUAGCUUGGUGGAUGCUUCUACUUUUUGGAGGUCCAUCUGUCUGUGAAAAGACGCAACCAUAAUUUGUAUUAUUAAUUUCUAUACUGAUGAAUGCUAAAAUAGGCUUCCAAGCAGUUGUAUGACAUUUCCUGAACAAAAUAUGGAUCUGGGAUAACCAGGUGAAACACAUUCCUCUUCCCUGGCAUGAUCUGAAACUAAUCGCCAAAACACAUUUCAUUAUCUCUUAUCUUUUGGUGUUAGAUGAUUUGUUGCCGUCACCUUCUGCCUUGUUACCUGGCUGCUGCCAAUGCUCAGUCAGUUGUACAGGAAUGUCAGUUCCAUUAAUAACCUGAGCACUGCUCAGACAGAUUGCGGGAGAACCGGUGAAGGGAAAGGAAAUUGUAUUUAACCCUGGACCCAAAGCUGUCAUUUUAUUUCCAGAGCCCAGCAUAACUCCAUAAGGCUAACACAAUUGCUUGAGAUCAGAACACUUUUGGCCACUCUCAUAUUUGACAUGGAAAAGGAAAAGAGGUGGACAAGGACAAUGCAUGUAUGUGCACACGGAAGGAGCCCUUAUAGUCAACUGGAAUGCAACAACGCACAACAAUAGUUAAGCAGCCAUUCUCAUAAUUCUUUAAAGAUCUGCAUGUGACCUACUGGGGCUGCUGUCAGGACCUGGGCAGCUGCUGAGGUCCAAGCCCUCGGUAGGGUUCACUGGCAAUGAUGUCUGGUCUUCCUGUCGCCCCAGCCAUGGGCUACUCCAGCACCACACGUGCUUACAAUACCUGUUAAAGAUCUGUCCAACUUUGGAUACAUUCUGUAAGUUUGGGGAAGCCUCUUAACCUCACGUGGGUCAGUGUUACACAUGUGUACAAAAAUCUUGCCAAUCUACAUAGCAACAUUUGAUGGGUUAAUUGUGCAUUUCUUUAAAUCACAAUGAACAGUGAGGAGGGAAUCCAGAUAAAUGAGAUAAAAGCAACAGCUCAUUAAGCAGGAAAUUUAAUGGCUGCAUUUUGUAAUGUGAACUCCCUUCAGCUUUUGGGGGAUGAAGCUCUUGCACUAAAAUAUCAUUCUGAAUCAAGAGGAAAAUUAUUAUUUUUUAUCCUCCACCUUUGACUUAAGAGUUUACAAGACUUCAAACCCAGUCACAUUGCAUUGUACUACUUCAGGUAAUGAAAUAUGUUACUGUUUUAUUUUAGUAUAAAAUCUGUGCCCAAUAAUUGUAUUAUUCAUUCAUUUGUCCCCCGCCCCGCUUUUUUGCUAGCCAGAGUAAAAGAUAAACAAAACACCCCAAUACAUAAUAUGUCUGCACAAUUUUUUUAAAAAUAAGAACCAACAAUACCAGUGUGAUUCUUUCUCUUAUAUGCUCAGCAUAUAAAACAAACAUCCCAACUGAGUAUAAUACAGAUGAUGACUCAGUACUUAACACCAGGACAGAUUUUUCUUUUCUUUUGCCAGCUACGUAUUAAUAUGUUUAACAGCUCUGGCUAUUUCUCUCUUAAGACCUUCUAUAGCAGACAUUUCCAGAUGCAGUAUCUUAAAACUUCCAUUCACACGGGUGCUAUUUAGUUUGAACUCUGCAUUCUGUGCAAGAUAUAUUGAAUAAGGUUUCCAAUCUCCUAGCACAUUCCUCCCAAUGUUUGGAACAAAUAGAGUACCAGCCAUAUGCAUGCAACAGUUUUAGCAGAUGGUAUUCAGAUAGCCUACUUUCCAUGAAAAAUGAAAACACAGACAGACAUGUACAUAAAGAGUCAAUUCAUUGUUGCAAUUAAAGGGCCCAUUACAGAGCAAUGAAAGAGUCUUGCUUUCAAACUAGAUUUUAUGCUAAUUUCCCCAGUAAAUUUAUUUCUUUAUUUUAGAAUUUAAAAAUUGCCCAUAAAAAGAGAGAUGAUUAUGUAUGCAUACAUCACAUUAUAUUAUUUGUGAUUAUUGCAAAAAAGUGUUGUUGCAAUAGGUUCAGGUUGUCAAUGCAUAGGGAUCUAUAUGCGCCCUCUUAAAUGGUCAUAAUAAAAUGCAAUGUUGUACAGCGAGAGUUGAGAUAAAUGCCUUUUAAAAAAUUCUGCUUUGAACAUAACUCUAAUUUAUUGCUAGUGCAGGGAUCUUUUUUAGUACAGGAAUAGUUUCAACAAGACUGGAUGUGAAAGCAUACAAUGCCCAAUUGCUGAUCCCGGAGACCAAAUUUAGAUAUUACAUGUGGGAUCUGCAAUUAGGAUUUGCCCAAUGAGAUUUUUGUUGCAGUAAUUAGUAGGCAUGUGGGGUGCUUUUUUUUUUUAAGACUGGGGAACUGGCUAUCUAUAGGAGAGGGUCUCUAACCCUUUCCCAGUAUACAUCACAAACAAUGCUCAUCCUGAACUAACCGAUAAUUUCUGGGAUUUUGUCUUUUAUAAUUCUGAAAUUUUGACAUAUUUAAGUGAAGGUAUGAAAUGAUUAAAAUAAUGGCCAAAACCAACAAUUUCCUCUUAGAGGGCUUCCCGUAUUCUUUUUCUUGAUGGAUGAUAGAAGUUAAAUAUUAGCAGCACAGUGCAGAAAAGGCUAUGCAAAGAAAUGAGAAAUCCAGGAGAAAUUAAUACCCUGUUGAAAGUUUUGUGCCUUAUCUCUUGUGUCAAUAAUGAGUUAAGAUGCUAUCUUAUACUACCAUGAGCCAGAUUAGUCUAGGUGCUGUUGUCAAAACUGUUCUCCUCUCCUGUGUGAUGUAAAUGGUGAUAUGGUGGUCUUUGGCUGUUGUUGUCAUUGUUUUGUCAUUUAGUCGUGUCCGACUCUGCGUGACCCCAUGGACCAGAGCACGCCAGGCACUCCUGUCUUCCACUGCCUCCCACAGUUUGGUCAAAAUCAUGUUAGUAGCUUCGAGAACACUGUCCAACCAUCUCGUCCUCUGUCGUCCCCUUCUCCUUGUGCCCUCAAUCUUUCCCAACAUCAGGGUCUUUCCCAGGGAGUCUUCUCUUCUCAUGAGGUGGCCAAAGUAUUGGAGCCUGAGCUUCAGGAUCUGUCCUUCCAGUGAGCAUAGUGAGGGCUGAUUUCCUUAAGAAUGGAUAGGUUUAAUCUUCUUGCAGUCCAUGGGACUCUCAAGAGUCUCCUCCAGCACCAUAAUUCAAAAGCAUCAGUUCUUCAGCGAUCAGCCUUCUUUGGCUAGAUUACCCAAAUGAAUGAGAAAGGUUUUAAAGGAUCCUGCUUAGAUUCAUAAGCCAUCAUUUCCCAAUAUAUACUGAGGUAGCCUGUUUAAUGGCUGCUUUCCAUAUCACAUCUUCAGUUAAGACAAAGAUGUUAAAAUUCUUCCCAUGACCAAAAUCACAAUGUGGAAGGGAUAUAUGUAUCCCUAUAUGAAUUACACACUGGGGUACCAAGCCAGAGAUGGAUCAAUUCUUCCUUGAAAGCCCAUAUCUUCCUUGAAAACAGACAUAUUCAAUGACAUAUCCAGCACUGCCAUUGAGAUUUUCCUCUGGCAUCCACUCAGUGCCCCUUUGAUUAUGAGGUGGUUACCCUUUUCUUCCUUUCCCCUCCCUGGAAGGUUGUGAAUUCUCCUUCAUUGGGGGUUUUUAAGCAGAGGUUGGCUGCCCAUCUUUUGUCAUGGGUGCUUUAGAUGAGAUUCCUUGCAUUGCAGGGCUUUGGACCAGAUGACCCCCAGGGUCACUUCCAACUCUACAGUUCUGUGAUUCUAUGAUAAGUACAUAGAGAUGAAGAAUGAAAUUGGAAGAGUGAUGCUCUUUCCCACUGCCACUUUGUACUCUUUGUUGCCACUUCUCACAAUGUACUUUACAAGGCUCAGAUUUCAAGGCUUUUACCCAGAUUCUCUGGGAAAGUGAACACAAAACUUUCCUCUUUCUGGUUGUCAGGGGUGAGGGGGUGGGGUGGAUCUGAUAUGGGAGAGAGAAAGGAACAGAGGUGCCCAUGACUCUCGCUCAAAACCCCCAAGGAACCCAUUGGUCUAAAAAGGUUGGCGCCCCCUAAUUUAUAUUGUAUACAAAUUCCUCCCUUUUCAUUUUGAUUUUAAUCACUACCCUAAGUGCUGUGACUAAAGAUUAUAAUACCUCUCCCAAGGCUGUGGAUGUCCUGUCAUUCUGACCAGGCAGUCUGCUUAAUUUUGUUCGCACAUUAUCUUUCAGAGUUUUUCUUUUUCUUUUUGGCAUUUAAACACUGUUCAGUUGACUAGGCCUUCUGGAUGGCUCACAAAUUAAAUCAAUGCAAAUACAAUUACAUAAAACAUAGGAAGCUGUCUUAUAUUGAGUCAGGUCAAUGGCCCAUCUAGCUCAGUAUAUUCUGCUCCAGGGAUAGGGAACAUUUUUGGCCAGAUGUUUAUCUCCCCCACCCAUAUGGGCUAAGUUUGAGAGGUGAAUGAGACCAGCCACUUGUCAGUCAUGUGACCUAAUGUCAGGCGACUGAUAAGUAGGUGGGUCUGCCCACCUGUCAAUGUUGGCCCACUGAGGUAGGGAACCUUUGGAGUGAUGCCAGCUGAUCGACAGGUGGGCCUGGUGUUGGAGAAAUGGCUUCAUGGGCCAAAUUGGAUCCCCUGGCAGGGCAAGAGUAGACCUUGAAUAACCUCAAGAGUAGGCUCCCCACUCCUGGAAUACAUUGUCUGGCAGCAGCUUUCCUGGUUUCAGGCAAGAAUAAUUUACCAGCCUGUCAUGGAGAGGACAGGAAUUGGAUCUGUAUACAUGAUGUUCAGUUUAGCAAAUAAAUAAUAUUUUCUGUUGGAGACAUUAACUGGUUUUUUAAAAUUAAAGUAUCAAAAUUCAAAGGAAUUUGUGUAGUGUUGUUCCGCAUUGAAAGACCAAGUGCUUUGGGGUUUGAUCAACAUUUUGCAGUGAGUGGUGCACUCAUAAAUCAUCGACUAUGCUGGACCAGCUAAUCUCCAUAGAUUCUUAAAAAACAAAACAAAACAAAAAACCUACUGAAUAAUUAAUCCAGUUGCAAAAUGGAUAGUUUUUUGAAAGGCAGCAGUUCAUAAGCUAUUCUAAACCAUUUUGUUCCUUGCGCUGGUUUAAUAAAAAAUGUUAGCUGGCAUAUUUGUGUGGAUGCAACACAAAGGCUGCUUAAUUAAGUGAUUAAAAUGAUUACUUCUGAAUACAUGCAAGACAUUUGUGACUUACCUAGCUCAUUUAAGCAGCCAACUCAGUGGAAAUGUAAAUAAGAUGUUUCCCUCUUGCCUUCUUGAGCUGAAAAUAAGAAGAAAAAACACUCAGAGCCCUCAAAUAUAUCAGCCGAAAAGUCAUUGCACAGCUUCAGCCAUUGCCGAACAACAGUAGGGUGAUCAAAAUGGAUACAGUUGCAUUUCUGCUUUCCUCCCCACCAUUUACAAAUGUUCCUAAAGGCCCUCCUGCUCCUCAUGGAAAACCAAGUGCAAAUAUUCUCUUUCAUUAUCAUUUGCUUCAUUUCCUAUUUUCUUUUUCACAGCAUUUGUCUUCCAUUGUUUUCUCCUGGCACCAGGGAUAUUUGCAUGACAAUGGGAUCUUUCUUGCUUAAGAGUUCAUCUGUUCCUGCUGCUAAUUCCCCACCUGUAUUCUUCUGUUUGUGACAUCUUAAUUAUCUUCCUUGCAAUUAAUUGUGAUGUUACAGGUAGAAGAUUUUAAUUUCAGGUGGGAAAUAAAAACCCAAGGGCUGAGGAACUGUCAAGAACGAGAUGGUAAAGUUUCUGGAAUGUUCCCCCUUCCACCGGCCCAUUAUAAGGGGAGGAGGAAAACUUUGGCACUUAGCCACACAUUAUUCAAUAAAAAUGGAAACGCUCAGAAAAGAUGUGGAAGAUUUUCUUCCCUUUGAGCUUCCUUCCCACAGAUCCACAUAUAGAUGGCCAAUCACUGAAGUUUGUAGUGGUCAAUGAGAUUCCACAGGAUCUCCUGUUCAGCCUGGCUUAUGCUUACCCCCACCCCCUGGCCACCCUUCUUGCCCCGCCAGGGGAUCCAAUUUGGUCCAAUGAAGCCAUUUCCCCACCCCCUGCCUCCUUCAGCACCAUACUCAGCUCAUUAUUCAGAUAAUACACUUUGUGUGGUGGGGUUUGGAGUCUUAGGAGAAAGUGCACCUGGCCCAACUGGUUGACAUCUUUCCCAAUAGUGUGUACACAUAAUAGCUAUGCUACAGGGCCACCCCACCCAUUGGCCUAGGUGAGGCAGUUGCCUUAGGUUGCAGUCUGAGACCAGCUGGGAGGGGUGGCAGUUCUGGGCCACUCACCUCCUCCUUUGCUUGGCACCCGUGGCCACUGCCUGGGAAGAACAGGGCUGCCACUGCCACUCCUCUCUGGUUUCUUUGUUGCUUCCCACCACUUUCAGUGCAUCAGAGCUUUCUCUGAGCAACUCAGAACAGGGCUGCAUCAGGUGUGCCAUUUUCUGUUUUGCUUCAAGUGGCAAAAUAUUUUGGGAUGGUCUUGCUAGGCUGUAGACCACUCCCAUGUUUGGAGCAUUUGGUGAUGACUUUAUUUGCUUGUAUGUUUCUACCACAUUGGGCAUCAGAAAGUUCUUCCCUUUCAGGUCAGUAACCAUAAUGGAGGAAGUGUGGUAAGGGCGUCUGCUUUUAAAAUUUAUGGUUCAUCCAUUUGAUCUCACUGGGUAUUUGCUACAAAAGCUCUCCUAUUACUAGUAGGAUGAGUGGAGUAUCUGUGGUACUCUGACUCCCAUCGUGCCUAUGGCCAGGGAUGAUAGGAGUUGUCACCCCAAAUAUCCGGAGAACCACAAAUUCCCCACCUUUGACUUUUUAGGAACCUCAAUUGUGGUGCAUUUUGCUGAUAUCUCUUAUGCUUGUGGCACAUAGUUUUGGCAAAAGUAAUGGGAUGUUGCUAUGUGUAAAUGGGAUGAAAUGUAUCUUCUGAACAGUAGAUUGCCAUAAAUUAUGCUAAAGUUUAUUGAUGGAACCAGUGGCUCUGUAUUCUGAAGCUAAUGGCAGCCAUGUGGCCAAAUAAGGCCACAUCCAGGUAAUAAUGGAGAUUCCUUUUCACCAUGAUGUUUGUAUUUCUUUCCAAAGGCGAAAGCAGUUUUGGCUAAAGUGGGUUACCCCGAGUUUAUAAUGAAUGAUACAUAUAUUUCUGAAGGCAUCAAAACAGUAAGUCUUUUUUUUAAAUUGUUAUCUAGUGGUAUUUGUUAUGAUGUUUGCCAUAUGUAAGUCACAAGCAGAGGAAACAAAAUAAUUAAAAUUGGACAGUGUCCAGAGAGGCUCUCGAUAUCAGUUGUUCAAGGGCUUGGGUUUAAAGCCAGAAAAUAUAAUUUAAAAAACAGCACCUUUCAAUGAAAAUAGUUCACUUACAACAAGACACCUUAGCUAGAGGUCUGCAACCAAUAUUUUUGCUGGUAAAUAUCUACACAUUCACCUUGGACAUACCCUGAUAUUCCCUUCCCUACAUACUGUUUUGCUUGCCUCUCUCUUUCCCAGCUCAUAAUUAAACAGUAAAACGAAUGGACAGGUGUCCCUCACAUUGUACAUGAGUCGGUGUCCCUUUCCUUCACCCCACACCUUGAAGAAUGUGUGGACAACAGGCCACCAAACCUCUCAUCUAUGUGUGGAAGUCUCAUUCACAUGAAUUCACACUUGAAAUUCUAUGAGCUGGGCUUCCUUCCAGACUAUCUUCAUGGGGAAAACCUCAUCUUGCAAGCUCUUAGUUAGAAAAUGGAAGGCAGGCUCUUCCACACAUCAUGGGGUUACUCUUUUCCACCUACAACUCUCCUCUUUCCUUUCUUCCUCAUGUGUGUGCUCCUUCAUAGCAAGGUUUUGCACAACAAAAGAUUAUAUGCAUAGGCUCUUUACACAGUAUAGCAUAUCUGUUGGGGCAGUGUUGAUUCCUUUUAGUCAUAAUUCCAUUACAUGGGUGUAGCCAGGAUUUAUGUUGGUGGGGGCAGUACCUCUGUUAGUUAAGUAUUUUUUAUUGAUUUACUUGAUUUAGGGGGACAGUUGCCACCUUGUCUCCCUGGCUAUGCCCAUCUUCCAUAAGGACCGCCUCUCCCAAUAGGAACCAACCCAAACCCUGCAGUCAUCAUUUGAGGCCCUUCUUUGUGUGCCUUCCUCUGGAGGGUAGCACACAAGAACAGGCCUUUUCUGCAGUGGUUCCCUGCUUGUGAAAUGCCCAGGUGCCCAGGAACGCUUCUCUGGCACCUUCAUUGCAUAUCUUUAGGUGACAGGCAAAAACAUUCCUUUUCUUUCAUUGGCUAAUUAAACAAUCUAUGGCCUUUUUUUAAACUGGGGGAUAUUGUUUUUGUUUGUUACUAUGUUAUGCAUUUUUGUGUUUUUAUAUCGUAAACUGCCCUGUGAUUCUCUGAUGAAAGGGCGGUAUAGAAAUUUAAUAAAUAAAAUAAUAAUAAUUGUACUGCACCAAGAUAGAAUUUGAAUCGGGGACAAGAAUCUCAACUUUCCAUUUUGAAAAGCAAUUUCAAGCACAAGAACAGGCAUCAAGGCAUUUGAGUAUGACUACCUGAAAUUUUGUGUGUGUGUGUGUGUGUGUGUGUGUGUGGGCAAAGUUUUUGUGUCCUGCACAGGUUCUAGUCUCUUUCCUCCAGAAGCUGAAAAAAUUGCAAGAAGCAAUUUUCAGAACAUUCAGCCAGUCAUGGGCUCUUUUGUUUAUGUGUGUGCACAGAGUAUAGACACCUCUGGGAAUUACUUUGCAUUACCUAGCUAGUGUCUUAAAAUAAGCCUGCUGUAUGUUUGAUUUAAAAAAAAACCACCCAAACCAACAGACUGCAAUGGUGUUUGAUUGGGAUUUGAUUCAAAAUUGAAAUUUUGUUCUCAAAGGAGUUAUUAUUUCAGGAUCUAUUGUCCAAGACAUAAACGGCUUGCACAUUGACACAUCGAGCUCCCACAGGAGGUAAAGGGAUAUUAACUUUCUGAGUGCUGCAUUUCUGCUGUUAAAAUGUAUGCCUUUAGCUAUAGCACAGUUUCCCUUGCUUUGCACAUUUCUUGAGUUCUGCUUAAUCUCCCACAUUAUUUACAUGAGUCUGUUGUUAAGCAUCACAUCUCUGGAGGAUAAAGUGUUUUUAAUUGAAAUGGAGGACGAUGAGUAAGUACUCCAAGCCUUAUUUAAUCCAUAAAGGGAAGUCUUAACCAUGUCUCUAGUUAUGUUUAUUUUGCAAUAUAUGCAGUGUCUGUCUUUGAGACAAAACAGUGAUCAUUGUCAGCUGUGUCGUUGGAACAAAUUAAUGGAAGUUGCAACCCAUUUUCUGAGUCAUAAUCCUACUGCAAAAUUGCUGUAUAUUUCAGUAAGCUAAAAAUAUGUAGCCCUACAAUACACCACACAGUGUCUUCACUGAGGCCAUAGUUCUGCCUGUGAUGGUUAAAGCAAGCUGGGAAAUGAUAAUAAGUCACUCCUUUUAUUGCUUUAUGUUCACAUCCUAUCAAAUCAUUGUAGUGUGAAACUUCAUAGUUACAGAUAUUUAAAGCCAGACAAGCCAAACAGCUACAACAAAUCUUUUCUAGGCAAUAACUCUACAGUUGGGAAUGAUGAAAGUAGGAGAUUUAGUUUAUUUUCAAGUUGCUUGGUCAACCAAAAAUAGAAGUAAUCUGGAAUAAGUGUGUGUGGGGGGGGGACAAUAACAAAAUUAUUUAUUAAAUAAACAUAUCAGUAGCAUUUAUAUUUCACAAACUGUGAUAUUCAACUAGGCUUAACUCAGAGUAUACCCAUUGAAAUUAAUGGACUUAGUCAUGUCCAUGUAUUUCAGUUGGUCUACUCUGAAUAAAUGUUAGUUGAAUAUUACUACAAUACUUCAUCUCAUUUAUUUUCUAGUACAGUGGUACCUCAGGUUACAUACGCUUCAGGUUACAGACUCUGCUAACCCAGAAAUAUUACCUCAGGUUAAGAACUUUGCUUCAGGAUGAGAACAGAAAUUGUGCUCCGGCAGCGCGGUGGCAGCAGAAGGCCCCAUUAGCUAAAGUGGUGCUUCAGGUUAAGAACAGUUUCAGGUUAAGUACGGACCGCCGGAACGAAUUAAGUACUUAACCCGAGGUACCACUGUAUGUGUUUUUAGUUGCAUGGCAUGUGGUGGUUCUGAUGCAUGACACUGACACUGGUGUGGCAAAAACAACUGGGGUACAGCAGAGAACUAGCUGCUUUUGGCAGGGCCCUUCUUCACUGAGAGUAAUUAUAUUUACAAGAAGGCGAAAGGGCUUAGUUAGUGGUAGGACACAUGCAUUGGAUACACAGUGUCCCAGAUUCCAAGUAGGGCUUGAAAAGAAACUCUGUUUGAAACUCUGGAGAGUCUAUGCAACAAUACUGGACUAAAUGGACCAAUGGUUUUCUGUUGAAACUGAGUUAAUGGUUAGCAACACAGGUUGGGAUAUAGAUCAGAGAAUAUGAGAAGGAAGGUAGAGAGAGCUUAAGGUGCAGCAGACAGGCUGAUGGUGGAACUUUAAGGACAUCACUUGCUGAGUGGGUGGCGGUGAACUCUUCACUUACAAUAUGUCAGGAGGUUUAAUGCUAUCACUUGCGGAUUGAAUCAGAACAAUGGAUUUUUAUCAUACCAAAUGUGUUAAUUGGCUUCCCAAUGCCACAAUGUUUGUGUUAUCAACAGUCAUUGUUUUUUUCUUUUUGUGCGUGUGAAUGGCCACUGUUAAAAAUGUUACUGCCAUGGCUGUACUUUUCUGCAUUUUCUUUCCUUCUGACCUCACCAUUUACACCCACCCCACCCACCCAAUGCAGGAUAAUGCACCCGAAACACACUGUAGACCACAAAAGCUUAUGUCAUAAUAUUGGUGUUAAGGUGCCACAAGACUCUUGGUUGCUUUUGCUCAGGAGACUAACAUGUGUACCCUUUUGGAAACUAAUAUUAAGUCUGCCGUUAAGUGCUUACAUUCCAUUGCUCUUAUUUGGGCGUAACCCUUCUUAAUAUUUUCCAAAUGGUUUAUAUGUUGCAUUUCCUCCAUUUCCUUCAAAACAGUAGAAAUACAAUUUACAAAUUCCUUAACUUUACCAUGUAAGAGGCAGGGUGGGAGUAAUUUUUCACAAACAUUUUCCCAAUAUAUUUUUAACUUGACAUUUAAGAAAUAUGAAGUCAGUCUUACACCUCAAAGGUUAAGCAGCUUUUGUUACAUGCACCAGAAUAAAAGGUUUUGUGGAAGGUGAUGGGUUUUUUUAAUGCACUCUUUGGUAUUUUGAAAGUUGCACUAAGCUGCCGAUACUUUUCAAACAAGCCAGGAGCAGUAAUUAGACAUUAAUGACUUACGAUCUGUAGCAGCAGAGUCUGAGUUUGAACUGGAGGUCCUGGCAUUCUAUCUGCUUACUAGUUCUCUGAGUCACCUACACACUGUCAGCAGUCAUAUUUUGUUACUCCUUGAUGUCGUAAAAUAUUUAUUGGCCCUUGAAGGGUGUAAUUUGAAAAUUAAUAAAUAAAAGUGGAGCUGCUUUGUGAGUAUUAAAACUCCAGGGGGAGAUCAGCUUUAAAAAAUAAAUAGAUAUUUAUUUUGCUUGCAAACCUUUCAUGUUUUAAUGCAUGUUUUUAGCUUUGCUUGCCCUUGUUAGAAUGAUUAACUCUUUGCUCUUGCAUGCCCCAGGGUGGGGUGUGAUAGUUCCGUUUGCCCUCACUUGCACAGUUUGCCCUCAUUUAUACCUUACUUGGCAUCAAAAGGUAGAUGGCUAGCAGUGGCUGAAAUGCACAUAGUAUUUUAGGGUGUAAUCCUAAAGCCAGUGGAAAGUUGGCUGAGGGGCUAUUGGAUGUGGAGAAAUUGCUGCGCUACCACUGACAAGGGAGGUGCACUGGCAUGAUGGUACUUAGCUCACUGCCUCCAUCUCUAGUAUGUCAGCAGGAAACUGGGCAGGCGUAGAUAUAUCCUGAUGGAAGGGGACAUGUGAAGGGUAUCUGAGGAUCCACUUGAUUCCAAGCCCCUUCACCCCCCCCAAGUACCAUUCUACUCCAAAGAAGCUCUGAACAACAUCAGUCUUUCCCUCCCUACAGGAGGGGGGAUAGGCAGAGAAAAAGACCCUCCCCUUGCUCUAACUGCACUGAGCUGCCAGGGCUUCUGAAGUGUCAGAAAAUUCAACUUGGAUUCUCCCCCCUGCUUCAUAGGAUUGCUUUGUCAUAUAUCUAGAUACAAGCAGUGCCUAUAGAAUAGCUAUUUGAAAAGUAUCUCAGUUGCUGAAUAGUAGGCAAAAACGUUUUGCGGACUGUGGGAUUUCUUGGGAAAUGUCAGCAUUUUUGCAAUUCCUGGCAGUCUUCUAAAUAUUCAGCAGUUUCCUGACAUUCACAUGUCAACAAGUUCCAUUGAGUUCAGUGGGGCUUACUUCCAGGUAAGUGGAUUAGGGGUUUCAGCCAUAACAUGUAAAAAUAAAAUUCUGUAAGGCAAUUCCCAUUCCUUCAAUUCUAUAAAGCAAUUCCAUUUCCUUCAACAGUUGCUGUUUAUGGAUUUAAUAGAAAUGGUGCAACUCUAUGGGAAUGAUAUGUUAACAUAAAAAAGAAAUCUGUGAAGAAAAGCUCAAAUGAAUUCUUGCUCGGCAUCAGAACAUUUCAAUUCAGAGCAUAGGGUUUAUGAGAAUGUUUUGCUUUGCAGACAUUAAAGUUAUUCUUUGUUUUCCUCGUUGAAUCUAUUGGUUAUACUUGCAUAACCCUCACAUUCUAUUCCCAGAUGAAGUUUUUAGAAACAGACUAUUUUGGCAACGUGCUUCAGACCCGCAAGCAGGCAGCGCAGUCCGAUUUCUACUGGCUGAGAAAAGAGGUUCCAAAAACAGAGUGAGUAGAAAAGAAAUGCAUUAUCAAAAACUAGACCCGGUGCUUCAUCACAUAAUUGACAUGCGGGGAGCAUGAACACUCAGGGCACCAUCCAGCCAAAGUUUGGCACUUUUAAGCCUCAUUGAUUUCAAUGGUGGAGUUACGCAGGUGCUUAAAUCUCCCACAGCGAAAUCAAUGAGAAUUAAAAGUGCUUAGCUUUGCUUGGUUUGGAGUUUGAUGUGUGUGUUUUCUUUUCUUUUCUUUCAACCCCCCUCCCCCCAAUAAUGGAAUUGUAAUGAGAUAGGAUUUCUGCUGGCAGUUGUGUCAAUUUUGGAAUGGUACAAUUUUGGCACAUUAGAUUUUUCUAAAAAUAAGAGGAAGUGUUGCUGUUACUGACUUAAGUUACCUGCUCACCACAGGAAUGGUAUAUAUACUUAACACAUAACCUGAGGCCACUUAAAAUGUUUUGUUCCAAGUUAAAUAGAUGCUGUACUUCAAUAGAAUUUGAGUUUUCUCUGUAUGAAAACCUGAGCUGGAAAUACAGAUUUGGCUUAGUCCUGGUUAUCAAACUUAUUCUCCUAAAAUGUGUUUUCAAAUGUUCAUCUGGCUUUAUGUACUUUUGCAUAUGAGGAGGAGAGAGCAGUGUGGAUGAGCAGCAGGAGUUGGAUAUGCAUCUCUGUCUUUUGCCAAUAAUUGGCACACCUCACAGACUCCGCAAGGUGCUGUUUUCACUCGCUGCUUGCCAAAGACCUAACUUCAGUGUUUGAUUCCUUGCCAGUUGCACUUGUUGUGCUUCUUGUGAUCCAUGUUUCGCUUUAAGUAGUAUCGUGGCCCCAUAAAGUCUACUAAAAGCUUCUGGAGAGUAGCUGUGUACUGUCUGAUAUAGGGAAGUGGGACUUGCAAACAAAUGUUGCCACGUGCUCCCAUUCAGGGUUCCAGCCAGCCAGCCAGCCAGCCAGCCAUGCUCUCUUCUAGGAUACUCCAUUCUAUUCUUCUCCCCACUAGUUUCCUUCUGCCCCACCCAACAAGUAGCCAGCAUUUCAUGCCCACUGAGCAUGCUCAGUCUUCAUUGAGCUGCACUCCUGCUCCCUCCCAAAGCCUGUUGAUGUCACCUUCUUGUGAAUGAAUGGUGCUACAUAAGGACAGGCACUAAGAGAUGGAGUUUGCUAUUAUCAUAUAGGAUUCUAGAUCCUGCUUCCAAUGCAGUGACAUGGAUUUUCCCUACUGGGUGGAAAAAAAUAGCUGAUGCCUAUGAAAACAGGGUAUGUGACAGAUCUCUGCCUGCACUGACAAGUCUAAUAGUACCAAUCCUGUGUGAUGAAUUCAGGUAUCUUUUUUUGGUCCUUUAACCAUUGAUCAACAUUGGUAAUAUUUGGUAAGGAAAAUGGGGUGGUGUUUCAUAGCAAGCAUGAGGAAGGGAGAUCUAUGGAAUGGAGCCCUUGCGUCUGUGACACUAUUUGUGAUACUAUUCAGAAGCAUUAGCAGUGGCUGCAGCAAUAUAGUAAUUGUGAUGGAGGAAUACAUUGAAACUGUAAGAGAGAACCCUGAAGGGAUCAGUUUGAGACUAUUCUGUGCCAGAGAUCAGCAAAACGCAUUAUAUUUAUCUCACCACGAGUUUCCAGAGCAGCGAAAAACAUUUGCUCCUUUAUGAAGAAGGAGAUAAACACCCUUGAUCCUUCAUUCUUGUGGAAGUGGCUAUUAGCUGCACUAAUAUACCCUGAAGAGAUUCUUAGUAUGAUGGAAAAUGUCACUGAAGGUGAAAUUAAUUGGCAGAUAAUCCCUGAAAUAUACAAGUUUAGGGCUGUCCCCUGUGAAUCAUACCCCAUUUCUGGCAUACUUUGAAAUGAAGGAGAUUAUUCCCUGACUCAGCAUGAGGUAGAAUGUGAUUGAGCUUAUCUCAAAAAAAUAAAAAUAAUAAUGCUUACUCCUUCAAGGACUGCUUAAUGUCACCCCUUCUCCACUUGAUCUUCAUAUUUAUGUGGCUUAACUCUUUUUCUACAUGUGUGUUUCUCAAAAUGCUGUACCAAUAGAAAAUGAGGAGUCCAUUGAUAUGCUGUGCGUGUGACGUGAGCAUAAUCACUUCCCAUCUGACAUCAUUAUCUUCUAUGGCCUGGCCCUUGAGCCCCUAUGAAAGAUAGAGACUGUUUGAAUUUCAAGGGGCCAAUUAAUGCAACGGAAGCAAAUGAGUCUAAAUUGGGACUCACCAACCUUUUUAGUUCUGGGGCACUUUUAGAUUUUGAGUGGUGCUGCGGGCAACACCCCACUCUAGUCAUUUCUCCCUGUCCAGAUUGUCCCAACCCCCACUAAGAAACAAAAAGAAUGCACUCUUGUGCACCUGUGUGUGCGCCCACCCACCCACCCACCCACCCACCCGCGCACCCACAGUUUUCCUGGGUAAAAGUUGGAUCCAGUAAAAUUUAUCUGAGCCUUGAAAAGCACAUAGAAAUUCAAGAAUAAAUGGGAGAGUGUUCUUCUUCCAACUUCCGUCUUCAAAAUGUAUUUGGGUGACUUCCCUCACCACCUCAUUACUGAAGAGACAGUGAGUGGGAAGACUCUGAGGCUUUGUGGGCGCCAGUGGAGGAACUCACAGACCCACCACAUUAGAGACGUGGUCUAAAUAUUCAUGACUGCAGAACAGGUUCCACAAUAUGUUAUCACCUGCGGAUGAUAUAUUUGAAAAUAUAUUACUACAAAUGUCUUUUACUUUAAGUACAGUCAUACCUUGGCUCCCAAAUGCCUUGGGAGUCAAACGUUCCGGCUCCUGAACGAUUGAAAACUGGAAGUGAGUGUUCUGGUUUUUGAACGUUAUUUUGGAAGCCGAACGUCCGACGGGGCUUCCGCAGCUUCUGAUUGGUGGCAGGAGCUUCCUGCAGCCAAUCAGAAGCCACGAUUUGGAAGUCGAACAUUUUGGAAGUCGAACGGACUUCCGGAAUGGAUUCUGUUCGACUUCCAAGGUAUGACUGUAUAUAGGUGAGUUGUAUGUAUUGCAGUUAUGUGCCAUGAAUAAACUACUUGCUGAUCAGCUACAGCUGCAUUUUGGGGCUACCAUGGGGGGACUGCUAUCUCCCUCCCCUCGUAAAUAAACAUGCCCUCAUUGUUUCCUUUCGUGCUUCCGUCUGAUGGGUUUCUUUGUCAGCUGUCUUUUGCCCCAAACAACACUGUAGGCUUAGGCUGUAUCCUAGCCUCACUUACCCUAGAGUAAGAACCACCGAAUUUAAUAGGACUUACAUCUGAGGAGGAGACAUGGUGAGGUUUGCUAUGUGUUUGCACACUGGGCCCUAGUGUGUGACGAAACUGGUGUAACAAUGAAGCAGCAUAUUUUAGGGACUAAUAUAUGGAUGGGGGGGGAGGGAGGAAGCUAUAUAUAGAUAACCACCUGUACUUGUUUGUUGAAUAUGUUCUGCAACCUGUAAUUUUGGAUUUACUGCAAGCAAAUUUCUCUUCAUAAAAUAUUUUCAAGACCAAGCCUGGAAUCCUGCAGUAAAAUUCUGAAAAGAUAUCAGUUUAAUUAGAGCUGUACAAAUAAGUCUCUUCACAUAAGCUGCUUGCUCUGUAUUAAGCUAGAAAUUUAACAUAAUUUGUUAGCAACCUAUAUUUAAAAAUCUGUCCAUGCAAAAUUAUUCUGGGAUGUGUUCCAACUCUAAUUAUAGGGAAGCAAGCAUGAAAAGUCAGAAUCUGGCUCCAUUUGUUGAAUAUGUCAAGAAUAUGCCAAAUCACCUACACUAAGGUUGCAAUCCCAUAGCUGUUUACCUGGUGGUAAGUGCCACUGAACUCAGUGCGACUUGCUUCUGAGUAGAGAUGCCUAGGAUUGCACUGUUAAGUCACUAAAAAUAUGCUAGGUCGUAUUCAACUAAGUUUUACUCAGCACAAACCUAUUGAAAUCAAUGGACCUGAAUUAGUCAUAUUUAUUCCUGCAUUGCAGGGGGUUGGACUGGAUGACCCUCGAGAUCUCUUCAAAUAUUACAAUUCUAUGAUAAAUUCUAACAUUCUAAAACUACCUAAAAGCAGUUAUACAUAAAAACAUUCUUCCACCCAAUGAUCUCAUGGUUGCCAGGAACAGCAGUAUUCUUCUACUACCAAAUGCUGGGUAAACAGAAAUGUUUUCAAAUUGCUCCUGAAACAUAAAUCAUCAUGAUGAAGACAGGUGCACCUCACUCAGGAGUGUACUCCACAACCAGGGAGCCACCACUGAGAAAGUCCUGUGAUGGGGCAGUGCCAACUGGGCAGCCCCCAGUGGUUUGCUUUGAAUUAAUUUUAUAAUGAAUGAUUUUAGAGUGUUGUGUUGUGUUGUACUGUCUUACUGUUUCAUUGUUGUUAGCCGCCCUGAGCCCGGCUUCGGCUGGGGAGGGCGGGAUAUAAAUAAAAUUUAUUAUUAUUAUUAUUAUUAUUAUUAUUAUUAAAAAUAUCUUUUAUUACACCAAUGAACAAUGUAAAAAAUGCAAACCAGUAAACAUUUGGAAGACUUGAUACUUUGCUUAAAGUGUCCUGAAUGUUUGUCACUUGAAGAAGACGCAUAGGACAGAACUGAGGUCUCUUGGUGAAAUCUGUAGAACUCUUUGUGCAAGAACUUAGAAACAGAGAAAGCUUUGAGACAGUGGAAGCAGAUAUGAAUAAAAGAGAUAGUGUCAAAGGUUGAGACCAUGGUAGAGACUUGAAAUGCAAUGGCAUUUUAAAUUUCCAAUAAAAAUGUCCAGUGUCUCAAAUGUUUCCCUGCAGGUCAUUGCAAAAGUCAUUCAUUUUUGUCCUGUGUGAGGGCACCUCUUUAUAAGCGCCUGUGCUACUGCAUUUCAAAUUAGUUUAUUUGGCUGCUGCCAUAAAUGACUCUGAAAUUGGAAUGCAGUCAACCCUGCUAAAUGUUUUCUCCCAACUCCUCAGCAUAGAUGUCAGUCAUCUUCUGGCUUCUAUUAUCUGACAAAAAAUAUAUAUAUCUGCCAUCUUAUCAUUUUCUCUCUGUGUGUAAGAGACAUAAAUCAAUUCUUUCUAAAAUCUGGUAGAACAAUUAUUGUUUUCAGUUGAUAAUAAUGGAUAUGUAAGAUAUUCAUACGAUAGUGUUCUGUGAUGUUUCAAUUCAUUUCCAGUUUUCCAGCUUAUUCAAAAAUAUACAGAAAUGAGUAAACUGUUUCUUGAGGCUUAGGUGGCCUCAGUGGCGUGGAGUGCCUUCUAUCAGCUUUGGCUGGUGGCUCAGCUGUAGCCCUAUCUAGACAGGGAUAGCCUAAUGUGUGUCAUCUAUGCUCUGGUAACAUCUAGGUUAGAUUACGGCACUGUGUUAUACGUGGGGCUGCUUCUAAAGACAAUUCAGAAACUUCAGCUGGUGCUGAAUUCAGUGGCCAAGUUGCUCACCAGGGCAAGACAGUGUAUAAAGCCAAUCCUGUCCUUAGUACACUGGCUGCCAGUUAGUUUCUGGCCCCAAUUCAAAGAGUUGGUUUUGACCUAUAAAGCAUUCAAUGGAUCAGGACUGCAAUACCUCAAGGACCUCCUCUACCCAUAUGAACAGACCCAGACCCUUUGAUCAUCACCUAAGGCCCUUCUUCAUGUGCCUCCUCUGUGACAGGUUUGGAGGACGGCAACAUGAGAACUGCCUUUUCUGCAGUGACUCCCCAUCUGUGGAAUGUUCUCCCCAGGUGGACAAGAAUAGACCAAAUUUGGAUAACUAGGGGACUGGCCCCGAAGAUAAAAAAAGCGGUAAUUUGUCCUAAAAUUUGCUCUGACCACAACCCAGUAAAGAUGGAAAUGGCAUUAACGCCAAUUGGAGCUUUUAGAUGGAGAAUGAAUGACUCCUUGCUUAGGAAUGAGGAAAUUAUCAAAAAGGCCCAGAAAAAUUUGAAAGACUAUUUUGAGAUAAAUAUGAAUACUACGACCGAGAAAAGAGUGAUUUGGGAUGCAAGCAAAGCAGUGAUGAUAGGGUUCUUGAUAUAACAAAAUGCAAUUAGGAAAAGAGUUCAAAAUGAGAAGAGGGAAAAAAUCUUGGAGAAAAUUAAGGAUGGAGAAAAGAGACUGAGGGCAAAACCGAACUCACAGGAGAUCCUAAAAGAGAUAAAGUUACAUCAAGUACAAUAUAUGAAACUGACGAAUCAGGAAAUAGAAUGGAAGAUUAAACAGAUGAGACAAAGGACAUUUGAAUCGGCAAAUAAGUGUGGGAAAUUAUUGGCAUGGCAAAUGAAAAAAAGACAAAAGCUUAAUACUAUUACGAACUUGGUAGUAGAAGGAAAGACUAUACAGAACCCUGGGGAUAUUAGAAAGUGUUUUCAGAAGUACUUUAAACAGUUAUACACGCAGGAGACUCAGAAAGAAAUAGACAUUGAUCGGUUUUUGAAAACAAAUGGAUUACAAAAAGUUUCUCAAGAGAGUAAAUCAAUAUUAAACUCUACAAUAUCUGAUCAAGAGGUGGAAGGAGCCAUUCAGGACAUGAAAUUGGGCAAAUCUCCAGGGCCAGAUGGUUUGACUGCAAAGUAUUACAAAUCUUUGAAAGAAUGGUUAAUGCAGCCUUUGAAAGAAGUUUGCAAUGAAAUAUUAGGGGGGGGGGAAGGCACCCGAGUCGUGGAAAGAAGCUUAUAUUACACUUAUACCGAAAACAGAAGGGGAAAAGACACAGCUGAAGAACUACCGUCCCAUAUCCUUACUUAACGUGGAUUACAAAAUUUUUGCAGAAAUUAUGGCUAAAAGAUUAAAAAAUGUACUGGUGAAAGAAAUCCAUAAGGACCAAGCGGGCUUUCUCCCGGGGAGGCAUUUGUCAGAUAAUACGAGGAAUAUUAUUAACAUUUUAGAAAAACUACAAGUUAACAUUAAUACCAAAGCAGUUUUAAUAUUUGUGGGUGCGGAGAAAGCCUUUGACAAUAUUUCUUGGAGUUUUAUGAAGAAAAAUUUACAGGGGAUGGGGGUAGGCCAAAGUUUUGAAAACGGUAUAGGUGCAAUUUAUUCGGAACUAAGUUGAUUGUAAAUAAUGUAGUUACAGAAGAGUUUAAGAUAGAGAAAGGAACAAGACAGGGUUGCCCAAUCUCCCCAUUGCUUUUUAUAUCGGUCCUGGAGGUUUUGCUUAACAUGAUCAGGAAAGACCAAUUGGUUAAAGGUAUACAACUCGGAGCUAAACAGUAUAAAUUGAAAGCUUUGCUGAUGAUUUGGUUUUGACAUUACAGGAGCCAGAAUCCAGCACAAAAGAGUAUUGCAAUUAAUCCAAGAAUUUGGUCAAGUAGCAGGUUUUAAAUUGAAUAAGAUGAAAACUAAGGUGUUAGAGAAAAAUCUUACAGAGAUUGAGAAAGAGAGGUUUCAGAAGGAGACAAGAUUAACAUUGGUUAAGAAAGUGAAAUAUCUAGGGGUUCACAUGACUGCUAAAAAUGUGAAUUUAUUCAAAGAUAAUUAUGAAAAAUGUUGGAUAGAAGUAAAGAAGGAUCUGGAAAUAUGGUCAAAAUUGAAGUUAUCAUUGUUGGGCCGAAUUGCUGCGAUAAAGAUGAAUGUAUUGCCUAGAAUGUUGUUUUUGUUUCAAACAUUGCAGAUUUUGGACAAGAUGGACUGUUUCAAGAAGUGGCAGAGAGAUAUUUCGAGAUUUGUCUGGCAGGGCAAGAAGCCAAGAAUAAAAUUUAAGAUUUUAACUGAUGCUAAAGAAAGAGGUGGAUUUGCCCUGCCAGACCUUAAACUUUAUUAUGAAUCAGCCGCAUUUUGCUGGCUGAAAGAUUGGCUGCUUCUUGAAAACACGGACACUUUGGACUUAGAAGGUUUUGAUAAUGUUUUUGGAUGGCAUGCAUAUUUAUGGUAUGACAAGGUUAAAGCACAUAAGGCCUUUAAGAACCAUAUUGUCAGGAAAGCAUUGUUUAAUGUUUGGGUGAGAUACAAGGAUUUGUUGGAAAGUAAAACACCAAGGUGGUUGUCACCAAUGGAGGCUAAGGCUCUGAAAAAAACUAAUAUGGAGACAAACUGGCCAAAAUAUUGUGAAAUUCUAGAACAAGAUGGAGAUAAACUAAAGCUGCAGAGUUUUGACAAACUAAAAACUAAAGUUCGAGACUGGCUUCAUUACUAUCAAAUAAGGGAGGCUUUUAAUUUAGAUAAAAAGAUUGGUUUCCAGGAGGAAAAAUCAAAACUAGAAACAGAAUUGUUAGAUCCUAAAUCUAAGAAUUUGUCAAGAAUGUGUAACUUGCUGUUGAAAUGGAAUACACAGGAUGAAACGGUUAAAUCUGUUAUGAUUAAAUGGGCACAAGAUUUUGGAUAUAACAUUAUGUUUGCUGACUGGGAACGGUUAUGGACCACAGGUUUGAAAUUUACGGCAUGUAAUGCCUUAAGAGAAAAUAUAAUGAAAAUGAUUUAUAGGUGGUACUUAACCCCAGUCAAGCUAGCAAAAAUCUAUCAUUUGCCAGAUAGUAAAUGUUGGAAAUGUAAAGAGACUGAGGGUAUAUUUUUUCACCUUUGGUGGACAUGCCCAAGGAUUAAGGCUUUCUGGGAAAUGAUUUAUAAUGAAUUGAAAAAGGUAUUCAAAUAUACCUUUCUGAAGAAACCAGAGGCCUUUCUUCUGGGCAUGGUCGGCCAAUUGGUGCUAAGGGAGGAUAGAACUUUCUUUAUGUAUGCUACAGCAGCAGCAAUAAUACUCAUUGGGAAGUACUGGAAGACACAAGAAUUGCCUACCCGAGAAGAAUGGCACAUGAAAGUGAUGGACUAUAUGGAACUGGCUGAGAUGACCGGCAGAAUUCGAGACCAGGGAGAAGGGUCGAUGGAAGAAGAUUGGAAAAAAUUCAAAAUAUACCUUCAAAAAUACUGCAAUAUAAAAGAAUGUUAGAAAGAGGUUGGAAAAAGAAUAUUAGGUCGUUUUGGUAGAUAUGAUAUAAUGGACUAAGCAAAAAUGAGUUGUUGAAUUUGAUGAAAUGGAGGAGGUUUAAUUACAUUAUUUUAAUUUUAAAAUACGUAAAUGAAAAUAAGGUUAGAAGGAAUUGCUGGAAAUACGAUCUGAACUAGAAUACAAAAUUGGGAGGUGAGAGGAGGUCAUGGAAAUAAGUAAAGGGAAAAAGGCUAAGUAAAGGUUUAAUCUGUUUUUGUUUUAUUUUAACUUAAUGUAUUUUUAUAUCUUUUGUUAAGUCUUCUUUUUUAUUCUAUUUUAUUGUUCUUUUUUAUUUGUUUAUUCUACGCUUUGUUACGGUUAAAGUUUUCUUUGUAUUUUGUAUGGUUUUUCUUUUUCUUUUUUGUAACUUUAAAUUUGGAAUAAAUAUCAUUUAAAAAAAAAAAAGGAAUGUUCUCCCCAGGGAGGCUUGCCUGGUGCCUUCAUUACAUAUAUCUUGAAUUUUGCUUAUUUGCUUUUAGUUAUAUUUUGAAUUGCUAUACAUGACAAGAUGAUUUUUGUUGGAUAUUUUUAUAGGUUGUAAACUACCUUGGCUACAGUAAUGCAGAAACAAAUUUUAAAAGUAUUUUUUCCAAAAAAUUCUUCAUUCUCAAGCACUUGCUCCCCAAAGGACUUUCAGGUUAGAGAGAGAGAGAGACUAAUUUUUCUCUUUACAGAGAAAGUAAAAGCAAAGUUACUGAAGUCAUAGCCUAUGACAGCCCUUAAGUAAUUUUCUGAGCAGCUUAGCCCUUAGAAGAUUUAUUAGACACUCCCAUUCAUUGAUUCUGGUGUUAAUUGAUUUAUUUGCAUUUAUUCUCAAUCAUGAGAGACAGAGUGCCAUCAAAUGGUUGAAACAACAAGGACUUUCAAAUAUGGUUUCCUAAUACACAUAUUUAAUUUUAAAUGUUCCAAUUCAGAAACAAAUCUACACUUCCCCAGAUGUUACUUAAUCAGUAUGAUGCUGCAGUGUGCUUGCGAUGGUGAAGCCUGGUCAGGAACAGAGUUGUGCUAGAAGGAGGGGGAGAGAAGGACAAAGAAGACCACGAGGGAAAUGGAUUGUGAAGAAAAGAAGUCUGUGUGUGUGUGUGUGUAGGGAAAUGAAGGGACUCCCUGGAUUCUGUCCUGAUAUUCAAAACACAUUUCUGACUGAGCUUCAGCACAAUUUUUACCAUGGGUGAACAUAAAGAAUGGAGAAUUUGAGCAGAGGAAUGGAGAAUGUGCUAGGCUGUGGGACCCUUUUUUUUGAGGAGCUAUUCGAAAGAAGGCAUGCAGGGAGGGACACUGACAACCAGGAAUAGAUUUUUUUGUGCCAAAGGGAGUGAGCGUUCUAAUUGCACAUUGUAAUGAUACAGGAUGUGGGUGCAGUGCACUGUUGCUGUUGUUAGUGAUGUCUGGAGCGCAAGUCCAUGUGAUAUUCAUGCAGCUGCAAGUGUGUACAGAGAGUGGGGAAUGGAUGACCAUAUGAAACUGCCUUAAACUGAGCCAGACUGUUGGGUCCAUGUAGCUCAGCAUUCUCUACACCAACUUGCACAUGUUUUUUCAUGGUCUCAGGCAGGGGUUUUCCCCAUCAUCUUCUGCCUGGUCCUUUUAACUAGAGAUGUCAGGUAACUGAACCUGGGGUCUUCUGCCUGCAAAGGAUGUGCUCUACGGCCACUCUUUGAACAUAAGCCAUAAAAUCAUGAAAGCAGUGGUGAUGAUUUUUUAAAUAUUCUGGUCUCAAUUUACAGAGUUCACUAUUUUUGUUUGUUUGUCUUGUUCACAAAACCAUCAACUCUAACUUGCUCUCACUAUUUCCGCAGGUGGUUUACAAGUCCAACUACCGUCAAUGCCUUUUACAGUUCAUCGACCAAUCAGAUCAGUGAGUAAAAUGUACUUUGAUUAAAAUUACAACCGCAUUACUUACAUGGGAAAAACGGUAUCCCCUUUGCUUCCUUGAAUAUCAAAGUCGCAUCUUCUCUUCCCCUGUGCCAAUUGCUAGCUGGUGCCGUUGUGACUCUAAGGGCCUAUUAAUACAUUACUACUGCAGUUUAGGAGUUGCUCCAACAUGAUCAUGUAAUGGCCCCAUACAGGAGCCAAAUAGAGUAGGCAGAUUACAUGGCCCCAUACCAUAACACUUUCUGUCCCACCAGGAAGAAGCUUAUUGCUUUGGAAAGUAACAUGGUACCUGCACAUACCAUGUGGUUCCUAUAGAGACAUAGCUAGUGCAGCAUGGAACCAAUUUUUCAGAAGUGGUUUUCAGGUUUAUUAAGGUUUUCAGGUACCAGCCACCAUCACAUCCUUGGGUGUUUCCAGGAACAACAUCAGGGGUUAAGCAUUGUGGGGCAGCUGUUGUUGAUGUCUAUAGCUCAUCAGGAGACCUACUACCAAUUCCAGAAUCCCAUACCUUGAUGCUCUUUCUCCUUGCUCCUUUCUGCCUGUAUUAGGGAAGAGCAAUGGGGCAAGAAAAGGAGCAGUAGCUUCCACUUGUCCUGCCCUUUCCUCUGGGUGGGUCUAUGGAUCGAGAAAAAUUUGGGGGCGUGCAGGGAGAGAAGAGGAAGGGGAAGUCCCACUUCAGAAGUGGAACAUCAUGCAUGCAGUGCUGGAUAUGACCCUCGGUCUUCUGAAAAAAGUUGGCUCAGCUUUAUGUGCUUCUGAAAAAAAACAUGCAUAGGAUCGGGCUCCUGUUAGUAUUAUGGGAGCUGCUGCAGAUUACAAAGCCAACUUUCAUCACAGAUGGACAGGUCCUUUAAUGCAGGCAUGCUAAGCUUCCAAAUACCUGGAUAAUGUAUUUUUUAAAAUUAACCUUUAUUUUAAAAAUAAAAUUCUGCUUAAAGGAAUUAUGUUGCUAGAAACAGAUAGAAGACAUGAAGGCAUGGACCUGUGAAGUAGUUAGUCUUUGAUUAUUGCACCUUGUUUGGCAUUGAAACCAUGUGACUUUAAGUCUUAAAGUCUCUUAAAUUCUCUGAUUUUGCUCAGGGUCAUAACAUGAGGGUUGUUGCUGUUGGUGUUUUAAAUAAAGUAUUUAUAUGCUGCUCAAUUAACAAAGUUUCUAAGUUUUAGCUAGGCAGAAUUGAGCAGUAUAAUUCAGUACCGAAUUUGUUAUGCACAAUUAACUCUUCAAACUUUCGCUUCAAUAAGGAAAUUAUUUUAUUCUGAAGUUUGGGUUUUUCCUCCCUUUCCUAUGCCUUAUUUUAUUAUGGCAUUUCUCCAUUUUUAUUUUUACUUGUUUAAGGUUAUUUAAGACUGAUUUUACUGGUUUCUUUGGUUGAGAAAACUGACUGUCCCUGCUAACUUCAGCACAAGGGCUUGUAUGCAGAUUCACAGCACAAAAUGUGUCUCUGUGAUUAGUCAUGACUGAAUCCUCUGGUAUUUUGUUUAAGUUCAUUUUCAUUUUGGUAUGAUCUGGAUCCUAGAGCUGCCAUGCUAUAGCAGAUUAAACAAAGCUGUCCCAAAAGAAAAAAAUGAAAAGAAGAGUCAGGGUUCCUGGUCUGGGAUUUCACAGCUAGCUGUGUCUAACAGCAUCAAGAAGCCGAGACCUGUCAAAUGUAACCAAUCAGUCAUGGGCAUACAAGCAGUUGUGCCUUGCAUCUCUCCUCCUGACCUUUUUGUAUCGCUAGUGUUUGACCUUGAGAUCUUGCUACCUGCUGUUUUCAAGAGUCAACAAAUCCAUGUGGCAUGAACUGCACUUAUUUAGAGUUGUCUAUUGCUGUAUAUAGGUACACAAGCAGCAUAUUUCUGUGUGCUAGCUUGCAUCAGGGCUAUGAUUAUACAUACCAGUUGCUGGAAACUGCAGGAAGAAGAGGAGUUUGGAUUUGAUAUCCCACUUUAUCACUACCCUGAGGGAUACGGGUGGCGCUGUGGGUUAAACUACAGAGCCUAGGACUUGCCAAUCAGAAUUUUGGUGGUUUGAAUCCCCGCGACGGGGUGAGCGCCCGUUGCUCGGUCCCUGCUCCUGCCAACCUAGUAGUUCGAAAGCACGUCAAAGUGCAAGUAGAUAAAUAGGUACUGCUCUGGCGGGAAGGUAAACGGCAUUUCUGUGCGCUGCUCUGGUUCUCCAGAUGCAGCUUAGUCAUGCUGGCCACAUGACCCGGAAGCUGUACGCUGGCUCCCUCGGACAAUAAAGCAAGAUGAGCGCCGCAACCCCAGAGUCGGUCACGACUGGACCUAAUGGUCAGGGGUCCCUUUACCUUUACCUUAAGUAGUCUCAAAGCAGCUAACAUUCUCCUUUCCCUUCCUCCCCCACAACAAACACUCUGUGAGGUGAGUGGGGCUGAGAGACUUCAAAGAAGUGUGACUGGCCCAAGGUCACCCAGCAGCUGCAUGUGGAGGAGCGGAGACGCGAACCCGGUUCACCAGAUUACGAGACUACCGCUCUUAACCACUACACCACACUGGGGAAGUGUGGAGUGCUUUUGUGCUCGGGUCCUGCUCAUGGGUUUCCCACAAGGAUCUUGUUGGCCACUGUGAGAACAAGAUGCUGGACUAGAUGGGCUCUUAUUAGGUUCUUAUUCAUCUCUUAGGAAGAAGAAACAGGGUGUUGAUUCAAAUGGUUUACUCUUGUUGGAGGAACUGCUUCCUGUACUACCAAUUCUGUGUUAACAGCAACACACACCCCCGCCCCCAGAGUUUAAAUUUAACACAGAAUAUAACCAGCCAUUUUGACAUACAGGUGACCAAAUGGCUUUGGCAAAACAUUUCCUUGACAUAUAUCUAUCCCAUAUAUAUUUGUAACUUGUGUGUAUGGUGUGUACACAUACAGACUGGGGCAGAUCAACCUCAUCAUAUAUUUUUUUUAAACUACCACAUAUUGGGACCCCUAUAGAAAGACCAGGGCUCAAACUCCUCCCCGCAUCCUCCACACAAUCAGGGCACCCAUAUGACCUGUUGAAUGGAACAUCUGCAUAUGAAGAGGAGGAUUUCACAUGUUAACUUUGGUAUACUGACAACUGUACACAACAUGUGUAGGCUUGCCAUAUGUCAGGAAAAUUCCUGACAUGUCCUGGUUUUGGGGUGUAAAAAUGGUGUCGGGCGAAUUUUGCCAAAGCAGCAAAAUGGGAGGAAAACCCAGAUGUAUGGCAAUGUGCCGGAAAAAGCAGCGGAAACAGCUCAAAAAGCUUUUUUUUAAAAAAAAAAAAAUCAACAAUUUGGGGUUGUUCCCCCCAAAAAUCUAAAACAAAAACCAAAACCAAUUUUUUUGCAGCUGUCAGGAAUUUUAGUUUUUGAAAUACGGCAACCCUAAACAUUUGGUUGUUUAAAAAAUAUUCUAAAAGUAUGGCUCGACUCUUGUAUGUACAUAGGCAUGAUCUACAUCACAUAAGAAUUGUGCGAUAGGGCUUCUAUCUAUGUGUUAAUGGUCUUCAGAGCAUCAAGAAGCACUUCAACCAAAGUUUUCUUUGGAUCCUAAAAGGAUGUAGUGAAUCACUACAACCAUAUAUUUACUAUAAAGGUAAAGGGACCCCUGACCAUUAGGUCCAGUCGUGGCUGACUCUGGGGUUGCGGCGCUCAUCUCGCUUUAUUGGCCGAGGGAGCCGGCGUACAGCUUCCGGGUCAUGUGGCCAGCAUGACUAAGCCGCUUCUGGCGAAACAGAGCAGCGCACGGAAAUGCCGUUUACCUUCCCGCUGGAGUGGUACCUGUUUAUCUACUUGCACUUUGUGCUUUCAAACUGCUAGGUUGGCAGGAGAUAUUUACUAUACUGACUAAUAAAACAAAGACAUUAAAGUCUUAAAACAAAACAUUCUGGCUUUCUCCUUCAAUUGCUCCAAUGUGGCUAUUCAGGUCAGAGCAGCUGAAGAAGGUUAAGCCCAAACCUUUUGCCUUAAGACCUCACUCGAUCCCUCUGUCUUUCCAUAUCCGUGUAAUACAUUUAAAGCACAUUCAGAGUAUCUGGCUUUCUCCAAUGAAUCCUGAAAACUGUAGUAUGUCAAGUGUGCUGGGAAUUGUAGCUCUAUGCAAGGUAAACUACAGUUUCCUGGAUUCUUUGGGGGAAAUCAUGUGCUUUAAAUGUAUGCUGUGGGUGUCAUCCCAUGCCCCAUGUUUUUCUCCCACAGGGAUUUAUACUUUCAGGGAAACAAAGUUAUUGUGGAUGAAUUUCUGUCCUAAACUAGCGAGACAGUGAAAUAAUUGCUCAGUAUGGUCCAGUUUCUCUUUUAGUGAGAUUAAAAAGGUUAAAAUUAGUUUUGAAUGCCUCCUCAUUUUUUGUACAAAUGCCUAUUUAAAUUACAUUAAAAUAUGUGCAUAUCAAAUUGGGCAUGUAUUUGUCAUAGCAGUUCUAGAAGGGUAGCCAAGUAAAUAUUAAGAGACAUACAUGACAGCAUUCUUCCCAGUUAGAAAGGAGGGGAUUAUCGCAUAGUUGCUGGACUUUUCUGCAGGAUCCCCCCACCCGUACAUAAAUAAUCUGGCUAAUCAGAAGCUUAUUGAUUAGAAAGCACUUUAAAAACAGCUCACCAGCUUUCUUAUGGCUAAUGGGCAGAGUCGUUCUGGAAUUUACAUGUUCAAGCAGGCUUGCUAAUUAAAAGAUUCAAGCUGUUCCUAUUUUCCUAAAGAUUGAAAGUUACUCUUUUGUAUAUAUUUCUCAUCCUUUUGUCUCUGAGCUUGAUCUUUGUAGUGCUCCUCCUCCUGGCCUUUCCGACUAAUUUUAAAGGUUUCAUCCUGUGUGUGUGAGAGAGAGAUUCAGUCAGUUAUGCUAAUAUAGGGAGUUUUGCACAAGAAAUAUGCUUCCAUAGAAUUUCCAUUUUAACACAUCAUUCAUUGAGUUCUUAUAUUAUUUUGGUUUUGUAUCAUUGCCUUACAUAUUCCUUUUCUGAUUUUGUUUGCACUCAUUCUCCUCAUUAGUACUAACUUCUCUCAGAUGUUUUGUGUACCCUUGCACAUGUAUGUUAGGGAAUUUGCUUUUUCUGGAUUUUCUGGAUUUCCUCUGAAAGAGCAAGUGAGCUUUCUAGGGUGGUCUUAGCAUCCUAGCACUAGCAAUGGAGGUACAAAUGGCCUACAUGAUGUGGACUGCUUUCCCCCCAGCUAUGGCUGGUAUGCUAGGUAUGGCCAUUCCUGGACAGGGAUAGGCUUACCACAGUGAUCCAUGCACCGGUAACUUCAGCAGGGGAUUACUGUAAUGUACUCUACAUAAGUCUUCCUUGGAGGCUGGGCAAGAAGGUGCAGAUGACCAUAUUGCACCAUAUAUUACAUCAGAUGUCUGAUGGGAGUUGGAAUCCAAUAACAUCUGGAGUACCACAGGUUCCUGAACCCUGUUUUAAAGAUAUCCAUUUCUCAUAAGAAUUCAGGUUUCUUCAUUCCACUUUUUUUCCUCUUUUUUUUCUUUUAAUUACCAACCAAAUUCACAAGGACAUUAUUGAUCUUCCCCUCCAUAGUCAGUUUGUUAAACUUCAGGUCUUGGUUUGUAACUUUUAUAUUCACUAAAUAUCUGCUAAUGUUAAUAUUCAUUAAUGCAUUUAUUUUUCAAAAUGUACUAUUGCUAAUUAUGUUUGAUGGAUUGUUUUCACAAGAUAUAGGGCAUGUUAUUUCGCUGGUAGACAUUUAAGCAAAAUUAAAGUUUAAUGAGUUUGAUUAGCCAAGUAAUCAAUGAACUAAUCAAUCUUAAAUGCAACCUUCAUUAGAUCACCCAACUAAUUUCACUUAAGUCAAAAUUAAUUUGGCUACUCUAAACAGUUAAAUGACAUUUGAAGACCUAUUACAAGAAAUGAAUCUCUGGAUUUGAUUUGUGAAUCAGCUGAGCUGUAGGUGUGGAUACAUGUCUGCAUGUACCUAUACAGCACUUCAAGAAAACAUUAAGGUACAUUUUACUAUAUGCUCUUUUCAUUUUUAAACGGUACCUUUCCAUAAUGGAGUAAUCUAUUUACUAUUAAUGAAAUCAACAGAGUGUGCAGAGGCAACAUUCAGACGCUUACUGGUGGCAAGCACAGACUCUGCGGAAAACAUCUAACAUGUAGCUUUGCUGAAAAAUAGUCACUAAUUAGCAAAAAAGAGAAGAUUUUUAAUGGGAAAAACCAGCAGAGCAUGCAUGAUGUGCAAUGCAGAGCUCACAGUUUCUGGCAUGGUUUGUGCUUAUCAGCUUGCCCCCGCUGCCCUGGCUCUUUCCCAAAUGACACUUUAUAAAUGUUUAUGAUGAUUAAUAAUAAUAUAAAAACGUGGGUUAUGAUUUUCCAGUUGUAACUGAGAUCCUGGUUGUGUAAAAGUGGGUUUACUCCAGGCAGUUUUCAGAAUGGAUUGAAGGGGAUGCCUCCAAACUCCAUCUCAUGCUGCCCUAGAUAUUGCAUAUUAUGUACUUUGUGUUUUCAUACUAUAAACCACUCCGUACUCUUUGGAUGAAGAGUGGCAUAUAAAUUUAAUAAAUAAUAAUAAUAAUAUUGGAAGUCCAACAUCAAAACAGCAAUUAUGGAUCCUUAGCUUACCACUAACAGAUGAUGUGAUGGCGGCACUCUCUAAAAUCCUCCACAGAGCUGUGAGAGAAAACUCCUUAAAAUGAAACCCACACUGCCUAGACCUUAAUAUAUAUAUAGUUAUUCUACUGGGUAAAAAAUAUGUAUUUAGUUAGAAUGGUUGUGUGCUAUGAAGCGGAGAUACUGAACAGCACACAUGGCAGAAAUAAAAAUUCACACUUCCAGAUAGGCUAUGAUUUAAAAAUAAAUAAAUCAAGGAAGCCUUGCUCUCCACACUAGUAUAAUUAAAUUGUUUUUACAGCAUAGAAAUCAGCUUAUUUGACAAGUUCCAAACAACCAUAGACCAUUAGAGAUACUGUGAUCCCCAGAAUAUAAGUUUCCGCAAUUUGCCUGUCUCAUACAUCAGUGCCAAAACAGGUGGCCAAGGCAGCAGGGGAACAGCAGCCGGCAGAUAGCAGAUGGGCAGGCCAAAGGAACAUGCUGCUUGUUGCUUCACUCGACAUGAGUUACAUUUAGUGUAUCCCUUGAAAUGAUGCUGUAAGGAAAGUGCUGAAAGCCUCCCGUCCCAAUAGGAGGAUGUUCCAUCAAUUUUUAGAAAUGGCUCCAUCAGCUUAAUAAAUGAGUCGCUUGCUGGUGAGGAUUUUUUCUCUUCUUAAGGGGAUUAUGGAGGCAAGGCUAGCUGGGCUCUUUGAAAAGCAAAUAUGUGUGCAUUGAAACAAUCAUCUCUGACAAUGCUAACUCUUAGCCCUAAGCCAUGGGUAGGCAAACUAAGGCCCGGGGGCCGGAUCUGGCCAAAUCGCCUUCCAAAUCUGGCCCGCGGACGGUCUGGGAAUCAGCAUGUUUUUACAUGAGUAGAAUGUGCCCUUUUAUUUAAAAUACAUCUCUGGGUUAUUUAUGGGGCCUGCCUGGGGUUUUUACAUGAGUAGAAUGUGUGCUUUUAUUUAAAAGGCAUCUCUGAGUUGUUUGUGGGGAAUUCAUUCAUUAUUUUUCAAAAUAUAAUCUGGCCCCCCACAAGGUCUGAGGGACAGUGGACCGGCCCCCUCCUGAAAAAGUUUGCUAACUCCUGUAAGCUGUAGGCUGCAAGUUAUAGGGCGGGUGUUUUUGUUCUAUCCCUUAAAGAGAGUACUUUCAAGGCAUGGGUUUCCUCUGCUAACAUUUGCUGAAAGCAAAAGCCAAGUAAUAUGAGAUCCUGCAGACUUCUUAACAGGGUCUGUACAGAGUUUGGCAUAUGGCAAAGCAGUCAUACGAUUUCCUUUUCAUGUGCCCAGUUCACACCCAAUCCAGAAGUCUAGGAAAUCCAUUGACCUGAAAGUUAAGAAUAUGAUGAAGCAAUCACAGGGGCACUUCGCAAACUGUGUGUGGAUGUGCAUUUAGGCAAGUGAAUCGUCUGACUCACUUGCAGCAUGGUGUUUUGUUUCAAUGGAUUUUUUUGUGGUGUAUUAGCAGGAAUAAAUAAAAAAAUAGAGAGAAGAGGAAACCAAAGCAAUACCUUUAUUGAACUAAAUGUGAAAUCAAAUUAUGUAGAAUCUUUCCAUGGAUGCAUAUAAUAUGACAUUACAUGGCAUUGAAAGCCUGUGAUACAGAACCAGGUAUGGCAAGUAGAGACUGUUUAGGUUAUGCUCUCUGCUGCUAUUUGAUCACUUAUUAGGACACCCGUAACUCAGUUUCCUCUGCUCUUUAGUCUGCUGCCCUUUAAAGCUAACCACCAAGGAGAACUGCCUCAGGUGUCACCUAAAGCAGAAGUAUUUGCCCAUUUCCUUUCCUGAGAGAUGAUAGGUUGGAGUGCCUGGCCACCUUCAGCUGUGGAAGCUAUGAUGCAUCUGAGAGCGACAAAGCAGUUUGGCUUCCUGCUCAUGAUAACGGGCUGGAAGGAGUCCAGGGGAAGAAAAUCAGAGGGAUGGGAAGGAUUGUUUCUGCUCUAUAUAAGCAACAGAGAAAGAUGGAACAGGAAGACAAGAGGAGGGUGAACGAAACAGAGAGAAAUUGCAUAGUUGGAAAAGGAGCAGCAAAUAUACAAAAGAAAGCAGAUUAUAGGAAUGAUUAUUCUUAGGUCCAGAAGUGGCUUUAAGCCCCAUUCUCUGACAUCCGAAGGGGAUGAGAACACUCUGAGCAGCUGUGAUUUUCUUAAAGGGUUAAUAUAACAUGUCUGGGGCUUUGAAGUCUUUUACGCAUUUUAAAAACUUGCUGAUGGCUCUGUUUUUAUCUGCAGGUUGCUUUUGUUGCACGGUUUUAUUGCUUAUUGAUACUUCCAUUCUGUAAACUGAUGAAGGGUAGUAUAUAAAUAUAUUUAAUCGAUCGAUUAGUUUGCUGUCUUUGACAGGUGGGAGAUUAGAAGAGUUCAAUAUUCCUUCUAAUCAGCAACCGCAAGCUCUUUAUAUCAGGAGCAGACUAUACAUUACGUGAUCACUCUCUUCAAAAAGGAUGCUGAAUUUUUGUUUUGAAGGAAAAACAGCUACAAGUCAUCCCACAGAUAUAAUGGUGCCACCACAGCUUCUCUGUAUUACUAAAAACCCCACUCAUUUAAACAUUAGGUCUGCUGUUGUUGUUUUUAAACUGUUAUCCAUUUUACAAAAAAAGGGUGAAAAAACUAAAAAUUUAGCUAAUGCUUUUAUUAAAUGUGUUUUAAAUUUUGCCUGCCUGGCCUCGGCAUCUGGUCCAUUCAUAAGGGCAAUGCAGUGUUCCUGAUUCAUAUAUGGUCAUGUUAACCAUUUGAUUAACUCCACUGAUCUUAAGAGUGGGAAGUAUCUGAAAAGACUUAGAAAAGCCCUGGCUUCAGAACUCAGUUGACCUGAAUUUACUACGCCUCUCUCUUUUUUUAAAUCACAGGAUUCCCAGCAGGAGAGCUCCAGAAGCCAUUCUUUUGGGGAAAAGAAUAUCCCAGGUAAAAGCAAAGUCUUAAAACUAAAAUGCUGUAUGUAUGGGUAUGAAAAAUAAAUAAAAGGAACCUAAAGGGAAAUGAACUGGCAAAUAAUUUGCUAAAUGAAGUCGACAUAGUAGAUAUUCUUGAGAAAGUUGGAAAAUCAGGAGAUAUGUGUAGUUUUUGUUGUACUUCAGGGGUCAGAACCUAUGGCUGCCUGACGACUAUGUUCCCUCACCAGCCACAUGAAAGUAGUGAGCAAGGCCAGAGGCAAAAGUGUGAGGAGCAAGGGAAAUGACUCUUACUUUUGUACAGUAAGCUACAUUCCAGCCAUGCAAAUGUCAGGGGUUUCUAUGCACAUAAAGGCUACACUCACACCAUUUUUUUGGAAAGCGAGUUGUUAGGAGACUCCUAUUCUCCUCCCAGAAGCUACAGUUCCCAGGGUGGUUUUACAAUCAAUCCCUCUGCGAAUUAUUCUAGAGUUGGAAGGGACCAUCUAGCACAACCUCCUGCAAUGCAGGAAUCUUUUGCCCAAUGUGGGGCUCAAACUCAUGCUCUACCAACUGAGCUAUCCCCAGAUGGAGGCCGUUUUUGCUACAUAGUCCACACACAGUCGAGAUCUCUUGAAUCUUUUUUUGCCACUGAAAAGCCAUUCUUGAGAAACCCAUUUCAUUCUGAAAAGCUCAUAGCAGAUUCAUUGUGCGUUACGCAGCAGUGUGUCCAUUUGAAAACAGAUGUAGGUGGUCCCAGUAAUGGAAGAUUCACCCACACAUGCCCAGUGAUGAUGUUGGUGGGUGUAUACUUAGAUGGCAAUCAUCACUUACAAAUACACAUCAAGUAACCACACCCUCUCUUGUGGACAGCAGGAUCCAGAAUCAAUCUGGAUUGAGAACAUCAUUUUGAGGACAAGCAUUAGCGAUUCUAGACUGAGGAAAAACUCCAUUGUUCUUCUACUAAUGGGUUAGUGUGUACAAUGCCCAAGUCCAGGAUCCAUGUGAAACCCACAAGCAGGACAUGAGCACAACGGCAUUUCUCAUACAGAUCAUGCAUUGGGUAUUGUGCCGUUGUUCCAAUAUUUCUCAGUCACAAAGAAAGAUGCUGAGAUCUGGGUUGGUUUUAUAUUCUAGGCACACCGUUUGAUAUUAUCAAAACUUGAACAGUCUAACUCUUAAGAUUGUAUUCCAUAUCUUAUGCCACACCUGUCUACAAUGCAAUAUAAAAUAAUAAACUUGUCACAGAAUGUAUAAUUUUAACCUCAGGCCUAUAAUGGAAUUUUGCACUGAUAGAAAAAAACAACAACAUAUCAGUAUGAAGCAUUUUAUUACAUGCCAGCUAUGUUUCAUGGAGGGCAUAACAAAAGAAAAAAGUAGGGUUUAAAUGAAACCAGACUUCAGGUUUUAGACAUUACUCAGAAGGCAUGUUUUGGAUUGUUAAAUCUUGUGAGAGAUGAUUUUGAAAUCCCAGCCUCCUCUUCUAAAACAAUGUUUGGGUGGGGGACUUGUGGUUUUCUAGGUGGUGUUGGACUACAACUCCAAUUUUCCUGGACCAUUGGCCAUGCUGGCUGAGUAUGCUGAGAGUUGAGUGCAACAACAUCUAGAGGGUCACAGCUGCCCUACUAACUCAUGUAUAUUAUUAACUGACUAAUUAUUCAGCUAACUAAGAAAUGCUUCAAGUUUCUGUAGAGCAGCAGAAUUAAAAAGCCAGUUGAAUUAAUUUUGUUUUGUAAAUGCCAAUCUGGAUUAAAAUACUAUUUCUAUUGUUCUCUUCUAAAGAUAGACAUAGGACCAAGAAAUCCUGCUUUAUUUCUUAGCUUCUUUUCCCUUCUUGUAUUCUAUUUAAAUGUCUUCAGUUGCCUACAAAAUGACUUCAUUCUUUCCACAUCUCUCUAGGCUCUUUUAUCUGUCUGUGCUCCCCCCACCCCGCUUCUUUCAUCGCUCCUUUGGUACAUUGACCCUUAAUAACCCCCCCUAAUUAUAUCUGUCGUUCCCGGACUUCAUCCAUUCUCCCCUGCUGCUACCUGCCAUUGCAAUUCUUUAUCUCAUGGCAUCCAUCUGGCUUCUACCGUUGGUGUAUUUAAACACUGAUAGAAACUCAUCUCUUAGCACUGGCAUUUCACUGAUCUUGAACGCCUCCAUUUCUACUCCUCUCUUCUUCCCCUUUUUGUAUCUAGACUAAGUUGUAAACCAGAGGGCAAGGCCUCUAUUGUUUUGUUUGUUUUCAGUGUUACAUACAGAGCACUAGCUGUGGUCGGUGCCCUAGAAAUAAGCAAGAAUAACAAACAAAUCAAUACAAAAGCGCUCAUUAGGCACAACCAACAUAUUUUUAUUGGUUGGCUAGACUAUAAAUAAUUUGUGCAUUUAUAAAUGAUUAUCUGGCUAAAAUGUGUCCUUGAACUGCGAAAAUGCUCUCGCUUGCCUGCAUGGAGGAAUGUUUGGGUUUCUGUGUAUAGAAGAUCUCUGACUUUUGCAUAGCAGGAAUGUAGCCUCCUGUAUCAAGAGUCGCACCUGUUGCUCUGCUCACUUCUGCCUCUGGCACGCAGCCCCCCUGAAAUGUUCUCCAUGAAGAAAUGUACUCCUUGGCCUUUAAAAAUGUCCAUCACCCCUGCAUUAAACAGCAUUUUUCUUUUUCUCUUUCCCUCUGUCUUUUGGAGAAAAUGCCUUUGUUUUUAAAUUCUUGAUGCCCAAAUAACUGCAUUCUGUUGCACAGUCUUACGAAAUUUAUGUGAGUGUGUACACUCUCCUUUCUUCUACAGGUCUUUAAGCUAUGGUGCCAUUGGAGUAAUUGUUGGGCAUGAGUUUACCCAUGGAUUUGAUAAUAAUGGUGAGUACUCAAACAUAUGGCUUAUUUAUUGACUAGAAAAGAUAACUACUGACAGAUCCACUGACAUACAUUUAAAGCACAUCCAAUGUACAUGAUGUACCACAGAGGAUCCUGGGUACUGUAUCAUAGCUGUCAGUCUUCCCUUUUUUUGCGGGAAAUUCCCUUAUUUCAGUGCCAUCUCCUGCUGCUUCCCGCUGCUAUCCCAGAUUGUUAGAUAUCCAGUAGACUGUCCCCAGGACAGGUGAGGCUGCUGAGCCCUUAUUUUCAAAUCUGAAAGUUGACAGUUAUGUACUGUAUAUUGUUAAAGAGGCUGGCGUUGGUAACUCUGUAAUGGGGGGAAACUGUAGUCCCCAGGAUUCUUUGGGAGAAGUUAUGUUUCAAAUGUAUUGUGAGGAUUGUAUGGUGGUGCAAGGAGACCUUGCCAAGCUGUCACUGCCAUCAGUUGUCAAGCCCCUUCAAAGGGUAACUUUGUCAGGGAAGGCUGAGGGCAAUCUCCCCUUUUUAAUUUUUUUUUGAAGGAAGCUUGAAAAUUUCUGAAGUUUUUUUGUAGAUUCUCUGAAGAAGCCGGGGGGGGGGGGGAAUAAAAUGCUUUAUAAUGCAAAUUGAAAAGAAUAUGUCCAAUGCUUUUUUGUGUCUGUAACAGUACUCAGUGAUACAGAAUACCUCUUUCUUUUUGCUGCCCAUGGCAGAAAUUUUAUGCUGAUACCAAUGACACCUCAUUUAUUUUAUUUUUUGCCAAAGAAGCACUGAGUACCCCAAAUUUCUUCCUUAGAUGGAGUCUUUUAAGUGACUGUAACUCAUAAUGAUGUUAUACUCUCCCCUGGGGGGAAAUGUCCACAAAAGCAAGAAAUGGGUAGUUUUACCAGUCUCUAGAAGAGUAGAUUCAUAUAAGCAAACGUUUGCGGGGUGGUUUAAGAAAUGCGUGCGGUUUUAUUUGCUCAAUCCUCAUGUUCACAUUAAUUGUAAAAAAAGAAAAUUUCCUUUCUGAAAAACAAAAAAUGCAGGCCGCAAAUAUGACAAAAAUGGAAAUUUGGAUCCCUGGUGGUCUUUGGACUCUGAAGAGCAAUUUAAAGAGAAAACAAAAUGUAUGGUCAAUCAGUACAACAACUAUUAUUGGAAGAAAGCGGGCUUGAAUGUAAGUGCAAGAGCAGUGAUGGAUGAUAAUAUAUACUAUCUUUUACAAUAUCAUGGAAACCAGUUGGCUAUGGGGACAAAGCUAUGGGGUAGAGUUUAAUUAUUUUAAAAUUAUUACUAUUUUAUGCACCUCUUAAUUGCCAGAGUGACUUCUAAGCAAUUUACAAAUAUAAACAAUUUGGAUUCUUGAUAUUCUUUCCUUCCACCAGGUCAAAGGAAAGAGGACUUUGGCAGAAAACAUUGCAGAUAAUGGAGGGUUGCGAGAGGCUUUCAGGGUAGGCAGCUCUUUUUGCUUCUAAGCGUGCUCUCUCUUUCUCUCACUCACACACACUCCCCACAUUGAGUAACAAGGGUUGAUGAAAUUUGCACCUAGUUAAAUGUGUUCAUUGUGCUUCUCAUCAGGCCUAUAGGAAGUGGAUCAAAGAAAAGAGACAAGGAGAGGAAGAGGCCCUGUUACCAGGCAUUGACUUCACCCACAAUCAGCUCUUCUUUCUAAGUUAUGCUCAUGUGAGUAGUACAAGAUGCCCUUUCAGAAUGGAUGUAUGUAUUUAGCUGCUCGCUUAGUGUGAAUAGACAAUUCUGCUUGAUUACAAAAAGAACUUUCUUAAUUCACAGCUUUUCUUGGAGUGUAGAUCUGGGGGGGAGCAAGCUGCCAUCUCUUUUCCUUCUCUUUCUCUCACUUCCCGCCUUCUCCUUUAUAAGCACAAACCAUACCUACUCAGAGAUCGGCUGACUUUGCACUUCAUGUUGUUGUUGUUGUUGUUUAGUCAUUUAAUCAUGUCCGACUCUUCGUGACCCCAUGGACCAGAGCACGCCAGGCACUCCUGUCUUCCAUUGCCUCCCACAGUUUGGUCAAACUCAUGCUGGUAGCUUCAAGAACACUGUCCAACCAUCUUGUCCUCUGUCGUCCCCUUCUCCUUGUGCCCUCCAUCUUUCCCAAUUGUGCCCUCCACCUUUCCCAAUUGCACUUCAUAGUAAACAGUAAUUGAUGGGCCUACCAUGGCUCUUCCUUUGUUCCUCCUGUGAGUGUAACAGAACCCUGGCUUAGCGUUAAGCCAAAAUGGAGGAUCAUGGUUUGUUUUGGUCCAAACAUGAACUGGAGCCAUGACAGCUUGUUCAUGGCUUCCUGAUUGUAGUGGAGCCAAUUUGAUGCUCCCACCUGUGCACAGCCCUGACAUGGCCUCUUCCUUGCCUCUCCCUGCUCCCAGUUAAGUGGCAGUGAUGUUGCUUCCAGCAGGCUCAUGAGGCAGCUCUGCCCCAUGACUCUGUCCUCAUUCACAGGAAGUUCAACUCUCUUGUACAGUUACAUGGGCAUGUAUAAGUGUGUACAAGGCUGCUCUUGAAUAUUUUAGCUGACACUGUUCUGUUCGCACCUGUCUGGUCCGACAAUACCAGUUGUAAACAGAUUGAUUUAAAUGCUUUUUAAUUUUUAGUGUUUUGAUUGCCUCUUGCCUUGUUCUCUACAUUGAUUGGUUUAUCUUUACAUCGUAUUGAUGGCACGUGAAUAGUUUUAUUCAUAUUUUUGUACCAGUAAUGUGUGUUUCCCUGGAAAAAAAUGAAGAGGGAAAUUCCUUAACUGUGCACGGGAAAUUUUUCGGUUAGCAUUUGAACAUUUCCUGGUGUCCUAGAGUGAUCUAAUUUAGUAUGUUUAUUUUACUUGUAUUUAGUAAACAAAGCUAAAUAGCCAAGGUUGCAUUUGCAGUUGGCAUCCAAUGCAUUGCAAUUUAUGAACGUACGAAACAGAAAAAUCUUCCAUGUGAAAAUAAAGUGCUGGAAAAAAUGUCUGGAGCCCACAACUGUUUACAUAUGUGACUCUGGAAUCUUUUGGUGAAGAUUGGUUGAGUAAUAUUUAAAAUAAAAGAAAUAAAUGAACUAUAUUGAGGAUUUUAGGUAGAGAUAAAUUCACUGGCUUCUUGUUGCUGUUUUUAAAUCUUAGGUGAGAUGCAAUGCCUUUAGACCAGAAGGUGCAAGAGAGCAAAUCUACACUGGAGCCCACAGCCCUCCUCAGUUCAGGUAUUUUAAAGUGUGUCUCUCUACCCCACAAUAGUAACACUAUUCAUUGGGCUAUUUAAUAGAGUAGAUGACAACAUCAUGGGUUGGAUCCUAUGUUGGUCCUCCAUUCACAAGGGAGAGUGCAAUUCCUUUCAGCUUUGCAGCACUCCCCCCCCCUUAUUGCACCCAGUUUCCAACCCUUUCCAACCCAUAUCAGGGAGGGCAAACAAUGGGCCACAGAGCAAAGUGGGAGGCAGAAACAACCUGAUCCAUAAAUGUGAACUCUGUUCUGUUGAUAGAAAGAAAGUUGGUAUCCAAUAUAGUAUUUCUUUUUCUCUUCAGCAACCAAGCACUUACCUGUUUGAUGUUGAAUUUAUGAGCAUAUGUUGUGGUUUUGUGCCCGUACCCAUUCCAAAUGUAGUAUUAUACAUCCAACAGGUGUUCCACAGUAAAGUUUAUUUUUUAUCAUCAAAUCAUUCAACACCCAAAUAUACACUUGACUCAAUUCGGAGCCCUGCAAACACAUACUUCCGGGGCGCAGAGGGGUCUCUGUAGGACAUGAAAUAUUUUCUCCUGUCCUCAUGGGUAUAUGCAUAGGUGCACAGGUUUCUCAUUGGGCCAUCGCAGAGUAAGGGAGGAGGAAAACUCACUGGUCAGUAUCCUGCUAAGUGGUUCUGUCAGUGCAAAGGUUUCAGCUUGUGCCAUGGCACUUUUCUCCUCUCCCAAUGCCCACCCUUCCUAAAUCUGCUCCAGGAGGUUUGGAGGAAACAGAGAACAUAUUUAGUGGUUGCACAGUAAGGGGAAGAUCUUCCUAUGUUCUUAAAUUUCUAAAAUGCCCAUUUACCACAAUUUGAGGAUGAAAGAGAAACAUCAGAAUGGUUAAAAUGGGGAUAUACUACCUUUUGAGAUUAGAAAAUUCAUAGAAUAAUCAUAGAAUUGGAAGAAACCAUGAGGGCCAUCUAUUCUAACCCCCUGCAAUGCAGGUAUUGUUUGCCCAAUGUGGGGUUCAAACUCAUGAACCUGAGAUUGAGUCAUAUGCUCUACUGACUGAGCUAUAAUUCCUGCAAUAAGAGUUUAGCACUGAACCAACACAAUUCAACUAGGUAUUACUCAGAGUAGACCCACUGAAAUUUAACUUGGUCAUUUCAGUGGGUCUGUUCUGAGUGGGUCUUAGACUGAAUGAACCCACAGUGUAAUUUAAAUUAAGCACAUAGAAAUCACUAUUAUGUAGGUAAUACGUUAAUAACUCAGGGGAAAAGAUCAGGUUAAAAUUAGGGGCACUACUGUUGUGAUCCUUGUUUAAUAUGCUGCCUCAGGCAAUGAACAAGCCGGAUAUCAAUGCAUAACACAGAGAGGAUUAUAAUGCCAUUAGACCAAUUAGCAAUGUGCCCUCGUCAAGAAUAUUGUGCGCAGUUCUGGCAAGAUAAGAUUGCUGAUCUGAAGGCAGUUCAGACAAGGGGUAACAAGUAUGAUUAAGCACAUGUCUAAAGUGUGGUUCAAAAGGUGAUUGACAAUUAGUGUUGUUUACUUUAGGAAGCAGAUUAAUAAAAGGUAGCUAAAAUGUACAUUUAACAAUGAAUGCUACUGGGAAGACCCUGCUGCCUUUUUUCUCUGGAUUCCAACUAGUGGUUGGAUGAAUGAGACCUCGGGGUUGUAGCUGAUAGCUUAAUGAAGAUACUGACCUAUGAGUGGCAGCUGCGAGAAAGGCAAAUUCCAUGCUAGAGAACAUCAGGAAAGCAAUUGAAAAUAAAGCCACGGAUAAUAAAGCCUACAAGUAUAAGAUACGACUGCAUUUGGAAUACUGUCAGUGCCAGAUUGACGUAUAAGCUAAACAAGCUAUAGCCUAGUGCCCCACUCUCUUGGGGGCCCCCCCAAAAACGUAAAGGGGAAAAAAUCUGGAUGUACAUUUCCAAACAAAUAAAAUAAAACCUACAUACAGCAACAGUGUUUUGUGUUGUGUAGGCUCCUAUUUGUUAUGUGCAAAUGGCUUUAGAUACCUAUUAGGUCCAUAAAUUACCAUAUAGCAUAUAUUCAGCACAAAAAACAGUGACAAUUUGUUGUUGACAAAGGAAAGCUGGACAUAUAAAGGGCCCCAUUACCUUCAGUAGCUUAGGGGCUCAUCAAACCUAAAUCCGGCCCUGAAUACUGUGUACAGGUCUGGGUGCCUCAAAAAGGAUAUUGUAGUUAGAAAAGGUUCAGAAAAGGGCAACCAAAAUGACCCAAGGGGUGGAGCAACUCCUCUAUGAGGGAAUGCUGCAGCUUGUGAUCUUGAAUAAAAGAUAAGACAAAUUCAUGGAUUUGACGUUUACUAACCAUGAUGGCUGUGCUUGGACUCCAUGAUGAGAGGCAGCAGUGCUUCUGAAUGCCAGUUGCUGGAAACAGCAGAAGAAGAGAAUGCUCUUGUGUCCUGCUUGCAGCUUUCCACAGGCUUCUGGUUGGCCCAUGUGAGAACAGGAUGCUGUUCUUCUGUUUUGACAAAACUCAGGUGUUAGGAUUGCUAACUGUAGUUGCUGGGGCUCUCUCUAUGCAAAUGCUCUCUUUUAAAAACAACUUUUCCUAUGAAUAUAGAAUGGGUAAAAGCUAAAUACUCCUGACAGAGGUGGCCCUUCCAUGAAGCAACCUGGCUGAGGCACCAGCUUGGACCACCACCCAAGCAUGCAGGAUUUGUGCAUUUUAAAUUGUUUUUAUUACAUGCUGUGUUGGGGGUUCCUGCUGUGCUUUAGAAGUUUAUAUUGGAACAGUUCUUUGCAAGAUAUUUUGCAUUUCUAAUUAAAACCUAAAAGUUGCAUUACUUUUCAGCUGUCAGAAUAUAUAUUUUUAUUGGGUAUACAUACUGCUGCAUAUAUAUAUAUGUGUGUGUGUGUGUGUGUGUGUGUGUGUGAGAGAGAGAGAGAGAGAGAGAGAGAGAGUGUACACACACACAUAUUAUACACUAAGGUACCCCUGCCCGUAUGGGCCAGUCGUGUCCGACUCUAGGGUUGUGCGCCCAUCUCACUUAAGAGGCCGGGGGCCAGCGCUGUCCGGAGACACUUCCGGGCCACGUGGCCAGCAUGACGAAGCCGCUCUGGUGAGCCAGCACCAGCGCAGCACACGGAAACGCCAUUUACCUUCCCGCUAUAAAGCGGUACCUAUUUAUCUACUUGCCCUUAGGGGUGCUUUCGAACUGCUAGGUGGGCAGGAGCUGGGACCGAAAGACGGGAGCUCACCCCGCCGCGGGGAUCGGCAAGUCCUAGGCACUGAGGUUUUACCCACAGCGCCACCCGCGUCCUGUAUAUUAUACACUGCUUGGUUGUAAAUAUUCUCAAAGUGAUUUACAAAGAGAAUUUUUGGGGGGCAAAAAUAAAUAAAUAUUUGAAACAUGCAAAAAAAUAAAAUUAGCCAUAAAAGAUGAAAACACUUGCCAACAUUCUACAUAUCUGGGUAAGCUAGUCUAAAUAUAAAUGUUUUUAGCAGACACCAAAAAGAGUACAGUGAAGAAACAAAUAUCAAUUUAUUAGCCACACAGAAUGGGUAUUAUGGGGGACCUAUAACAGUGCCAGUUCAGCAGAUUGAACUGGUUGAGUGGGCUAUGGCAUUCUCAUAGAUAAACAUAUACAGGGUGAGUCUUUUAAAAGAGGCCCCGUGGAACAUGUGUACUCUGUAUCAACUCUUUUAAAAGACUCAUCCUGUACAUAUAAUAUAUAGAUCAACACAGCUGCAUCCCAUUCAAGCUAUGAUUGAACACAGUGUCCAAACUGGAUACCUCAUGAAUCUGAAGAAACAACAUCUCCAAAAGUCUGGAGAAGAGUCCACUUAUCUUUCUUUUCUCCCUCCCCUGCAGAGUUAUUGGUGCCAUGAGUAAUUUUGAGGAGUUCCAGAAAGCUUUCAACUGCCCAGAAUCAACAACAAUGAAUCGAGGUGGAGACUCCUGUCGGGUUUGGUAGCGAUCUCUCCAGUGUCCUAUGUUGAAGAAGUCACCUGCUGGAAUCACUCCCUUAUUGGGAUAGUUCCAAACUGUCAAUGAGCUACCGCUGCUUCAGAACAGCCUUGGCCAACCAGCGACUAGAUUUGUUGUUUCGUGUGCCCUGAUAUCUGUGGGUGACCUGCCCAGAUCUACUAUUUAAUUGCUUGUUGAGAAUAUAGAAACUACUCAAAAUAUAGAGUAUAAAAAAGGGCAGAUCUUUUCAGAGAAAUGUAUGCAGAUGGAUAGUUUCUUAUGGGUUAUUUUCAUAAAUACAUUCUACUCUGUGAUUUAAGCAGGUUUAUCUCUAUGUAUCUUUAUUCUGAAGCUUGUCCCACUAUAUUCAUUGGGCUUUACUCACAUGUAAGUGUAGUGAUAUUGCAGGCUUACGUUAACAAGGUUUAAAUGGCACACUUGUUCUUUACAGAUGACCAGAGUGGACAAACUUGGUGUGGUGGCCAUGAUGCUGUUUUAAGUGGAGGGAAAACAUCCAAAACUUCCUGUCACCUAUAUUUUCUAUUAUUUCCCCCCUUGAUCAAAAAUAGCUUUGAAGGAAGAGAAGAUUAAAAUGUGGCUGCUUUAUCCUUUCCUACUCUGCUGUUUUUCCUGUUAAAAAUUCCAUUAACCCUCUGAGCUGUUUCUUCCCUGGUGAUAAAAGAUGCAUGUGAUGAUCUGGUCUGGACUUCAGGUAUGGCCUUCCUGUGUUUCGUCCUUCCUGGAAUGCAGAUAUGCAUACUGUAUGCUAGCACUAUUUCCACAUUCCUCUAGGCAGAAGAAUGUGGAACAGUGUCUGUGUAAGACUACAUAAAUCUUAAUUCUAAGUCUGAGGCAAAAACGGUUACCAAGACCAGAAAGGAAAGAGGAAUUCUUUCUUGUUCACUUCGCUAAUUUCAAUUCUUACCCCUCCCACCCCAUAACUUUCAGCCAUCCCCCUCUGCUCAAACUUUGGCUGAGAAUGUCUUACUGCAUAUAGGAACUAGGACCAAAGCAAAAGCAGAAUUCACUUCAGCAGGGAACUGCUGCUAUAAAAGCAGAAAGCAAAUACCUGACUUCACAUUCUGAUCUUUCCUGUAACUAUGCUGAUUCUGCCCAUUGGUUGUAGAUCCCAGAUGUUAAACUCAUUAAGUAAAAGAACUGUGAAAUGUAUAGUUCAGAUUCAGGAACCCACCCACUCCCUGCACCCUAGAGACCAGCAUUCUUUAGGGAUUUGGUUGCACCUGCAGUGGUUUAGGCACAUAUAAAACCUUCAGUAUAUAUAGUCAGGACUGGAUGUAAACAAAGUUAGUUGCACUUAAUCCCAUUGAUUUCAGUGGAAACUUAAGUCACAAAUAACUUGUCCCAUUGAUUUCAAAUAGGAGCUAUGGGUUAGGCUGCAAUCCUAACCCCACUUAUUUGACAGUAUGCCCCAUUGAAUUCAAGAACAGGACUUACCUCUGAGUAAACAUAAUUAGGAUUGCCUUUACUCAGUCUGUUGUAGGUGCACUGUGAAAGGAGCAGCAUUCUUGCUGCUGAAGGCAAUGUAAAGGAUUAAAGAGUUGUAGCCGGCUUCUCAUUGUUCCUGCCAUUUUCGUCGUCGUUACAUACCUACUUCAGGAAUAAAUAGUACAAGAUUAAAACAUAUGUGUUCUGAAUGAUUGUUGUAUACAAUUUUUUUUGCGCAUUUAUUUUUAAGGGAAUGGAAAUGACUGCUAAUUUGUUGAAAUAGAGGGAUUUUGUAAACUAUAUAAUAUAAUAAAAGCUUUCCAGAAUACC